AACAAAGUAAGAUAUUGUAAUGAAGAGUCUGAAGAAACACAGUAAUGGGGGCUGGCAGUUCCUGGAAGAAAGCUCCCCUCUCAAAAAAAACAUGUGGCUCUACCAGGGGGCUUGCCAACUGCUGUCCCCUGGCUUUCUGGAUGAAUUGAAGGAGCAGUGUGCGCUGGCUGGACCUGUGGUAAGGGAAGAAAGUGGUUUAUAUGCAUGUAACACAUUACUGAACAAAUCAUUUGUAAAACCAGUACAUGUGUAUACGUUUGUCUGUAAAUAGUAUUGAAUUUGUAUUGAAAUAUUGGACUACUGUUGGAAAAUCAAGAAUUGGACAAUUGCACACAAAAAAGAGGGAAAAGAAUGUACAUGGUCAUUUAUUGCUAUCCUAACUUCCCUCACUUGCAUUUUUUUUUAAUCAAAAACAUUUAGAUUUAAACUGGGCUUUUGAAAACAUUUAUGUAGUUCUGUAAGUGAUCAUUGUAUAGUCUUGGAUCAAGGAAAAAUGUUAACCUGGGAAUUUUUGAGAAAUUCAUACACCUUUUGCUGCAUUUCCUUUUCUGUUACUAUCCUCAGGAUGGAAGUAAAUGCAGUGUCUAAUAAAUGGCUAUAUUACAAAUCAGCAUCAAUAGCCAGAUCGAUAAUGUUUUCUGACCAAAAUCAUUAGUUCUUAAGGGAAUAGCUAUCCAUAUUUUCAGGUUAUUGUCAGUUUGUUGUGAAAUAGACUUUGCUGUUAUUUUUUUCCGGGGAUUUUCCCCAACUAUGAUGUCAGGAAUACAUGUUUGGAUUCCUGACACUAUAGUGUUCCUUUAAGCAAAUUAAAGGAACAUUUUGGUCACCAUAACAACUUCAUCUAAAUUGAAAAUGUUAUGAUGCCAGGAAGCCCCUGGGUGUUCUCUUUCCUUUAAGGGGUUUAACCGCUCUCAAAUGGUUUAACCUCAAAGGCUUCCUCCAGCUCCAGAUCUCAGGGUCGCUCAGUGGUAUUCGCAGGGCCGGAUUAAGAGCACAGUGGGCCUGGUGCUGACAAUUAUGAUGGGCCUAAUUACGGAAUCUUAUCGACCUGAAACAAUCAUACCUCCCAAGCGUCAUGUAUCUGAUGGAGAUGGUGCUGGAGGGAAACUCAUAGGAUGCAGCUAUAAGAAAACACAUACUCUGUGCUAAUCUCUCUCUAAUUUAUGCUUUCAUCCUUCAAGUAAGUCCAUAACCCCUAACAGCAGUGUUCAGUGAAGCAGGAAGUUAAUGGUUAUUGUAAAAGGGUGUGCCACUGGCGCGAAUUACGUGACAAGACCUUCCAAAAGGGGUGAACAUGCCCUAAAAAGGGGGCAUAUUUGUCCAAAGAAUUGGAAGGUCAGCCUGGCAUGAAUGCAUGUCAGGCUGCCUGCCAAUCCUGCAGGCUGUCCAACUAAGGGCAUACUAUGCAGGCAGCACCUUGAGCUUGACAUAAAUGCGUCUAAUGAUGUGCUCACUCCAUGCUUUCUAAGGACUUUCCCCCAGCACGCGCUGGUCCACUUGUCUCCUUACCUUCUUACUAGCAGGCAGAAGUUCCUGGUAUAUAGUCUGAGACAGAGAACAGGUGUCUGUAGUGAGUGUAGAAGAAAGGGGACAUGCCACAGUGUUAGAGAGACCAACGUCUGCAUUACCUAAAUUAACUUUAAUGUCAACCAGUGCACACAAGUUUUGUUCCCAUACAUCCCUCUUAAGCUUCCAAACUUAAAGGGACACUAUAGUCACCAGAACAACUACAGCUUAUUGUAUUUGUUCUGGUAAGUAGAAUCAUUCCAUUCAGGCUUUUUGCAGUAAACACUGUCUUUUCAGAGAAAAUAACUCCACUGGCCGCUCCUUAGAUGGCUGCUAAAGGUGCUUCCUGGGGCAGUACGGCCUAGUGUGCAGCACUGCCAUUUAGUGUCUCCACCCUCUGGAUGCAGACACUGAACUUUCCUCAUAGAGAUGCAUUGAUUCAAUUUAUCUUUAUGAGGAGAUGCUGAGGGUCUGGCUCUGCCCCAGAUCUGCCUAGUUGACAGUCUCAGCCAAUCCUAUGGGGAAGUAUUGUAAUUUGCUCAGACCACCACUUCUGAGUCAGUAGCUGCAUAAUUGAAUACAAGUAAUAUUUUACUAUAUUUAGAGAGGCAAGAAGGGGCCAGGGUGGUGGUUUUAACGUAAUAGGGUAAGAAACACAUGAUUGUGUUCCUGACACUAUAGUGCUCCUUUAAGCAAGAGUAUGUGAAGAGUAGUUAAGGUUGCCACCUUUCUUGGAAAAAAAUACCAGCCUUAAUCAUUUGUAUAAUUAAUUAGUUAUGCGUGACAUCACAUGAUGUAAAUCACAAGGUGUGACAUCAGAGAAAAUUCUGUAAAAUCACCAACAAACUACUCACAGUUGGAUUCUGCUGUAUAGAUGGAUCGCUCCCAGUGUCUCCCUGUCUCCCAGUGUCUCAGUCUCACAAGUCACCCAGUGUCUCAGUGUCCCUAUGUAUCACAGUGUCAGUGUCCCCAUGUCGCCCAGACCCUAGUCUCCCAGUGUCUGUGUCCCCAUUUCUCCCAGUGUCCCAAUGUCUAAGUGUGUCCCCAUGUCACUAAGAUACUGGGGACACUGAGAGACAUGGGGACACUGAGAGACCCGGGGACACAGAGACAUGGGGACACUGACACAUUUAGGGAAACUGGGAGAAAUGGGGACACUGAGACAUGGGGACACUGAAACAUUUGGGGACACUAAGACACUAGGGACACAGACAUGGGAACACAGACACUGGGAGACUAGGGGACACUGGCUGGGAGACAGACACUUGGGGACACUGUGAGACAUGGGGACAGUUGUGGACAUAGACAUGUGGACACUGGGACAUAUAGGGACACUGGGAAACAUGGGGGCACCAGGCACACUGAGACACUAGGAACACAGACACUGGGAGACAUGGAGAUACUGAAACAUUUGGGGACACUAAGACACUAGGGACGCAAAGACUGGGAGACUAGGGGAUACUGGCAGACUAACGGAUACUGGGAGACUAGGGGACACUGGCUGGGAGACAGACACUUGGGGAGACAUGGGGACAGUUGUGGACAUAGACAUGGGGACACUGGGACACAUGGGGACACUUGGCACACUGAGAGACAUGGGACACAGACACUGGGAGACUUGGGGACACUGAAACACUAGGGACACUGGCUGGGGGCCAUGGUGUCUCCGUGUCCCAAUGUCUCCCAAUGUCCCUAUGUCUCACAGCGUCCCCAUGUGUCUCAGCAUCCCCAUGUGUCCCAGUGUCCCCUAGUGUCUCAGUGUCCCCAUGUUUUCCAGUGUCCCCAAGUGUCUGUGUCCCCAGGUCUCCAAGUGUCUGUGUCCCCAUGUGUCCCCUAGUGUCUGUGUCCCCAUAUGUCCCCAAGUGUCUCAGUGUCCCCUAGUGUCUCAGUGUCCCCAUAUUUUCCAGUGUCCCCAAGUGUCUCAGUGUUCCCAGGUCUCCCAGUGUCUGUGUCCUAGUGUCUCAGUGUCCCCUAGUGUAUGUGUCAUCAUGUGUCCCCUAGUGUCUCAGUGUCCCAUAUGUCACCUAGUGUCUCAGUGUCCCCAUGUGUCCCUGCUGCCUUUUCCCCCAUCCCUCACUUACCUGAGCUGUAGAGCUGCUGUCUGGACUCUCUGUGCUGUGUAGCUGCUCCCCCACGGAUCAGUGAGUAGUGGAGAGAGGCAGGGAGGGAUAUUCUGUAACUUCCUAUCCCUGCCUCUCUCCACACACAGUGACCCCCUACUGGCCGGUGCUGGUAUUGCAGAGUAAUUUCCAUUUAUUCUGAGAAAAUUACCUGCAUUUGUAUUGCUGGUAUUACUGCAAUAUCGGCACGGCCAGGCAGCCUCAAAUACCGUCUGUGCCAUUAAAAUACCAGUCAGGUGGCAAACCUAAGAGUAGUGUGUUUAAAAAAUAAAUAAAUAAAUAAAUACAUUUUUUUUUUUUUUUUUAAAUGGGCCUAUUCCAUGGGCCUGGGCCUGGGCCUGGAGCUGCAGCUCCAUCAGCCCCUAUGUUAAUCCGGCCCUGGGUAUUCGGCUUCUGAAACGGAGUGUCAGUGCAGAUUGAUGUCAGGCAUGGAUGCUGCAGAUUGGCUAGAGUGGUCAGAUGACGCUCUAAGCCAAUUGCUAGUUCCCGGUUCAUAAAAAUGUUUAAAUUUUUUAUGAAUGGGGAGCUACUGAUUGGCUUAGAGUGACAGCUGACCGCUCUAGUCAAUCAACAACACCACUACCCAGUGGCACUCUGUGCACUGACACUCAGUAAAUAAAAGUGAACACAUUAACACUAAUAUUUUUUUUACCUGGGGAGAUGAGAAGGUCCAAAGUUUCCCUGCCUAGCCCAGGUACCAAAGCCUUAUGAUGUGGUGUCCAGAAUAAAGUGGAGGGUUCCUUCCUGCUCCAAUCUCCUUUUCUUCUCCUUCAUUUGACACAGUAUUCUUUUUCUUCUGACACUGUCUUCUCUCCUCCUUGGCUCCUUCUGCUCCUUUACCUUUCUGCUACUUUCUGCUUAUUUUGCUCCCCCUUCUGUUCCUUUCUCUCUCUGAUCCGUUUCUGCUCCUUGCAGACUAUUUCUGCUCCUUCUCCUACUUUACCUUUGUGAUCCUUGCUACCCUUUUCUGCCCCUUCUCCUACUUUACCUUUGUGCUCCUUCUGAUUCUUUCUGCUCCUUUACCUUUGUGCUCCUUGUGUCCCUUUCUGCUCUUUGCAGACCUUUCCUUCUCCUUGCAGACCCUUCCUGCUCUCCUGCUCCUUGCAGACCCCCCUGCCCCUUGCAGAUCCUUCCUUCUCCUUGCUGCCCCUUGCUGCUCAUUGCAGACAUUUCCUGCUCCUUGCUGACCCUUUCUGCUAAUUUCUGCUCCUUCGCCUACUUUACGUUUGUGCUUCUUCUCCCCCUUCCAGCUCACUGCUUACCCUUUCUGCUCCUUGAUGUCCCUUCCUGCUCAUUUCUGUUCCUUCUCCUACUUCACCUUUGUGCUCCUUCUGUCCCUUUCUGCUCCUUGCUGCCCUUUUCAGCUCCUUGCUGACCCUUUCUGCUCCUUCUACUUUACCGUUGUGCUACUUUACCUUCCAGUUCCUUGCUGCCCCUUCCUGCUUCUUGCUGACCCUUCCUUCUCCUUGCAGACCCAUCCUGCUCCUUGCUGCCCCUCCCUGCUCAUUUCUGUUCCUUUGUGCUCCUUCUCCCACUUUACCUGUUGUUGUGCUCCUUGCUGUCCCUUCCAGCUCCUUGAUGUCCCUUCCAGCUCAUUGAUUUCUAUUCGUUCUCAUUUCUGCUCCUUCUCUUACUUUACUUUCCUGCUCCUUGCUGACCCUUCCUGUAGGCUGUCUCCCCCAUCCCUUACUUACCUGAUCUAUAGGCUGCCUCCCCCCAUCGCUCACUUACCUGAUCUAUAGGCUGUCUCCCCCCCCACCAUCCUUCACUUACCUGAUCUGUAGGUGAAUCCCCCCAUCUCUAACUUCUCUGAUCUGUAGGCUGACCCCCAUCCCUCAUUUCCCUGAUUUAUAGGCUGCCUCCCAUCCCUCACUUACCUGAUCUAUAGGCUGUCUCCCUGCCCAUCCCUCACUUCCCUGAUUUGUAGGUGGAUCCCCCAUCUCUCACUUGCCUGAUCUAUAGGCUGCCCCCCAUCCUCCUUCCCUGAUCUAGGCCCCCCAAUCCUCACUUCCCCUGAUCUAUAUGCUGCCCCCUAUGCCCUCUACAUCCCUGAUCUAUAGGCUGCCCCCCAUGCCUCACUUCCCUGAUCUAUAGGCCGCUUCCCCAUCCCUCACUUCCCUGAUCUAUAGGCUGUCUUCCCCCUUCCCCCCCUCACUUAUCUGAUCUAUAGGCUGCUGCCCCUACACCUAAUGUCCCUGAUCUAUAGGCUGCUGCCCUCCCAUGCCUCACUUCCCUGAUCUAUAGGCUGCCGCCCCCUAUGCCUCACUUCCCUGAUCUAUAGGCUGCUGCCCCCCAUGCCUCAGUUCCCUCAUCUAUAGGUUUCUGCCCCCCCUGUGCCUCACUUCGCCCGAGUCUUAUGGGCUACCUUUGCAUGCCUCACUUCCUGAUCUAUGGGCUGCUGACCCCUAUGCAUCUAGAUCCCUGAUCUAUGGGCUGCUGCCUCGCUUCCCUGAUCUAUAGUCUGCUGCCCCCAUGCCUCCUUCCUGAUCUAUGGCUGCUGCACAUGCCUCCUUCCUGAUCUAUGGGCUGCUUCCCUCCAUGCCCUUUCACUUCCCUGAUCUAUAGGCUGCCCCCAUGCCAAACUUCCCUGUUCUUUAGGCUGCCCCCUAUGCCAAACUUCCCUGAUCUAUAGGCUAUCUCUCCCCCCACCACCCAUGCCUCACCUGCCUUAACUGUAGGCUGUCUCUGCAUGCUGGGAGUUGCUGGCUGCAUGUGCUGCUCCCCUGUGGAUUCAGUCAGGAGAGAGAAGCUGGGAUACGAUGUAGCUUCCUAUCCCUGUCUCUAUCCACCUAUUGGCCGGCGCCGGUAUUGCAGUGUAUUUUCAAUCCACACAAAAAAAUAGCAGAACAAGCUGAAAAAUCCAGGGAGGGGGGAGUGCCCCCCUUUGACACCUCCCCCCCACCCCACUGCGGAUGCCCAUGGUUACAAAGAUUAUGGACUAUGGGUACUCUGGCACAGGUGAAAUGGCUAAAAACUCGGAUGGAGUUCACUUAAGAUUUGUUUUUAUUUCUAACUAAAUGUGUGAGUGUUAACUAUCAGUGUGAAUAACUAUGCAACUAUGCAAAAUAUUAAAGCAUUGAGCCCAGUGGUGGCUCAUUCAUUGGGGUACUUAGGGCUGGUCCCCAACCGAUAAUUGUUGUCAUAAUAAAGAAAAAAAAUCUAUUGCCAGUGGUAAAAGAUUGAAUUACUGAUAUUGUUUCCUUUCGGAAAAGGGUUCACUUACAUACAGCACUGUGGUGUUAUAUAAACGCCUAACACUUUUCCACUAUAUCACAAACAGACAGAUAAUGAAUGAUGUUUGUACGGAUGCAUUUUACAGCUGCUUAGUAGAUAACGUCCAAAACGUAUACCCUUGUGGGAUUGCCAUAUAUAAGGGUACAAAUUAGACCAGAGGUUCCCAGUCUUCAAGUACCCCCAUACCAGUCCAGGAUUUAGGGAUUACUCUGUUGUGUCUAACGUGUUUUUACUUGUGUUUUUUUUUUCUUUCAAAACCCCCUUAGACACAAUUGGAUAAUCCCUAAAUCCUGAGCUGUUAGGUUGGUACUUGAGGAUUGGGUUGGGAACCACUGAAUAUUUUUAUUAUGACAACAAUUAUCUGGUGGGGACCUGUGUGAUGUCAUAAGUGUACGUAACAAGGGAGCUGUCUAUUAAGAAGCUGAAGGGCCAUCUUUUUCUUAUUCUGAGUCUUUCAGCUAAUUUACUAAUUCUAAGUGAAUAUCACCCAUUUAUUAUCUGGAGCCCCCAUCCACCACCAAUGGGUUGGGGCUGGUGGUACCAUAGGUUCCACACUACUAUAUUUAGAUCCCACACCCACUGCCAAUAGGCAGGUGCUGGUGGCAGGUAGGGUCUCUAAGUAUAAUACCAUUCGUUAAUAAUUUAGAGCUGGCCAACCCAUAUAUCACUUUAUUAAAUGGACAAUAUAGUUACAAUUGUGUUGGCUAUUUAUAUGUGUUAUACAUGUUAUAUAUGUGAGGAUGGCACAGUGCACAUGCAGGUCCUCAUUUACAGUAAUAUGCCACACACAAUGUAUAGAGAAUAGGUACAUGACAGCAUAUCAUAGUGUUAUAUAUGUGAGGAUGGCACAGUGUGAACAGAGAAUGGAUCAGUUAGAGGGUCUGUCAUUGAGAGUGUGUCAAAUUAGUUAGAGUGGGCGUGUGAUCUAGGGCAGCACUGUGUCUUGGGCCAGCCCUGACACACAUACAUAGGGCAAACCCAGUGCUGCCCUGGAUCAUAUUUUAAUAGCCUUUAAGUAUACUUAGUAACCUUCUUCUCAGAGGAAAAAAAACAAAUCUGGGGUUCAAAUUCCAGAAAAAAAAUUAUACGUUCAUCUUUUCAAACAGAUUAGUGAACUUUGAGUUGAUGCAGAACACAAUUGAAUAACAGGCUUAAACACUACUAUAGAAACUGUUAAUUUACAUUUCUGAUCUGGAAAUGUAGUCUUUGAUUGCACUAGAUAUUUAUUUCUAAUUUUUCUCUGUUCCAGUGUUGUCAGAUUUGGCGUGCUAUAUGUAUUCAGCCCCCUGUGCUUUUGGGUUAAACCCCAUUAACUCAUGAAAUUAAAUGAUCAUUGUAUUUUCUCUAUCUGCAGGUGGGAGGGAGCUAUGACCAAUAGAUCACAGUUACGAUUUGUAAUUUUAAGCCUAAAACUGUAAUAUAUGGGUAUACUAUAGUAACAAGUGCAGCUAUCUACUUUAAAGGGCAGAUGAUAAAAAUGGAAUAUAUAAAUGUAUAAAUAUAAAGGAAAAUACAUGGAGAUAAAUGGAGGAUAGAAAGAAGUUGAAGAUACAAUGAUAUAUAGUGUGGUGUAAAUGUAUUUUUGUAUAUUUAAAUUGGGAAUCUAUAACCUAAUUUUUUGAAAGCAUACUAAAUGUAUUUCUCUCUUUUUCAGUUCUUAUCUCAGAUUAUGGUAUUCCUGGUCAAUAUUGUGAGCUGUAUUUUUUGUGGACAUUUGGGCAAAAUUGAACUUGACUCUGUGAUACUCGCAAUUGCUGUAUGUAUUAACCAAUACUUAUUAUACACUAAAAAUACUUUUGUUAUAUAGUAUAGUAUAUUAUAGUAUAGUAAAACUCUCAUUUUACAUGUAUAAGUAAAUUAAAACCAUAUAUGGAAAUGUUCAUUUUACUCUUCCUAUUAUUUUUACCACAAUAAUAAAUAACAAAGAUAUAAAUAUAAGAAAAAUAUAUGGGUUCACUCUUGAUUAACAUUUAUCUUAAUCUAGUCAACACAAAGACAAGAAUAUAUGGGAAUAUUUACUUAUUAAUGUAAUCUAAAAUGUGACUACUUUCUUUAUAGUAAAUUCUGUCCAUUUUCACCACUUUUUUUUUUUUUAAUCUUAAUAAAAAAACUUCAAGUGUAAGACAUCAGCUUUAGCAGCAUAAAAAACAUAGCAAAAUUACAGUUGCCAAGCAAAGCAUCUAUACAUACCACUAUUAAAUAGAAAAGAAAGACUAACAUAUACAUCUAAAUACACAUUCUCUGUUUUCUUGCGGGGGAGAAAGGGCUAAAUCAGAACUCAAUCAUAGUAGAAAGCUACAAGGCAUUAUUAUCUAAACCAGUUUCUCUAGAUAGUGUUUCCUGGAGAAUCUAUUGUCGUUAACCACGAUUGCCACAUAUCAUGUCUUUUUUUUUUUUAUAAUUCUUUAUUUUUUGUGUGUCAUUGCAUCACAUCUUAUAAUCAAGAAAAACAUUACGCAUUACAUGCAUUUUUGAUAUGGGUACAGGUUCAGAGGUCGUCGUAUGCUCCUCAGUGGUUGAUUACCCAGCCCCUGUAGGGGAUAGCUUGCUACACCAUUGUUUCAUUAAUCAAAAACUUAACACAGUAAAUUAACAUUGACCAGUGGAGAGUGUGCUUUUAGACAUAGUCACCGUUGAGCCACGGCUGUAGCGGUGUGUUUGCUAUAUUAUCCGUGGUCUGAAGACACUCUCACCAGUAGUAGUAAAAGUGGAGAAAAUGGAGAAGAGGAAACAGAACAGGAUAAAUAGUGGUAAAAGGAGAAAGGGGGGGAGAAGGAUAGUGUCCCUCUUGUGGUCGGGGUUCUGAGUGAGGAGGUUGUUCCAGCUCGAUUUGGUUUGGCUUCCAUAGUCAGGUACUAGCCUAUUCGAGAUUGGUUGGCCCGGCGGGAGUUUCGUGGCAGUCGUGGGUUCACGGACCCUGGGGCCGGCCGGCCAGGGGUGGGAUUCUUUUUACUGGAUGUAGGGGUGAUUGUUCCCCCUCCCAGCUCCUGUCUCCCUAGUCCCCCCAAUCCCUAGCCAUCCACAACUCCCAGACUUUCUCGUAUGAUUUUGUUGUACCUCUUACCUGGGCUGUUAGGUGGUCCAUUACAUGUGUGUCUUUUAUUUUGUUUAGAGUCAUGUUCAACUGGGGGGUUUCAGGUUUGAGCCAAACUUGUGCCAUAGUUUGCCUGGCCACUCAGGUGAGUUUGUUUAGUAGUUUUUGUUCCCCUCUUGGCCAGUCGUCUACUGUUGUGGACAGUAGGAACACCCAUGGGUCUCUUUUCACCCGUCUCUGGAACACCUUCUCCAGAAGACCCCGUACCUCCUCCCAGAAGGCCUGUGCUUUAGGGAAGUCCCGCCAAAUGUGUUUAUAUGUCCCCUUGUGUCCACAACCCCUCCAGCACAAGUCAUCUGGAGACUUGCGCAUAUGGUAUAGCUUUACCAGUGUAGUGUACCAUCGAAACAUGGUUUUGUAUGCUUGUUCUUGCUGUGUGACGCAUAUUGAGGUGGCCAUAUUUGCUUCCCAUAUUUCCCUCCAUUCUGUGCCCUCUAGGACCUCUCCUAGGUCAGAUUCCCACUGUGUUGUGUAAUGUAAUUCUCCCCAUUCGGUGCUAUUGGAGCUCAGGUGAGCGUACAAGGAGGUGAUGAGUCCCUUCGGGGGGUUUUCUCUGAGGCACAUCUGUUCAAAGCCCGUUAGUGUAUUGUGAGCCGCUCUUUUUGCUAGGUUGUGUUGUGUGAAGUCUCAGAUUUGUAGAUACCUAAAGAAAUCUGUGGGUUUUAAUCAGGUCCUUUCUUUCAAUGCCUCAAAUGUCAUUACUUUGUCUCCCUCGUAUAAGUGGACCGCCCUCUGUAAGCCCGUGCCUUCUAUGUUUUUGUAGCCGCUGGCUUUGAUUUCCUGGGGGGAAUGCCCUAUUUCUUAGUAUAGGCAUCAUGGGUGAGGGUGAUGUAGUUAAUUUGUCAUUAUUUCAGGGCUACGGCAUCCCAGACUCGAAGGGAGUUUAAGACCGCAGGGCACUGAGUGUGAAGGGGCAGGUCGAAUUGGGGCAGGUCUGCUCCCAUCAUGCCGGAUUCAAGAUCUACCCACCUGAGUUCAUCAGGUGUCGAGUGCCACAUGGCGAUCUGUGCUAACUGUGCCGCCAGGUAAUAGUUGUACAAGUUUGGCAGGUCAUAUCAUGUCUUUUAAGGGAGAUCAGAAAAGGUAUGCUCAGGUCUCUUUUCAUCCUGAUUAGUAAAAACAAUUGAGCUUCAAUUGAUGCCUAAGAUAAUUCUUGCAGUUGUUUCCACAAGUUAUUUGCUGGCUAACAGCAUCUAAUAAGCAAUAAAACAAUGUGUAAUGAAACUAUCAUUUUUCUAUGACCUCUUAAGCCAAUGUAGCUGUAGUAAUGCAACGUCAGGUUUCCUCUAUAGUUUUAUUUUUUUCUUAGCAUAUCUGAACUUAAAUUAUGUAUCUAUGGCUCUUCAUAUUGGAACAGUCCCAUCAAAUGUGUAUAAAAGAAUCUACUUUUGUCCCAAAAUGCCAGCACCAAGGAAAUACUUUACACCAUUACCGUUGACCUAAAACACAAAUAAGAUCUUUCCCACUUAAUCUUCUGAGGUGUAUUCUCCAAAUAUUUUAUGGUAUAGAUUAAUUCAAUAGCUUUUAAGACUGUUUCAUUGGAGAAAUUAAUUUUUAAUAUACCGUAUAUACUCGAGUAUAAGUCGACCCAAAUAUAAGUCGAGACCCCUAAUUUUACCCCAAAACACUGGGAAAACGUAUUGACUUGAGUAUAAGACUAGGGUGGGAAAUGCAGCAGCUACUGGUAAAUUUCUAAAUAAAAUUAGAUCCCCCCAAAAUUAUAUUAACUGAAUAUUUAUUUACAGUUUGUGUAUAUAAUGACUGCAGUGUGUGUGUGUGUGUGUGUAUGAAUGCAGUGUGUGUGUGUGUGUGUAUGAAUGCAGUGUGUGUGUGUGUAUGAGUGCAGUGUGUGUGUGUGUAUGAAUGCAGUGUGUGUGUGUGUAUGAGUGCAGUGUGUGUGUAUGAGUGCAGUGUGUGUAUGUGAUGCAGAGUGUGUUUGUGUAUGUGAUGCAGAGCCUUGGUGGGGGGUGGGCAUUUUUAUUAUUUUUUUAAAUUAUUAUUAUUUUAAUACAUAUAUAUUUUUUUAUAUUAUUAAUAUUUUUAUUUUAUUUUGUAUUAUUUAAUUUUUUAUUUAUAUUUUUCUUUGUCCCCCCUCCCUGCUUGAUACAUGGCAUGGAGGGGGUCUCUCACUCCCUGGUGGUCUAGUGGCAUGGGCUGUGUAGGAGGGGGGGCUGGCAGAGAGCUGUAACUUACCUUUCCUGCAGCUCCUGUCAGCUCCCUUCUCUCUCCUCCAGUCCGGUCAGCUCCCCUGUCAGCUCCCACUGCAAGUCUCGCGGAGUGAGUGCCACGCUCUGACCCCGUGGCUCUCGUGAGACUUGCAGGGGAGCUGACCAGACCGGAGGAGCUGUCAGGAGCUGCAGGAAAGGUAAGUUACAGCUCUCUGCCAGCCCCCAACAGGACCGCCGGGCUUGUAAUGAGCCCGGCGGUCCUUGUCUGUAUUAUGGCAAUGUAAGUUGCCAUAAUACAGACAGUGACUCAAGUAUAAGACGAGUGGGGGUUUUUCAGUACAAAAAAUGUGCCAAAAAACUCGUCUUAUACUCAAGUAUAUACGGUAGAUAAGAUAUUUGUAUUAACUUCAAACCAAAUGAUUUUGCAGAUCAUUCUUAACUCUAAGAUAAGGAAAAAAUCUGAAUUAGACAGCUGGAAUUGUUGUGCUAGAGAUUCAAACGGCUUCAGUUUGCCCUGUUGUAGUAUCUUGUCCAGAUUAUAAAUACCCUCAUAACUCCAUCUAGAUACAGAUAAAUCUGUUAUUUUAUAUUCUAUUGCUGAAAUUUUUUUUAAAAAUAUCUAGUGCAGCAUUUUGAAUUCUUAUUUUUUUCUUAAUUUCAUCCAGACGGACAGAACGUGAUCAAGGAACUAUGUAACAUGCGCGUGACGUCACUCAAAAGACGCGCAUGCACGUUCCUGGGCCAAAGGCCAGUUACGGCCAAUCGGAUCUGCAGGAGGGUUAUUUAAAUGUAUUUUUCCUUUUACUCAUUAACCUGUCGUGGUUUCCCUUUGCUGGUUAUCCGAGAGUGUGUUCCUGAGCUUAUUAUUCUGUUUUUUUACUUUGGCUUAGUUUUGACUUCCCUGACUUCUGGUAUCCUUAACUUUUGGCUUUACCUCAUCAUUGUGUCUCCUUCUGUAUUCCUGACCUCGGCAAGUAUUCUGACUAUUCUGGAUACGUUAAGUCUGGCCAUUCUAAGGUCCGUUUAAACGUUAUCCUUAGUCCUAGGUGUGAAAUAAUUCUGUGUGCUGGAUCAACUCGUUUUCCUGACAGACAGAAGUUGUGAGGCAUGUCAAAGUGUUGUAGGGCAUAUUGUAACCAAGCUUUUUUGUGGCAUUGAUGCAGUAAAGGUUUCUUUCUGGCAACUCGACCAUGCAGCUCGUUUUUGUUCAAGUAUCAUCGUAUUGUGAAACAACCACACUGUCUUUUUCUGAGCAGCCUGUAUUUCUCCUGAGGUUAUCUGUGGGUUUUCCUUUGUAUCCCAUUCAAUUCUUCUGGCAGUCGUGGCUGAAAUCUUUCUUUGUCUACCUGACCUUGGCUUGGUAUCAACAGAUCACUGAAUUUUCUACUUCUUAAUAAGGGAUUGAACAGUACUGACUUGCAUUUCAAGGCUUUGGAUAUCUUUUUAUAUCCUUUUCAUGUUUAUAAAGUUCCAUUACCUUGUUACGCUGGUCUUUUGACAGUUAAUUUCUACUCCCCAUGUGUUACGCUACUUGGGUGAUUUGGAUAGGAACUCAACUGCAGCUUGUAAAACUCCCUAAUUACAAUAGUGAAGAAAAGGAGAAUCUUUAAAGUAUCAAUACUGUAGCUUUAAGAAAAGAGAGAAUUGCUGGUAACUUGAUUCAAACGAAGUGUUAAACUUAAAUGAAUUGUAUUUAGGCAAUAAUCCAAUAAGAAGAAGUGCAAGUAGUCAACAACACAAAGUUCAUUAAUAAGUAUUUCCUAAGUGAUGCAUUAAGUAACAUUCUUUAGGUUAAUGAGAAUAAUCUUCAAUAAUAACUUUAAGCAAGUAACUUAGAAUAUUUGCAAAGCAGGAACAGUUCAUAGUUAAUAAGCAUGAUGGGAGUUGUCCUCCAUAUAAUUAGUAGCUUGAAGCACUGAGUGUAUUUGCAAAGCAAGAAACAGUUCAUUGUGAAUAAGCAUGAUGGGAGUUGUCCUCCAUUUAUUAGUAGCUUGAAGCAGUAAAGAUUUAAGUAAGCAAGCAUUAGUUCAUUAUUAAAUGAUAUUGUAGACAAAUAGCUGAUAUACUUAAGGUUAAUGUGAGUAGUCCUCCAAUAGUUCAGAGAUGAGGUCCACUUGUACAGUAAGUGAGUUUCUAUUCUCCAGUAAUCCUCUAUGGCAUGAAACAGACUUGUCUUAGCCCAGAAGUCUAGGACGACUUCAGAGCUUGUAGAGCCGGCAUGUCCCAGGAGCCGGCGUGCAUACUCGGAAUUAGGACCCACAUUGCCAGAGCCUGCGGAGAAGUAAGUCUGGCGGAAGUAGCUCCCAGUAUCACCAAGCACCCUCUCUCUGGCGCGGUCUCCCUAAAUACCGUCAGAGCUGCGUCAGAGGGGGGCGGGGUCCUGCUCCACACAGCGGAGUGCCGAACCCAUAAGUGUUACCGCAUGACAUCAUGGCUUAGUAUCUAGCCUGCUCAGUGCAUCCAUGUGAGAGCUAAAAAAACUCAUUGACUAUUAAUACACAGACACUAAUUGAAAUUUAAAAAGUCACAGGUGUGGAAAAUUAACAAGGCCAAACAUUCAAGGGUAUGUAAACUUUUGAUCAGGCCCAUUUGGGUGAUUUCUGUUAUCAUUAUGAUUUAAAAAGGAGCCAAACAACUAUGUGAUAAUAAAUGGCUUCAUAUGAUCACUAUCUUUCAAUCAAAUAAAAAUAUUUUUUGCCUGAUGAGUCAUAUUUUCAAAAUCAAUGCCAAAAGUUCACAAUUUCUGCCAGGGUUUUGCAAACAUUUGAGCACAACUGUAGAUAUAUUUCAAAGGUACAAAGGCACAUAUCUUUGCAUGCCUGUUUUGUGAAUUGAGUCACUGAUUGGCUUAGUGCAUCAGCUGAGUGCUCUAAGCCAAUCAGCGGCACCCCUGACCAGCGGACUCUGUGCUUCCUGAAUCUGAAAAUGCUGAAGCCAGGUGCUGCAUGGGGGGAGGAGUUAACAUCACCGCUGGUGCCAACUUUGGAGUUAAAUUGUUCAUGAACUGUUUCACGAUUUGAGUAAGAGUACGAACUUCUUUUAAUGCCAGAGUGUGCCUUUAAAAUUUUAAUUUAGAGUAUAGGAAAACAAAUUUCAGUUAAGAGGUAUCAAAAUGAAUUUAAUUUUCAAUUACAUGUUAACUUACUGUGAAUUGAACAUUCUGUCUCACACACAAGCUAUAUGGACCAAAAUAUUGGAAUUCAGGUGUGUCAAACCGAUCCAUUGCUACAGGCGUAUAAAAGCAAGCAUUGAAACUGAGAUCUACCUCUGCUACGAGGUAGUAUGUGAUACAGUAAAGUGCCUUGGUGAUAAGCAGCUUAACACUUAACGUGGGAUACCCUUUUCUCCACAAUAAAUUAAACAGCCAAAAUAUGGUAUAAAAUAUCUAUUAGUGGAGCGCUAUAAAAAUCUGACCUGUGUAGGUGUUCCUUACCCCACAAAUACAGUAUUGGAAUGUUCUUGAACAUACAUAAAAUGAAAGAAGAAAAAAGACAUAGUGUAGAUAAUCUAAAAAUUACAAUCAAUUGUAGAAAAAAAGCUGGAACCACUCACAUGUUCCCAGAGCCUACAUUAUAUUGGCUCUGUAAAAUUAACCUUUUUGCACUUAUGGCAGCAACACACCACUUUCAUGAUAACGUCUCCUCCAAAAGGGGUUUAAGAGAAGCAACCAAUGGUUAGUAUUAUAAACUUAAAACCAUAUGGCAAGUAUUAAGCUCAUCUUUUUUAGAGCAUUCAAUUUCUGGCUCUAAGGGUAAUAAGCAGAGUGCCAAUUUUUUGGGGAAGGCACCACCCCAAUGAAGAUUCUCUAAGGCUUUAGAGGACUUUGUUGGAAUAACAUAUAAAAUGUAUUGUUUACAAAUAAAAAAACCUAUAUAGUAAAUGCUAUAGAAAGUAAAAAUGUCCAAUAAAAAGUUCAAAUCUGAUGAAAUGCAUUUCACUCAUUUAUGAGCUUCCUCAGUCAGCUGUAGUGUAGCCCCAAGAAUCUUCUGUCUUUUUUAAAUGUCCUGUAGGUCCUCUAGACCCUCCUUUUUAGAUCACUUGUGGUUAAAUUAACCAAUCCCGAGUCCAUAUUUCAUACAAUCCCUUUAAAAAUUAUCUUCACCUGUGUGCCUAAACCCUAUAUAGGGUAAUUGUCGACUUUUAUUCUAAUUAUUUCAUUGGUAGUCUGGACACAUCAAAUCCUAUUUGGUUGCCAGAAGUGACGUCGCAGACUCUGCCGCUCACCACCCAUGGACACCGCAUGCUCCCCAGACACGGCUUUCUCCGACUAUUUUCACUGGUUGCCAGAGGUGCCAGUCAUGGAUGCCUCAUAUCCUAUUCGCGGCUGGUAUAAGUGACGUUGUGGACUUAGCCACUUGCCACAUCCACCAUCCUCUCGUGGACACCACGCCCUCCCCGGACAACCUCUGGCUUACCUAGAUGAUAUGACCAAAUCGGAGGAUAUAUAUUGGCAUAUCUGCUUCGGUUGGAGGGCAGCUGUACAAUACGUUACAAUACAUUAUUAUUAUUAUUAUGAUAUUUAUAGAGCGCCGUCAAAUUCCGCAGCGCUUUACAAUGGGUGGACGAACAGACAUGUAGUUGUAACCAGACAAGCUGGACACACAGGAACAGAGGGGUUGAGGGCCCUGCUCAAUGAGCUUACAUGCUAGAGGGAGUGGGGUAAAAUGACACAAAAAAGGUAAGGAUAGUAUUAGACUAAUGACAGUUGCAGAAGAGGAAUCAGUCAGGAGCUAUUAACAGUUUAAUGGAUAUGCUUUUAUGAAGAAGUGGGUUUUUAAAGAUUUUUUGAAGGAGUGGAGACUGGGUGAGCAUCUAACAGAGGAGGGAAGCGAGUUCCACAGGAACGGUGUAGCCCUCGAGAAAUCUUGAAGGCAAGCAUCAGAGGUGGGAGUCAGAUAGAAGAUAGACAUACGUCUUCAGCAGAUCGUAAGGGCCUAGACAGGACAUACUUGUGUAUAAGGGAGGAGAGAUAGGUGGGAGCAGCAUUAUGUAGAGAUUUGAAAGCAAGAACCAGAAUUUUAAAUUGAGCUCUAUAUUUUAUAGGAAGCCAAUGUAGGGAUUGACAGAAGGGUGAGGCAUGGGAGGUGCGUGUGGACAGGAAGAUGAGCCUCGUCGCCGCAUUCAUUAUGGACUGAAAUGGCGCUAGCUGGGAGCACGUAAGACCACUGAGAAGCAGAUUACAGUAGUCAAGGCGAGAAAGGACAGUGGAAUGGACAAACACCUUAGUCGCAUCUGGCGUUAAGUAGGGGCAGAUGCGCACAAUGUUUUUUAGAUGGAAAUGACAGGAUUUGGCAAUAGAUUAACCAUGAGGCUUGAAGGAGAGGUCGGAGUCAAAGAGAACACCUAGGCAGCGAGCAUGCAUGGUGGAACUGAUGGUAGCACCGUUGACUUGGAGGGAGACAGACACAGGAGUAACAACACUUGAGGGAGGAAAGACCAAAAUUUCAGUUUUGGUCAAGUUUAGUUUAAGGAAGUGGGCAGCCAUCCAGUUAGAAACAGCAGAGAGGCAGUCAGAGACACUAGUCAAGAGGGAUGGGGAGAGAUCAGGAGAGGACAGGUAGAUUUGCAGCGUAAGCCAUACAGGUUCCACUAUUUUAGGUGUGGGCAAAAGAAGGUAAAGGUAUAGGGAAAAAAGGGGGGGAAAUGCAUAAAAUGUACAUUUGAGUGUUAUCAAAUAUAGGCAUUUACAAUAUAGAUUAAUGAUAUCUUUAAACCAUUAUCACAAAAAUAUAUUUUUAGAAGAGAGAGCUAUAUAAACACUAAUAAGAAAGGAAUUAGGAAUUAAAAAUUCAAAUUAAGACCUUUGCAUAUAAUUUCAAAUUUAUUAAAAUAGAUAUUAAAAACUUUUUUUAUGUGAAAAACAAUAUAUAAAACUAUUAUGUUUGGUAUGUUUACAUGAGAACAAUAUUACAAAGGGAUUUAUAUUAAAAUUAUGUUUGAGGGAAAUUAUAUGAGAAAUUUUGUCAAAUUAAGAAAUUUUAUUAAAAAGGGAGUUUUUAGAGGAAAUGGCAUAAUUCAAAGUCGAUAUUCAAACCUUGACUGUAAAGUCCCAUGGUUGAAUAUCCAUCUCAUUUCUUUCUUCCCUAAAAUGUUAUUAAAAUUUCCUCCAUUCCAGUUCCCCAAGACUUUAUGGAUUACCUAAAAAUUGUAGUCCCUUAGGGUUGCUGUUAUGUAUAAUUUUAAAAUGAUGUGACACACUAUGGCCCUCAUAUCCUUUUUUUAUAUUUCUUAUGUAUUCUUCCACUCUUGUAUGUAGUUUACUUUUAGUGUGGCCCACAUAUUUCAGACCGCACGGGCACUCCAGUAAAUAUAUCACAUUUGUUGAGUGACAAGUGAUGAGAUUUUUUAAUAGUGAAUUCUUUGUCUUGGUUCAAAUUAGUGAACUUUGUCUCACCGCUCCAUGGGCCUGUAGAUAAAAAUCUCCACCAUACCAAAAAUAAUUACUAGAUAAAAUAAAGUGAAUUCCUUCCAUGAUAAAAUCCAUGUGCUCUGGUUUAAAAUUGUUUGACUGUUCUAAAAAAUAUCUGGUCGCAGCGCAGCCACUCUCAUGUGCAAUAAUAGUGUAGAGGAAACUUACGUCUGCGUUUACUAAAAAAUAACUGUCUUCCCAAACCAGUUCGUUGAUAUGUCGUGGUAUACUUCCUGUAUCUUUAAGGUAACUAGGUAUUUUUUGGACUAUUGGUUGUAGACAUCUGUUGAUGUACUCGGAUAGUCUACAUGAUGUAUUUUCUUAUUGUAAUUAAAGUUUUCAUCGUAGUGAAUGUAAAAGAACCCAACAUCAUUGCCCAUUUUGCCCAUUUUUAUUAUUAUAGGCAAAGGUCUUAAUUUAAAUUUUUAAUUUUUAAUUCCAUUCUUAUUGGUGUUUAUAUAUCUCUCUCUCCUAAAAAAGAUAAUUUUGUGAUUAUGGUUUAAAGAUAUCAUUAAUCUAUAUUGUAAAUGCCUAUAGUGGAUUACACUCAACUGUACAUUUUAUGCAUGUAAUGCAUUUUUUCCCUUUACCCUCACUUAUGCUCUCUAUAAGAUUAAGGCAAUGUAUAAAUAUCUUAGCUUCUGAUAUAAUCUUAAACCAGUCCAAAACUCUGAUCUCUAUUUCAAGAUCUGUUUCCCAUUUAUUUAUUAUAUUUUUAACCUGGAUCUAUUAUAGAAGGAUCUUCAUCAUCGAAAAGGGUACUUUUCAUCAGGGUACUAACAUUGUCUCCAUAUUUUAACAGACAUUCCAAAUCCUGAAUUUCGUUGUCUUCUUUGCAUACAUAUUUUCGAAGAAAACUUUUAAUUCUAAGGUAGCAAAAGAAUUCCUUUGCGGGAAUAUGGUAUUCGGAGACUAUUUCUUGAAAAGAUUUAAUAUGAGAGCCAUUUAAGAUAUCACUAAAAGUCGUUAUACCAUUAUCUUUCCAAAUACAUAGAUUCAGUUCCUAUACAUUAUAUUCUAGGAGGCUAGUAUUGCUCUUACAGCUAAUAGAAUUCUCCCAUGACAAAUUAUGUUCUAUUUUGAAUUUAGACCACAAUUUUAAAAUUUGAUAGCUAAGGCUGUUUUUGCUUCAAUUGUUGGCUGGAAUCUUAUGUAUGCUCAGUCUUUUAGGAUCGAUCCACAGGAGGAGGGAGAGGUCCGAUAUCUCCAACAUAUAUUUUUCUAUGUCCUGCCAAGAAUCUUAAGAAUCUAUUUUGAGUCAUUUAAAAAUAUGUUUAAGGAUAGCAGCGUCAUGGUAUCUUUUAAUAUUAGGGAUUGCUAGCCCUCCUUUAUCUAUACUUUUCUCUAAAAUCUUUCUCGUUAUUCUUGUUUUUUUGCCAGUUGAUAUAUAUUCAGAGAAAGUUCUCUGUAUUUUAGUUAGAUUCGAUCUGUGUAAGUAUAUGGGGAGAGCCCCAAAAAGAUAAUUCCAUAUUGUUGGCACAUAAGAUUUAAUAACGUUAAUUCGUCACAGCCAUGAAAGUUCCAAGGGCUUACAAUCAUUAAGCAUUAUGGAAGUCUGAUUUAACAAUGCCUCCCAGUUGGCCUUUAUAAAACAAAAUUGAGUGAGAAGUGAUGAUUAUGCCAAGGUACUCAAAACUAUCUGUAGCCCACUUAAAGGUAUAUUCUUCCUUUAGUCUAUCUUGGAUUUCCAUGUCUAGAUUUAAGCUCAUAAUAAUUGACUUAGAUGUAUUGAGCUUGUAGUUUGACAUAUUUCCGAAUAUUUCUAGUUCUUUAAGUAGAGGAUUUAUCGAGUUUUGGGGAUCUGUUAAUGUCAUUGUGACAUCAUCAGCAUAUAAACUUAAUUUUGCUUCUUUAUAGCCAUAUUGGAUUCCUUUAAUAUUUUUAUUCAUUCUGAUAUAUUGGGAGAGUGGCUCCAAAGUAAGAAUAUAUAACAUGGGAGAGAGGGGGUAGCCCUGCCUAGUCCCAUUUCAAACCUUAAACCACGGGGAAAGAAUACCCGACCCUAUUAUCCUGGCUGAGGGAUUAGUGUAUAGAGCAAGAAUUGCCUGUAGUAUCCAUCCUUUGAAACCCCUCUUUCUUAAUGUUUGGAACAUAAAAUUCCAACUAACUCUAUCGAAAGCUGUAUUACCAUCAAGUGAAAAUAAAAUAGUCUGUUCCAUCCUUCAAUUGGAUAGGUCAAUUAGAUCUACUACUCUGCGAAUAUUGUCAGAAGGAUAUCUUCCAGUUACGAAUCCUGUUUGCUCAAUAUGAAUUAGAGAUGGGAUUUUAGUCUAUCAGUUAUGAUAGCGGAAUAUAUUUUUAUAUCACCAUUGAUCAAUGAAAUGGGACGUUAAUUUUCAAUCUGAGAUGGAUCUUUUUUAUUUUUCAGUGUGGGUAUUAUAUUUGCCUAUAAUAAUUCUGCUGAUAUUUCACUUCUUUCUGAAAAGAAAUUAAAUAAUUUUGCAAGAUGUUUGCAUAGAUUUACUUUCAUGGUUUUGUAAAAUAUUCCAGAGAAUCCAUCCGGACCUGGGGCUUUAUUUUUUUUUAAAUUUUGUCUAUCGUAAAGCCUACUUCCUCAUGCGUUAUUGAAUGAUUUAAAUCUCUAAUUUGGUCCUCUGUAAGAGUAGAUAAACCACAUUUCUCUAGAUAUUCUUGGAUACCUUUACCCUCUCUUGCCCACAUCCAAAAUGGUGGAAUCUGUAUGGCUUACGCUGGAAGGGACGCCCUCCAGCCGAAGCCGAUAUGCCAAUCUAUAUCCUCCCAUUUGAUCAUAUCAUCCAGGUAAGCCAGAGGUUGUCCGGGUUUAUGGAGGGCGUGGUGUCCAUGAGAGGCUGGCAGAUGUGGCGAGCAGCUAAGUCCCAAAUGUCACUUCUGCCAGCUGCAAAUAAGAUAUGACACAUCCAUGACUGGCACCUCUGGCCACUAAUGACAAUAGUUGGAGAAAGCCGUGACUGGGGAGCGUGCGGUGUCCAUGGGUGGUGGGCGGAGUCUGAGACGAUACUUCCCCCAACCACAAAUAGGAUAUGACGCGACCAGACCAGCACCAUUGACUACCAAUGAAAGGAUUAGAAUAAAAGAUGGCAAAUACCCUAUAGAGGAUUUAGGCACACAGGUGAAGAUAAUUUUUAAAGACAUGGCACGAAAUAUCAACUUGGGAUUGGUUAAUUUAACCACAUGUAAUCUAAAAAGGAGGGUCGAGAGCAGUGUUUCCCAACCCAGUCCUCAAGGCACACCUACCAGUCCAGGAUUUAGGGAUUACCCAGUUGUGUCUAAGGUGUUUUUACAAAGAAGAAAAAAAACACCUUAGACACAACUGGGUAAUCCCUAAAUCCUGGACUGGUAGGUGUGCCUUGAGGACUGGGUUGGGAAACACUGGUCUAGAGGACCUACAGGACAUUUAAAAGACAGAAGUUUCCUGGGGCUAUACUACAGCUGACUUAUGAAGCUCAUGUAUGAGUGAAAUGGGUUUCAUGAGAUUUGGACUUUUUAUUGGACUGUUUUUACUUUCCAUAGCAUUUACUAUAUAUGUUUUUUUAUUUGUAAAUAAUAUAUUUUAUGUUAUUCCAACAAAGUCCUCCGAAGCCUUAGAGAAUCUUCAUUGGGGUGGUGCCAUCCCCAGAAAAUUGGCACUUUGCUUAUCACCUGCUUAUUACCCUUAGAGGCUCUAGAAAAGCUAAACUCAAUACUUGCCAUAUGGUUUUACGUUUAUAAUACUACCCUUGUCUCUUCUACGGCAUUGUAGCUUCACAGAAUAGCACCAAAGGCAUACAAUGGGUGUAUAGUUAUACUCAGCAGAUGUAGCUGAACACAGUAUGGGGUUCUGUGCAGGAAUAGCACACAUCAGCUUUACGAAAUAUACAUUACAAAAACCUUGCUAUAUUUGUAUAUGCCAAAAUAGAGAAAAAACACAAUUUUACUCAAAUAUGUAGCAGAGAUUGGCGAUGAAAUGGCUACGUAAAAAGUGUCAAACAAUCCUUAGGUAAAUAGACUGUGAUGUCUACUUUACAUAAAUUUAUACUUUUGUGUGGCAAAUUUGUUUUCUGUGGUGGCUACUAAACCUACAAGACAAACAUACCAACUUCUAAAAUUGUUUCACACUAAAAUUUUAUUUUAGUCCUUGUAUUUUGUGUUCUGUAACUUUCAAAAUAAGUUGAAAUCCUAUGCAUAUUAUGUACUCUAUAAAUCAAGACAUCUAAAUUAAUUUAUUUUGAAUUACUUUUUCUAAGCUGGACAUAUUAUGCACACGCUGUUAUUGCCAAAACUGUGAAAAAAAUGUAUUCCCCCCCCCCAUUUUUGGGCAUUUUUUUUUAUGAUUAAUGAGAAUGUAUCUAUGUAUAUGUGACAUAACAUUAAAGUCCUGUUUGCUCUUUAAAAAAAAAAAAAUUAUAAUAAUAUGUGUUUGUGCAAUAAAUGACAGAGAUGCAAAUUGCGUUUGAACACAAACAGCAAAAUAUGCAGAAAUGUCUGUGUCCCUAAGGGUAAGACAAGUUUCUGAAGCUGUGUCCUUAAGGGCUUAAAAUAACAUUUGAGUGAUACUAGAUAAAACAGUCAUAAUAGUCAAGAAAAGCCCUUCUGAAAAUGUUAAAACUCACCCUUAUAUUAAUAAAAGGGUCCCCCAAAGGUUACUUUUAUGUUUUAUCCUUUGUGGUUUUAGCAAGCGUUAGCCAGCCACCACAUAAUUAAAGGGACUCUCCAGUGCCAGGAAAACAAACUGUUUUCCUGGCACUGCAGGUCCCCUCUCCCUCCCACCCCCUUACCAAGUUGCUGAAGGGGUUAAAACCCCUUCAGUGACUUACCUGUAUCCAGCGCCGAUGUCCCUCGGUGAUGGUUCAGGGUCUGCCCACGAUCCUCCCCCGCCUACGAUAGCCGCCAGCGGAGGAGACCUAAUGCGCAUGCGCGCCAAUGCUUUCAAUGCUUUCCUUUGGGGAUUUCAGUGACACUGGAAGUCCUCACAUAGCAUGAGGACGUCCAGCGAUGCUAUAGCACACUUUUUGUGUGCUAUGAACCCGGAAGUGCCCUCUAGUGGCUGUCUAAAAGACAGCCACUAGAGGAGGAGUUAACCCUGCAAGGUAAAUAUUGCAGUUUAUGAAAACUGCAAUAAUUACACUUGCAGGGUUAAGGGUAGUUGGAUUAGGCACCCAGACCACUCCAAUGGGCAGAAGUGUUCUGGGUGCCUGGAGUGUCCCUUUAACCUUCACAUUGCUAAGGGUUUAAACUAUUUGCCCGUUGGCUGCUAGAGAUGCUAGCUAGCAAAUAGUUUGUUUGUUUUUUUUAAAUCUUGGCUGGUUUUGAACCAUCCAGGCCUGGAUUUUAAGUAAUUUUUUAGCAUUUUGAGAUUUCAGUCAUCCACCAGCAUUUGGUCUGGCUGAAUUGCAAAAUCUAGACAUUGAAUAGUGUGAGGUUAUCCAGAUUUUGCAGUCCAAAUCGCCCCAUGUGUAGCGCUUCCAAUUGUGCAACAAACUAGGAAAAAAUGUCUUCUUGACCCCAGAAUGGCAGUCCAGUAUAUAUUUGGAUUAAGAAGCUAUUGCUCCACUAAUUAAAAAUCAUAUCCCUGUAUACUAUAUUUUUGCAAGUAUUUAUCCAAUUGCUGUUUAAACAUCUGUAUAGAGUCUGAUAAAACCAUCUCUUUAUCCCAGUCUACAUGCAUGACCUUGUGUCCUAUUUAUGAAAAGAAUUCCAAACAAUAAUAUGUAUUGGAUCUGAAUAUAUAGUUGCAAGAAAAAGUAUGUGAACACUUUGGAAUGAUAUGGAUUUCUGCACAAAUUGGUCAUAACAUGUGAUCUGAUCAUCAUCUAAGUCACAACAAUAGACAAUCACAGUCUGCUUAAACUAAUAACACACAAAGAAUGAAAUGUUGCCAUGUUUAUAUUGAACACACAAUGUAAACAUUCACAGUGCAGGUGGAAAAAGUAUGUGAACCCCUAGACUAAUGACAUCUCCAAGAGCUAAUUGGAGUGAGAUGUCAGCCAACUGGAGUCCAAUCAAUGAGAUGAGAUUGGAGGUGUUGGUUACAGCUGCCCUGCCCUAUAAAAAACACACACCAGUUCUGGGUUUGCUUUUCACAAGAAGCAUUGCCUGAUGUGAAUGAUGCCUCGCACAAAAGAGCUCUCACAAGACCUACCAUUAAGAAUUGUUGACUUGCAUAAAGCUGGAAAGGGUUAUAAAAGUAUCUCCAAAAGCCUUGCUGUUCAUCAGUCCACGGUAAGACAAAGUGUCUAUAAAUGGAGAAAGUUCAGCACUGCUGCUACUCUCCCUAGGAGUGGCCGUCCUGUAAAGAUGACUGCAAGAGCACAGCGCAGACUGCUCAAUGAGGUGAAGAAGAAUCCUAGAGUGUCAGCUAAAGACUUACAAAAAUCACUGGCAAAUGCUGACAUCCCUGUUAGCGAAUCUACAAUACGUAAAACACUAAACAAGAAUGGAUUUCAUGGGAGGAUACCACAGAGGAAGCCACUGCUGUCCAAACAAAACAUUGCUGCACGUUUACAGUUUGCACAAGAGCACCUGGAUGUUCCACAGCAGUACUGGCAAAAUAUUAUGUGGACAGAUGAAACCAAAGUUGAGUUGUUUGGAAGAAACACACAACACUAUGUGUGGCGAAAAAAAGGCACAGCACACCAACAUCAAAACCUCAUCCCAACUGUGAAGUAUGGUGGUGGGGGCAUCAUGGUUUGGGGCUGCUUUGCUGCGUCAGGGCCUGGACGGAUUGCUAUCAUCGAAGGAAAAAUGAAUUCCCAAGUUUAUCAAGACAUUUUGCAGGAGAACUUAAGGCCAUCUGUCUACCAGCUGAAGCUCAACAGAAGAUGGGUGUUGCAACAGGACAAUAACCCAAAGCAUAGAAGUAAAUCAACAACAGAAUGGCUUAAACAGAAGAAAAUACGCCUUCUGAAGUGGCCCAGUCAGAGUCCUAACCUCAACCCAAUUGAGAUGCUGUGGCAUGACCUCAAGAAAGCGAUUCACACCGGACAUCCCAAGAAUAUUGCUGAACUGAAACAGUUCUGUAAAGAGAAAUGGUCAAGAAUUACUUCUGACCGUUGUGCACGUCUGAUCUGCAACUACAGGAAACAUUUGGUUGAAGUUAUUGCUUCCAAAGGAGGUUUAACCAGUUAUUAAGUCCAAGGGUUUACAUACUUUUUCCAUCUGCACUGUGAAUGUUUACAUGGUGUGUUCAAUAAAAACAUGGCUACAUUUCAUUCUUUGUGUGUUAUUAGUUUAAGCAGACUGUGAUUGUCUAUUGUUGUGACUUAGAUGAUGAUCAGAUCCCAUUUUAUGACCAAUUUGUGCAGAAAUCCAUAUCAUUCCAAAGGGUUCACAUACUUUUUCUUGCAACUGUAUUUGUAUAAUGCUAUAAUAUCCGUCUGAGCUACAGUUUUUCCAAACUAAGGAGAUUUAACCACUAAAUUGCUCCAUUCCUCUUAUCAAUUUUGCAGUUCGCCUCAGCACUUUUUCUAAUGCCAUAAUAUCCUUCUUUUGAAAAUUGCACAGCAUAUUCACAGUGGGGUCAUACCAGUGGAUUAUAAAAAUGCAAAAUUGAUAUUUUCAUCCUAAGAAAUUAGUGCCCUUAUUUAUACAUGAGAAUACCUUACUGGCCUAUGCAACUGUUGAUUGAUAUUGCAUAUUCGUUCCUGUUUUGUCUAUAACCAUUCCCAAAUCCUUCUUGUGUGUUAUCUCUAUUUCACUGACAUUUAGGGUGGUGUAAGUUACCUGUGCAUUCUUUACCCAGAAGUUUAUCUGAUUGUAGACCAAUUUAUUUUAGUUUGAACACUAAUCUAUUGUGAGGAACAUUAUCCAACACCUUGGCAAAAUCAAAGUAGAUCACAUCUACUCCAACACCCUGAUCUAUACUUCUACUUACCUCUUUGUAGAAUGCAAUUAGGUUAGUUUGACUGCAUGACCUAUGUUUAAUCAACCCAUGCUGAUUAUUGCUGAUAACAGUGUUCUUCACAAUGAAUUCCUGAAUAUUAUCCCUUAGUAUCAAUUCAAAUACUUCCCCAGCCACAGAACUUAAGCUCACAGAUCUCUCAUUUCCAGACAAAGAUUUUGAACCCUUUUUGAAUAUAGGAACCACAUCUGCCUUCAUCCAAUCAUCCUGUACAAUUUCUGAAAGAAAAGAAUCCUGAAAGAUUAAAUACAGAGGUUCACUUAUUUCCUCACUUAGCACCUUAGGUACUCAUGGGUGAAUGCUGUCACACCCGGAGCUUUGUUUACAUACAUUUUCUACAGCAUGUCUUCUUUUUCCCUCUUUUGGGGACAUAUAUUUUGUAAUACACAUUUUCCCACCCCUUUGGUUCAUCUGAUGCAUUUUCCCGAAUCUUUUAAUGCGCAAUAACUGACGACCAAACCACCAUAUGCAUGAGAGUUUGUCAUCCAGAAUUUUUUUAUUUUUACAAGUAAUGGUUCAGCUGAAACACAUUUUUUUGCUAAAAAAAAAUAAGUUGAGAGCAACAUGUUAUACAAGCCAAAAAAGUACAAAAUUGAAGCACAGACAUUUUAGAAAAUCACUUGGAGCAAUAUUUUAAACUGUUGUAUAACUUUUGGUUUCAGAUCAUAAAUGUCACUGCAAUAUCCAUUGGAACAGGUUUAUCCUAUCCUUGUGAUACACUCAUAUCUCAGGUAUGGUUACAACAAAUUAAAACUAUUUUAUACUAUGGGAUCAUUUUCUGAACUGACUGCCAAUGAUGUAGGCAGUGGCAGACUCAACUAAUGUAAAGUGGGUAAAAUAUAAAAUAGAGACCACACUCAAAAUUUAAAUAUUGAGAAUAGAUUUUAUUUAGGUAAUAUAUGUGUGAUGCUAGCCGUCCCAUAAAUGUAAUAACUUUAAAUCAAUAUAGUAAUCUUUGUACAAUGAAAGGGAAAAAAAGGAGAGACAAGAAAGGACAAACUUAUAUAUAAAAAUGGUGGAUAAUGCAGGUCAUUACAAACCCUGGAGAGUAAAUGUAUCCUGUCCCAGGCGACCAGCACUUGAGUUUUAUACAAGACAACCAAUGAGAUUCAUGACUCCUUAUUAAAGUUGAUCCACUGAGGAUGUAUAUAUAUAGAUAUAUAUAUAUAUAAAAUACACAAAAUCCAGCGCACUCACCUAUCCACUAAACAGCAACUUCAAUGUUGAAAGAUUUUUUUUUUUUUUUUAAAACACCUAAUCUAGGCAAAAAUAAUGGGGGUUUAGUUACAUUAUAUGACUAUACAUUGCAUAACCAUGCCACAACGUCAAUGUACCCCAUCUUUGGCAGGUCCUACUCUAACAGCCUAAUGUCUGCUCUUAUGAGAUUAACCCACUUACUUGGGGAAAAAAUUCCAUUUGGGGCUCUCUGCAGUACAAGGCUAAAUAGGGCCCUGGGAUGAGGCACCUGUGACAGGGAGGGGUGCAAAACCAAGGAGUUGGCUAGACUCCCAAAGAUAUAUAUAUGAAACAAGGGGGUGUGGCUGCACUCACCUGAACAUGCAUAAAUGGGGUGCUGCUGGGAGCCAAAUUAUACAAUACACAAGAUCCAGCGCACUCACCUAUCCACUAAACAGCAACUUCAAUGUUGACAGAUUUUAUUUGUUUUUUUUAAAAACACCUAAUCUAGGCAAAAAUAAUGGGGGUUUAGUUACAUUAUAUGAUCAAAACUCCUUGGUUUUGCACCCCUCCCUGUCACAGGUGCAUCAUCCCAGGACCCUAUUUAACCUUGUGCUGCAGAGAGCCUCAGAUGGAAUUUUUUCCAUUAGGCUGUUAGAGUAGGACCUGCCAAAGAUGGGCUACAUUGUGGCAGGCUUAUGCAAUGUAUGAUCAUAUAAUGUAACUAAACCCCCAUUAUUUUUGCACAUAUCCUUAUUGUUUGUAGAUGCUAGGUUAGAUAUCAUAUCAAGGGACUUUCUCCUUUACGUUUUUAGCCCUGGAAAAGGAGCAACAAAAAUACCUGGGGCACAACAAUUGUAAUUGGACAAAAUAAACUUAUAGAGGAAUUUAAUGAACCAGGUGCCACACCCACCCACACAACUCUAGUUUUUAUGCCAUCAGUGACCCAGCUACAGUUUGUUUGUAUUUAUUCAUUUUAUGUGUGUAACAUUUUUGCUCUUUCAUUUUUAUUUCCCAUAUUUAGACAUACGGAGGUAGAAACAUGAAACGCAUUGGAACUAUAUUACAGAGAGGAAUUCUGAUCCUGUUACUGUUCUGUUUCCCAUGCUGGGCCAUCUUCAUUAAUACUGAACACAUUCUGUUGCUAUUCAGGCAGAACCCGGAAAUUGCCAGGUUAAACAGUCAAUAUUUAUGCCCCCUUUGCUUUAUUCGUAUUUGAGAAACAUUAAGGAAGUUCAGGGUUUUGUCCUUUUUCUCUGCAGGCCUUGGGGCAUUUAACGGUAGAGAGAUAAAGCUUAAUACAUAGUUUUUCUUCUAUUAGAAAAAGCUCACCACUGGGUAUCAUCACUGGUCCAGCAAGAUUUUCUUGCUUUUACAAAAUAUCUCUAGUUUCAUUGUUGCUUUUAACAAUUUAUGCUCCCGGGUACAGAAUUAAUUUUUAGUUGAAUCUUGAUCAGUCACUAGGUAGAACAAGUUUAUCCUCUUUUAUAUAGCCACUCGAGUUUGUUUUAAAUAUACAAAAAAUGCUUUGGGGUCCUUAGAAGUGAUUUAAUAUAGCUAAUAUAUGGCUUUGCCCAAAUAGUCUCUACUCUAUAGAGUCUUAUACCCUGGCUUUUCACACUGUCCUAUAAAGGGUAACCAGCAUUAAGCCCUUCCUCUAAUAACAUCCGUGUAUAUGGAAACCUUUUUAUUGCACUGGAAAGUAAUGCAUAAAAAUAUAGUUAGUCCAUAUUUGCUCUAGCUCUGGUUUUUAUACUACAGGGAAGCACAUUUCUCCAUGUGGACUUCACCAUGUACCCCUGCCUGUCCAUUUCUCUAUUUGUAUAUCUAGAGUAGACUGUGAUUUUACGAAAAGUAUGCUUGAUUGUGUAACAAUUUCAUUUUCUUCUAGGUUAACACAUGCAUAUAUGAUGAUUUACAUCCCAGCACUUCCUGUAAGUUACUUUGUUGGUUUUGUGAAUAAGUUCACCCUGCUUUGUAUGUCAAUAUUUAGAAAUAAAUCACAAUCCAGCAUUUGCUCAGUGACGUUUUCUGACUUUCAGACAGUAUUGCAUAAGUGUUUUCAAUAUCUCUGCUCUCUUAUAUUGUAGCAGGGCUUGAUAGCUUGAUAGGCUGUUAUCUCAAGGUUUAAGACAAAAAUACCCCAUGUUGGGCUUUUAGAUUACAUCAUAAUAGUAAGGUUACACAUAGAUUCAGCUAGAGCCAUAACUCGUGACAAAUCUUAGAAUAUGAAAUGUAUCCUUAUUGUUUUUAACAUGUACGUACGAGUUCUACUUGCAGCAGUGGUGGGAGCAGGGGCACAGUGGCGGAGGGUGGGGGAGCAGGGGUAAUGUAGUGGUAGGUGGGGGAGCAGGGGGCACGGUGGUAGGUAGGGGAGCAGGGUGCACGAUAGGGAGCAGGGGCACAGUGGGUAGGUAAGGGAGCAAGGGGCACAGUGGUGGUAGCUGGGGGAGCAGAGGCACAGUGAUUGGUGGGGGAGCAAAGGGCACAGUGGUGGUAUGUGGGGUUGCAGGGGGCGCACUGGUGUUAGCUGGGGGAACAGGGGUAGUGCAUUGGUAGGUAGGAGAGCAGGGGCACAGUGGCAGAGGGUGGGGGAGCAGGAGUAGUGUACUGAUAGGUGGGGGAGCAGAGGGCACAGUGGUGGUAGUUGGGGGAGCAGGGGGCGCACUGGUGUUAGCUGGGGGAACAGGGGUAGUGCAUUGGUAGGUAGGAGAGCAGGGGCACAGUGGCAGAGGGUGGGGGAGCAGUAGUAGUGUACUGAUAAGUGGGGGAGCAGAGGGCACAGUGGUGGUAGGUGGGGGAGCAGGGGGCACACUGGUGUUAGCUGGGGGAACAGGGGUAGUGCAUUUGUAGGUAGGAGAGCAGGGGCACAGUGGCAGAGGAUGGGAGAGCAGGAGUAGUGUACUGAUAGGUGGGGGAGCAGAGGGCACAGUGGUGGUAGGUGGGGGAUCAAGGGGCACAGUGUUGGUAGGUGAGGGAAUCAAGGGGCACAGUGGUGGUAGGUGGGGGAGUGGGGCACAGUGGAGGAGGGUCGGAGAGCAGGGUCUUUUCUCUGCUGGUGAGACCUCACUUGGAGUAUUGUACACAGUACUGGAGACCGUAUCUUCAGAAGGAUAUUGAUACCUUAGAGAGGGUUCAGAGAAGGGCUACUAAACUGGUUCAUGGAUUGCGGGAUAAAACUUACCAGGAAAGGUUAAAGGAUCUUAACAUGUAUAGCUUGGAGGAAAGACGAGACAGGGGGGAUAUGAUAGAAACAUUUAAAUAUAUAAAGGGAAUCAACACAGUAAAGGAGGAGACUAUAUUUAAAAGAAGAAAAACUACCACAACAAGAGGACAUAGUCUUAAAUUAGAGGGACAAAGGUUUAAAAAUAAUAUCAGGAAGUAUUACUUUACUGAGAGGGUAGUGGAUGCAUGGAAUAGCCUUCCAGCUGAAGUGGUAGAGGUUAACACAGUAAAGGAGUUUAAGCAUGCAUGGGAUAGGCAUAAGGCUAUCCUAACUAUAAGAUAAGGCUAGGGACUAAUGAAAGUUUUUAGAAAAUUGGGCAGACUAGAUGGGCCGAAUGGUUCUUAUCUGCCGUCACAUUCUAUGUUUCUAUGUUUCUAUGCUUCUAUUCACUUACCAGGAAGAGGGUUUGGCUGCAUUUAAUUCCGCCCUCAUCUGCCACUUAACUCCGCCUCUUAACUCCAUCCCCUUUACCCUCAUUGAUAGACCCAAGUGAAGAAUAAUGUUGUAACCGAGACUCAUAUCCUUGUGCAAAACUGUCGUUUGUCAGUGCCUAUUCAUGUACACGCUAAUGCCCAUCAAAAAUAAAGAAUGUAAAAAAAUAAAUUAAUUUAAAAAAAAAACAACAACAAAAAAGUAAUGCUUGCUAUUAUAGAAAGGUGUCCAAACACAUGGUGAAUUGUAAUUUGAUGGAUAUGAGGCUGCAUAGCCACAGACCGGUCAGAGUACCCAUGAUGACCCUGGUCUACCGCCUAAGCACCUCAGACUUCAGAGUACCCAUGAUGACCCUGGUCUACCGCCUAAGCACCUCAGAUUUCAAUAUCUCUGCUCUCUUAUAUUGUGGCAGGGCUUGAUAGCUUGAUAGGCUGUUAUUGUUCCAUGGACCAUCAGAACUGGUCCAUGGAACAAUGGAAGGAGACAGUGUUAUGCUCUGGGAAACCUUGAGUCCUGGUAUUCAUGUACCAUCUACCUAGAGAUUUUUGCAGACCACAUACACCACUUCAUGGCAAUGAUGUUACCUGAUGGCAGUGGCCUCAGUCUGCAGGAAAAUACAGCCUGCCACAUUGCAAAAAUUGUUCACAAAUGGUUUGAGGAACAUGUCAGAGUUCAAGGUGUUACAUAGGUCUCAAAAUUUUGCAGUACUCUGAUUGAGCAUCUGUAGGAUGUGCUGGCAAAACAAAUCAGAUACAUGGUGUUCCCACCUUGCAACUUGCAGGACUUAAAGAAUCUGCUGCGAAUAUCUAGGUGCCAAAUAGUGAAGGACACAUUCAGAGAUCUUGGGGAGUCCAUGCCUCAAUGCACCAGAGCUGUUUUGGCAGCACGAUGGGCAUCUACACGAUAUAAGGCAGGUGGUUUUAAUGUUGUGGCUGAUCAGUGUAUAGCAUCAAUCUUAGAGUGUGUUUAUUCUAUAGAAAAAUAUUUUAUGCUUAACAUUCUGAAGUAAUUGUGAUAUGAUGUAGGCAACAGAAAUAGUACAAAUACAGGACUAUGUGUGGUUUAUUCCUGUGUAUAUUUCCUUUAUUUCAGGCUGUUUUCCUUUAUCAACUACAGUUGAGGUAUUUGAUCAACCAGGUAAUUAUCUACACAAUUAUUUACAGCAUUGUUAUUAACAUUACCUACAUUUUGUAACAUUUAGUCUUCUUAAUGUUGGGAGAGCUAGGAAAGGGCAUGGGCAUGAAGUAAUUGUCUCCUCCACCAAGGCAGAUUACAGAUCUUAUGAGCUACCACUUCAGAGCAUCAUUCAUGUGCUGAUUAAAAGAACAUUCAAAGCACCAUAACCACUAUAGUGUGCAGUAUUGGUUCUGGUUCUGGGAGUCAGCAAAAGAAUGUUAAUCAGCAAAAGAAUGUGGCUCUGAAGUAGCAUUGCUAUGACCAGUACAGUAUGCUAUGGUGGUUAUGGUUCCAGGAGAGCCUGGUGCCCACCUGUAAGUAGUUUUAGUAUGAUUUGGCUUCUUACUUACCUCCUUCUUAAAGCGGCACUGUCAUGGCCGAAUCCUGUUUUUUUUUAACCCCCCUCCUGACUCCACUACAUCUAACUGACUCCCUUGUCACCCUCAAAUACCCCUAAGCCCCCCAUAUUACCUAUUUUUAAUCUUUAUUUUCUGCCCGAUCUAUAUUCAGUGCGGCACCAUCUUUGUGUGGGUAGAGGAAGUCCCUGUGGGACACGUCAUCUGCCCACACUAGAUAGCACUGAGAUUCCCGCACUGAGAUUUCCAGUUAAACACUUGGGCAUGCGAACAGUAAUUUCAUCUAUUCAUUCAUUCAUCAGAAAGACAAAUGAAUGAAUGGAUAUUUCAGACGAACAAAGAAAACACUGAAUAUCAGUGUUCAUUUGUUUGUUCAGUUUAUUACAAGGAGGGAGCUACCGGUGCGCAGCUCCUUCCUUGUAAUAUGUAAAGAUAGAGGAGGUAGGGAGCAGUGCUCACUGCCACUUCCUAAGCGCCGCAGGUCCCCCCUCACUCUAUGGGGGUCAAUAUGACCCCCAUUAUAGCAUAAGGGAGAUUAAAAUCUCCCAAACGCCCCUACGGGCAUGUCUACUAAACAGUGAUUAGCCUGUGGCUGCUCUCUCUUUAAAAAAAAACCCUACUAUCCAGCUCCCACCCCUGCGCGGUGGGUGGGGGCCCUAAAUAACAAUAAGAGGGGGGCUACUGUCCUUCCCCCCAGCUCCCACCCCUGCACGGUGGGUGGGGGCCUUAAAUAACAAUAAGGGGGUGGGGGACCUAUUGUCCCCCCCGGCCCCUACCCCUGCGUGGCGGGUGGGGGCCCUAAAUAACAAUAAGGGGGGGACCUAUUGUACUCCCCCCCGGCUCUCACCCCUGUAAGGCGGGUGGGGGCCCUAAAUAACAAUAAGAGGGGACCUAUUGUCCUCCGGCCCCCAUCCCUGAGCAGUGGGUGGGAGCCCUAAAUAAGAAUGUGUGAAUGUGUAACCAACUGUCCUCCCUCCUGGCCCCCACCGGGGGCCAUAAAUAACAAUAAGGGGGGACCUAUUGUCCUCCCCCACAUGGCCCCCACCACUGCGCGGCGGGUGGGGGCCCUAAUUAACAAUAAGGGGGGACCUAUUGUCCUCCUCCCCAGCACCCACCCUUGCGCGGCAGGGUCCCUAAAUAACAAUACUUGCUCAGGGGUGGGGGCCAGAGAGGGAGGACUGUAAGUCCCCCCAUUGUGAUUUAUGGCCCCCAUCGACCUUGCAGGGGUGUGGGGAGGACAGAAGGUCUUCCCCCCUCAUUAUCUUUUUGGCCCCCACCCACCGCUCAGGGGUGGGGGCCCAAGGGAGGACAGUAGGUCGUCCCCCCAUUGUUAUGUAGGUCCCCCACCCACCGUGCAGGGAUGGUGGCCUGGGGGGAGGACAGCAGGUCCCCCACCUCAUUGUUAUGUAGGGCCCCCACCCACCGCGUAGGGGUCGGGCCGGGGGGAGGACAAUAGGUCCCCCCUUAUUUUACUUUAAGGGGUGGGGGCCAUGGGGGGCAAUAUUUUUUUUUUUGUUGGCUGCUCACUGUUUACUAGACAUCCCCCUACUCGUGGUAUAGCAAGUAUGGGCAGAAUUUACUAAUACUAAGUAAUCUUUUCUUAGUAAUAGUAAAUGUGGCUGAAAGACCAAUUUAGGUCUUUCAGCCUUUUGGUAGAUAGCUAUAUACAAAAAUGAGGAUGCAGCUGUAGAUCUACAAAAAAACCAAAAUAGAACAAUAGUGCAACACUGUAUAAUAAAGUAUAAGUGUGCUGUGUAGAAUAUAACUCACAAGAUUGAUGAAUGGUUAGCGCCCAAGGGUGCCUCCCCUGAUGUAGAUGGGAGGCAUUAUCACUGCUCCUGCUCCAAGGAAGGCGAAAUACGACUCAGGAUGUGGAGUAAAAAAAGGUUUCUUCUUUAUUUAAAAGAAUUAAAAGUAUAAAGGUAUAAAUAAGCUGUUUUAGUACCAGGUCCUAUGCGUUUCGUCCGAUGGACUACUUCAGGGACCUCCUGGUAUGCAGAUACGUAACAGCAAUAAAACAAAUACAAAUGAACAAUGGUAGAUAGCUCCCUGAUACCAUGGGAAUUAGGGAGUUAUCUACUAAGCGGCUGCAAGAUGCAGCCACGGCAAUGAAUAGGAUCGGAGUUUCAUUCAUUCGAAUGAAAUUGCGAUCCGAACAAAGUCCCGAAUUGCGUUCUAACACGAAUGGAGAAAUUGUUCUCAUUCUGUUAGGAUGCCGGCGUUCUGUGAAAGUGACAGGACAUUCGGCAAUACUGACAAGAAGCAUCGUGGGAACAGGGAGGAAAGCUAAGGAUCAUGGGAAAAUUGCUCUGACCGCCGGGAACGAAGCACACUUUGCUCCUCCGCUGGUCAUAGCUGGUCAUGGUGUAGGAAACCUCCAGAAGAGAAAUAGUCCCUACUUUGUCUUAAUUUUUAAAGAAAACUAGCGCAGACAAGAAGAAAUGAAGAACAGAUAAUGAGAGAGGGAGAGAAGAGGAAUCGAUUGGGGAAAGGUAAGUUCGGCAUGACAGUGCCACUUUAAAUCACUGCUUCUCACAUAAGAGGAGAUCUCAGCUAUUGAUUUUUUGUCCUUUUUCUCCCGAUCGAUUCUUUCUGCAUCGGUUGCUGCUCGGAAUUCUUCCAUUUUGUCUGUAAGGUGUGCAGAUAUGCAGUUAAAAGAAAUAGGUAUAUUUAUAAAGAGAGAAUUGGACAAUUAGUUUAAAAAAAAAUCUUUAAAAUUCCUGACAUUAAAGUAUAUUAGCAUUUUAGGAACAUCGCAAGAUAUCCAUGAUGGGGGAGAUAAACUGGCAGAACUAAUCAUGGCACACACAACAUCUUUAGUCUUUCUUAUUAGUCCUUAUUAAUCCAGUAGAUUUUUCUUUUUUUUUUGUAUAAGAACAAAAACUUGUAGGACCAUUUGCCUCUGUGGUCCUACAAAUCUUGCUUUUCUCCUGCACAAAAACUGAAGCAAAACCUUUAAGUGUCAUAGUUAUUUAUUGCUAGUUUUAUAGGUCAGUUAAGUGUCCCUAGCAGCUUUGAUUUUAUUAUUCAAACCUGCAGAAUAUAAGUUCAAAGUAAAACAACAUCAAACAGAGACCGUAAAAUUGUCAAAAUUGUGUUUGUUUAUUAAUAUAUUAAUUAACCUUUUUAUAAUAAAUGUUGUAUUUCUAGGGUAUAAUAUGGCCUCAAGUGUUCACUGGUAUUGCAGUAAACAUUAUAAAUGCUGCUGCUCAUGCUAUAUUGCUGUACGUGCUUAAUCUGGGAAUAGUGUAAGUAAAUUUAUGUUUUUACAUAUUGUAGAGUAUUUAUAUUGGUAAUGAAUAACAUACCUGUUAAAAUUGCAUAUUGAAUGCUUUAUGAAGUGUUUUUUAUUAUAGCUGUAAAAUGUUUAUAUGUUGCUUCGACUUCAUGGUAGGUGAAAGUCUGGGCCAUCUAGGUAUGCCUUGAAUUUUGGUGAUCCUGUUGCAGGAGGUGUUCUUUUGGCACAUGUGAGUAGAUAGCCACUCAUUAAAUAGGCAUAGAGCAGAAGAUGAUAACAUAAACAUUCCUUCCAUGGUCUGUGCAGGUUGAGGAAUCCAAGAAACAUAAUCGAUCAUAAAAAGGCAUGUGGAAAUAAUUCAUGUACAUGUACGUCCUCCUUGUAUGCUUGCCUAAUAGCCUACUCUGCAUGGGAAGUAGCCAGUUCCCAGCAUGGUCUGGUGGAGAUGUAGCAGCAUUCAAACUGCUGGUCCCUAUGCAUCAGAUGUGCUCACGUCAUAUGGUUCCUGCAGUUUUCUUAAAGGGACACUGCAAGCACCGAAAUAACCUUAAUAAAGCCCUUUCAGUCUAUAGAUGUCACUGUGUCAGUAUGGCGGAUUCCAAUACAGCAUGACAUUUCUUUAUGUAAAAGAAAGCGACUUCUGUUGCAAUUUUGUUAUGUCGGAUGCUGGCCACUACAGUUCCUAGUCCUUAUAUGACUCCAUACCCUCCUGUGGCAUUAAUGUACAGGAAUUAUGCCAACUUAUCACAUGGUUAUUCUAUGGUUAUUAUAGUCCAUUAUACACAGAUUAUUGUGCCCUGUCUUGGUUUUCCCUUAGUGGUGACCAAAGAGUGUGUUAAUUUUGGUUUCUGUGGUUUGUCAAUUUUGACCCCCAGCUAGUACCUUGACCAUUCUCCAAACUGUUUUCCCUGAAGAUUGUCUAUUUGAUUACGAUUCUCUCUGUCUCCCUGACAUUGCCGUAUUCACUACUAUUCUGGCAUGCGUCAAGCCCGGUCACUCAAAGGUCUGGUAAUGCACUUUAACCUACUAUUCCAUGCUACCUUAGUGCCUUCUAACUUAAGUUCUGCCUGUUGGUUACUAGAGAGUCAUGCAAUCUCACUGCUCAUUUAUAUUUCAUUCAGGAGUUAAAUUAGCUUUUUGAUGCAUCCCUAGGUAGAUCUCUCCUGGCUGACCCACACAGCCUACAUGAAAAAUAAUUUUACUUUCAAUACCUUAGACGUUUUCUACAGUUUUUUCCUGUUCUGUUUUUUAAUGGAACUUUAAUCACACACAGGAAGCAGGAGAUAAGUAAUUCUAAAUUAAAGAAAAUGUGCAAUAAAGGACGUUUAUCAAUCUCUUUACAGGAAGUAUUUCGGAAGGCUGUGUAAGUCACAUGCAGGGAGGUGUGACCAGUGCUGUAUAAACAAAGUGAUUUAACUCUUAAAUGACAGAUAAUUGAGUAGUGAGGCUGUAGGGGCAUAGUCUACACACCAAAACCACCCAAUUAAGCUAAAGUUCUUUUGAUGCUAAUAGUGUCAUUUUAAUCAUGAUCCUGACUAUAUAUAAAGAUCUGUUCUGUUUCAAUAUAUGGUCACUUAGUGAUAGUAGAAUUAAUGCACAAUCUGGCUACUAUUUUGCUGCAGUUGUAUCUCCUGUUGUGACCCUGAUUGCUCUUAUGUUAAUCAUAUGUCCAGUCUGCUAUUAGAACUAAGCUUGAUUGCUUUGCUAUACUGGGUGGUAAUGUAUCCAGUGAAACCAAGUGGAUCAUUAGUAUGUUACAUGGCUCCUCAAAUUCAAAAAAUGUAAUUGAGGGGAAACCGUUUGAAACUGUGGCGGAACUAAUAAAAAGAUGGCCCUAGUGGAAGAAAAUAUUUGGUCCUUCUAAAACACAAGGUUGGCCAAAAGGUAGAUUCAUCAGCUGUCACACAGCUUUCACAAUGCGCUGCCAGGUGGAAAUCAAUAAUGUGUCUAUCCUUUCAGUGUUGUAUUGUUUGCAGUUUCUGUGAGUUUAAAUGUUAGUGUGUCUUUGUAUGUAGAUACAUAGAUUUAAAUUUAGAGGUUUAUGUUUGAGCAUUGGGCAAAUGCUUAAAAUCCAAAUCUGACAGUGAUGAUCAAUAGGUCAUCAUCUACACAUGUGCCAUUAAUAGUUAUCAUGCUCAGCUUCCUGGUGACCAUACUGAUUGUCAUUUUCUGCUUGAAGUUAUACGUCAUCACAUGCAUUUAUUGCUAAAGUUGGUCAAUGUCUUUUUUAGGGAUUCGGUGGGUCUAAUCAUAGUUUUGAAGUAAGAGUGUAUAAGAGAGUUCUGAGUCAUAAUUAUCUAUCAUGAUUUAUUUUUAUUUUAGAGGCUCUGCUGUGGCAAACACUAUUUGUCAGAUCAUGAUGUGUUUUUUGCUUUGUUCCUACAUAUAUUGGAGAAAACUGCACUUGGAGACUUGGAAAGGUAAGCUGUUAGUAAAGGGACACUCUAGGCACCAGAACAACUUAAUUGUAAUGCAGUUAUUAUGGUGCAAGGAGAUCCCUAAACAUGACUGUUUGGUCUCUCUGAAGAGUGUUUGGUCUCUCUGUGACACCAGAUUGUGGGAAUAUUCCCCUCUCCAUAGAAGCUUAUCCCUAUCAGCAGCUCGCCAUUUACAAGAAGGCUGUUCACUCUGUUUUGUGAAUGGGUAGUUUCUGAUAGACUGAGGGCAACAGAUGACCUUCUCAGCCUAUUAGCUGCCUAUCCGAGGCUUACUGUUCCAAGCCUUCGGACUACAGUGGAUGUUCACAGGGAAAAUAAAAGGAUGCUGGAUUCAAGACGUUGGGGUUAAAUAUUUUGUUAACGGCUGAACCCUUUCAGGUGAGAAGGUCAUCUGUUGCCCUCAGUCUAUCAGAAACUACCCAUUCACAAAACAGAGUGAACAGCCUUCUUGUAAAUGGCGAGCUGCUGAUAGGGAUAAGCUUCUAUGGAGAGGGGAAUAUUCCCACAAUCUGGUGUCACAGAGAGACCAAACAUUCUUCUGCAGUACUGUAUGGGAAACAGAAUCAAGAGCACACCAAUGGCACAGUAUAAAAGGAUAUAUUUAUUAUAAAACAAUUAAAACUGCUUACUCAGCAAGUUGUGGGCUUGAGAUAUACAAGUUCCCACAGAAAACGCUCGCUUAAAAGUCAAUAUCUCCACUUACUUCCUUGUUCUGCAUCCUGGCUCCGCCCCCUUGUGACAUAACGCGUUUUAUCCACAUGAUUUGGGCUUCCUGAGAUGUAACCCCCCCCUUCCCUGGUCAUUGGCUAAUGGGAAGGAAUGUGUACUAACAAUGACUAACCAGUAUAUGGAAUAUGUUCAGAGCUGCUACAGAACCUCUUUAAGGGGCAGGUUAAUAUCUGCUCCCUGUAACCCCCCCUUCCCUGGUCAUUGGCUAUUGGGAAGGAAAGUGUACCAACAGUGAUUAACCAGUAUAUGGUAUAUGUAGAGAGCUGCUAUGUACAUUGUCUGUAAACAUGUCUUAUUAUAGCUUUAUAGAGAUGUUAGUAUUGAAAGUCUACAUCUAGCAUCUUUACAUUUAUUGAGGAUUAGCACAUGAAGAGUGCUGCCCAGCAGUGUGUACAUAUUAGAUGUUGCACAUAGGAAAAACAUCCAUUCAUUACUGGAAAAAUGAGUAAUCAACAUUCUUUUUGCCUUUUUACGACCGGUCCAAAAUGGCGCCCGCAUUUCUCGCACCACAGCGGUCAAUGCGGCAUCUAGGUAUUAUAUGUCUAUGUCUACACUGAUCUCCUGACUGCCUAGGAGAUCAGAAAGCAUCGAACUAGGGCAAAGCAAUUGAGAAUAGAUAGAUUCCUCAAUAGGAGUAAAAAGAAAAGCUUAAAAAGUCAUAUAAACAUUAAAUUGGUGUAAGCCCUAUUAUAAUGCAAUAAGAAAGUAGUUCAAAAUAUAAUCAAGUACAUAAUAUAAUAUAAUAAAGUAAAAUACUGGAAACGAAAAAUAAUUAUAACUAGGCAUGAGAAGGAAUCCAAAUACACAGUGCACAAAAAUAGUAAUAACAAAAUACAGAAAAUAUUUGCAAAAAGUAUAUACAGAGAGUCUAGCCCUACCCAGAGUGGAAUUAAGUAGGGUCUAAGCAAAGAAUCCCCAACAAAGUAGUUAACACAGGACAUCUAAAGAGACAGGAGCACUGUAACAGAGAGAAAUGCUCUACAAAAAAUAGCCAAGUAUACCAUAGGGAGAAACCUAAGGUAAACAUAAAAAAGCAUAAUGCAUGGCCCCAUGUUGCAAGGAUCUGUUCACAAUUCCUGAAAGCUGAAAACAUCCCAGUUCUUGCAUGGGCAGUAUGCUCACCGGACAUGUCACCCAUGGAGCAUGUUUGGGAUGCUCUGGAUCGGCGUAUACGACAUGGUGUUCCAGGUCCUGCCAAUAUCCAGCAACUUCGCACAGCCAUUGAAGAGGAGUGGACAAACAUUCCACAGGCCACAAUCAACAUCCUAAUCAACUCUAUGCGAAGGAGAUGCAUUGCACUGUGUGAGGCAAAUGGGAGUCACACAAGAUACUGACUGGUUUUCGAACACCCCCGGACCCUCCCUAUACAGUAAAACUGCACAUUUUAGAGCUGCCUUUUAUUGUGGCUAGCUUAGGGCACACCUUUGCAAUAAUCAUGCUGUCUAAUCAGCAUCUUGAUAUGCCACACCUGUGAGGUGGAUGAAUUAUCUCGGCAAAGGAGAUAAUCCAUCUCCAUCACAAUCUAACGCAGAUUUGUGAAGAAUAUUUGAGAGAAGUAGGCCAUUUGUGUACCUAGAAAAAAGUCUUAGAUCUUUGAGUUUAGCUCAUGAAAAAUUAGGGAAAAAAACAAGUGUUGCAUUUAUAAUUUUGUUCAGUGUAGAUGAGGCCUAAAAAUUUGUAGAAAUCCAAACUUCAAGCUCUGUCCUUUGCAGACAGUGAGCACAGAUAAAGCAUGCGGAGAAGGUGGCACAAUGUUUCUAUUUCUUCUCUACAUUUGCAAUGGUUUUCCUGGCUCUGUAUUGUAUGGAUUGUAUGGAGAUGUAAUUUGUAAACUAUUAAUAAAAUUUUAAAAGGAAACCGAGCAUCUCUUGAAAAACAUUGACACGUUACAGGUAAUUUUUUAGAUUUUAUGCAACAGUUUAAACUCUAGAGAAUUGAUAGUUCCCCUUUAAAGUGCCACGAGACAUAAGUUUAUGGUGAGAGUAAAAAAACAUUAAAAUGAAGCAAGAUCAAUUUAUUGAAGCACAUAUUCUGUCUAAUAACUGUGGAAAUAGGACAAACAAUAAUUCUAUCAAUACAUUUUUAUGGUAUCAUUGAUAAAAUCUGAACAAUAUAAAAUAUGCUCUUAGUACAUGAGAGUACAUUUGAGUUUGUGGGUGACUUGUGUUUUUUUUUUCUAGUCUUUGAGUCCACAUCAGCAAUAUAUACUGUCUCAAAUGUUUUAGUUUAUUUUAUUGGCUCCUUUUUCUCGAAUAUACACUAAUUGUAAUUAGGUAUGUGCAUGGGCAAAAAAAUUGAUUUGGCACUUCAGAAAUUCAGGACUUCAUGAAUUCGGCACUUCGGUUCGGCACAUCCGAAAUUCGGGAAUUCGGCACCUCGGUUCGGCAAUCCGAAAUUCGGGACUUCGGCAAUUCCCUAAGCUUAACCCUACACCCUAACCCUACCCCUGGUAGGGUUUGAGGUUGAAGUUAGGGGUAGGGUGAGGGUUAGAUUCCUGUCAUCAUUCCCUUAAUUUUCCCUCCCUCUCCUGUUUUGCCACUUUUCCAAAGCAAUAAUCCAAAGCACUUCGGCAAUUCGGUACUUUGGCAGUUCGGUUCGGCACUUCCACAAUUCGGAAGCAUCCGAAUGUCCGAAUUGCCGAAUUUAAAUUAGUAUCGAAACGAAUUGCACAUUAUCUAAUUGUCAUUAUCUAAUUGUAAUACACAAACCAUUUAGAACAUACGCUGCUGACGCCAACUUCACUUUUACAAACCAUUUCCCAUUCUUUCGUUUCUUCUUUCUAUAUUUGCUGCAUAGCAUCAGUCUUUUUCUUUUGUUGUAACUUUAUGAUUAUGCAAGUAGUGUAACAUACAUAAGAAACUGAAGGUAUUUAAAGUGAGUAAAUGGGCUAAUAAACAUGUAACAGGUUUUAUAUAUAAAUACAAAAUACACCUCUAUAUUGAGCUGAUGUCUUUUGUAAAUUACUAUAGGUCAAGCACACACUUUAUUAUUAUUGCCAUUUAUAUAGCGCCAACAGAUUCCGUAGCGCUUUACAAUAUUUUGAGAGGGGGGGAUGUAACAAUAAAUAAUACAUAAGUACAGAUUUUAAUGAAUUGUAUUGUAAAAGAUUUUCCUGAUUUUCUUUUUCUCACUGCAUUAUUUUACUUUUUUCAGGAUGGUCCAUAGAUUGUCUCCAAGAAUGGGGAGCUUUUAUGCGUCUCGCGAUUCCAUGCCUGCUGAUGUUGUGUGUAGAAUGGUUGAGUUAUGAAGUUGGAGGAAUCCUUGCAGGUUAGAAUCUAGACAAUGAUUUUUUGUAAUUUUUUUUUAGUUAAAUAAUGAUAAUAAGGAUUCAUCAGAUAUAGCAAAACUAGAAUCUCUAUGGCAGUGGUUUUUAAACUGCGUACCUUGUCUAGAGCCAUCUUAAAGUGUGCCACAAGCACAUUGAUUUCAGGACCUUAGUAGGUUGAAUGAAGUUCUUAAAUGUGUUUUUAAUAAGUCUCACCAUUAAAUCUGGGUUUUUUAUCUGGCAAUUAAACCUAAUAAGUCAGUUUAGAUAGAUGUAUGUAUAUUUCUCUAUUAAUGUUUCAAGUAAAUGUGACAUUUGAAAGAUGAUUAUGAUUUAAAAGUGCUGAAGCAAGAAACUGACUAAACCUAUAUAAAGCAUGGGCUAAGAGUUCUCAAUUGUUUGUCAAUAGAAAAUAGUAACUGAAAUGUCCAAAGUUUUUCAUUAAAGUGCAUUGCAGAAGUCUCACAUCCAUCAAACAUGGUGGUCUCACAAUUACAUUAUGCAACGGAGUACCAUUAUUCAUGGAAGCUUGCAAAAGUAUUUUUCUCAAAAUGAGUCCUAUAUCGGCACCUGGCAUUACAGCAGGAUGCGCGAGAGAGCAGAGCAAGAAGAGAAAAGAUUGCAGCUCCUUUGCCGCCCAGCUGCAUUCUCACAUAGCCCACCACCUCCACUAUCCCUCAGCUGACUGACUAUCCCUUCCCACUGAAUGGGCUGACAAAUUCCAGACGCCAGGACAAAAAUUCCUAGACGCCAUGACGACCUGGCGCCUGGGAUUUGUCGAGCCCUGUAUAUGUGUAUGUGUACCUAUGUAUUUUUACAUGUAACAAUGUAGCAUUUUUUUUUCAUUUAGGUCUUAUAAGUGUGGUUGAGCUUGGAGCCCAGGCUGUAAUGCUGCAGGUGUCCACUGCAUGUUUCACGGUGAGAGCUCUAAUAAAAGUAUGACUAGCUUUUUUUAGUGCUAGUGAUAUUGUAAUUACUAAACACAUUUCAUCAAUCAAAAAAAAAAGUAUUUUGAAAUCAGUCAAAUUUACUGGAUAAUUGGAUACUCAUAUAUUCUGUACUUUUAUUGAUGCCAAAUACUUUUCCCCAGCUCAAGUCUAUAGCCAUAGUUCUUGAUAAAAAUGUUUACUUAUGCAGCCCUGGUCACACACCCUGGCUGUGACUCAGAUGCAACUUACAUUAAAGGUGUUUUAUCUCCUGCUCUGUAAAGUGAAAUUUAAUCUCAAAUAAGGUUUAGAGGGCUAUUUACUAAGCAGGAGAUGAGAAAUUCCAGAUUAAACAGACUGUGCAAUAAAGGAAGUUUAAACACUAGAUCUUACUUUACAGGAAGUGUUUAGGAAGGCUGUGCAUUUGUAUUCAUAUACAGGGAGGUAUAACUAGAGCUAAAGUGAUUUAACUCAUAAAUUGCAGAGAAUUAAGCAGUGAAACUGUAGAGGCAUGAUCUAUAGACAAAAACUGCUUCAUUAAGCUAAAGUUGUUUUGGUGACUAUAGUUUCCCUUUAAUAAUAGAUUUGCCAUGAGUUUACUAAAAUAAAUAGAAAUUACAUAUUAUUUUUUUAAGCUCAUUGCAUGCAUACUUAUGUUGUUGACUACAUUACUACCUUCUUGAAAACCAUAAAUUGGAAUCAGACUAAUGUUUGUGAGCUGAUCAUUGUCUUUUCCUUAACAGAUUUUGAAUGGAUUUUCGGCAGCUGCUAGUGUCAGAGUGGGAAAUGCUUUAGGAGCUGGAGAUAUUGACCAAGCCAAGCUUGCUACUAAAGUUUCUUAUAUAUGCACAGGUAGGAGAUUAUAUCAAAGUUUUCAGAUGUGAAGUUUUGUUGUAUAUAGCAGCAGUUCCCAAACUGUGUUCACCUAGGGGCGCAGCAAGAUAUUUCCCUGGUGCUAUGAUCAUAGCACUGGGAACUGAGGACCCUGGGGAGCUCUAACAUGCAGCUCUGCCAGGUUCUCCUUUGCGAGCUCGGAGCGUUGCCGCAGUUACCACGGCAAUGCUCUGAAUCUUGCGAGCAUGAACUCUAGCAGAGUUCACUCUCACCACUAGAACUACCAAGGCUUCCCCACCAGACCACCAGGGAUUAGUACUGCCCCACAUCCCAGGCAAAGUUAAGAAGGAGGGGGGAAAUAUGAAAAUAAUUAUUUUUAAUAAAAAAAAAUUAAAAAUAUUUACACACACACCACACCUUCACAAACACAAUGCACCCCUGUACACUCACUGAACACAUAUUUCACCCCUCACACACACUACUGCCGCUAUCCCCUACUACAGCCCAGCAGAUCCAAGGUAAGUUGACAAACUGUUCUUAAACAGUUUGAUUACUUAUUCUGGGAGGGCACUAUGGCACUACAGGCACCAUAACCACUACGAAGUGCUGUAGUGGUUAUUGUGCCUGCAUUGUUUCUUUAAAUAAUCUACCAGUGCCCCUCCCAAGAUAAGGUUCUGUAACUGCGCUACAACCUAGAAAAUUGUUUUGACUUGGGGCGCCUUGGAAAAUAUUGAAAUAUUAAAGGACCACUCUAGGCACCCAGACCACUUCAGCUUAAUGAAGUGGUCUGGGUGCCAAGUCCUUCUAGGGCUAACCCAUUCUUUUAUAAACAUAGCAGUUUCAGAGAAACUGCUAUGUUUAUCAAUGGGUUAAGCCUUCCUCCAAAUCCUCUAGUGGCUGUCUCAUUGACAGUCGCUAGAGGCACUUGCGUGCUUCUCACUGUGAAAAUCACAGUGAGCGCAUAGCGUCCAUAGGAAAGCAUUAUGAAUGCUUUCCUAUGCUCGUGAAUGCGCGCGCAGCUUGCCGCGCGCGCGCAUUCAACCGACGGGGCGGAUCAGAGGAGGAGAGGAGGCAGAGAGCUCCCCGCCCAGCGCUGGAAAAAGGUAAGUUUUUACCCCUUUCCCCCUUCCAGAGCCGGGCGGGAGGGGGACCCUGAGGGUGGGGGCACCCUCAGGGCACUAUAGUGCCAGGAAAAUUAGUAUGUUUUCCUGGCACUAUAGUGGUCCUUUAAGAAGUUUAGGAACCAUUGGUAUAUAGUUAAAACAGCAUUUUACUUCAAGUGUUGUGAUUUUCAGUGCAUAUAUUUUAGAUAAAAAUUAAGCUGAAACUCCUGAGGGAUUUUGAGAAAAACCUGAAAAAUAUUCAUAGCCGUUUUUGUUUUGUGACAAUAGUCUGGUUCUCUUAGCACAGCAAGGGCUUACUUUAUUUACUGAAUAUCAAUUCCUCCAUAGAAAUCUAUGAGAAACUUGCUAUUCUGUAAGCACGGUAUUCCUUCUAGCUGGGUUUGUUACAAAAUAGUAUACUCGAUCUUCCCCGGAUGGAUAAGAUACAGUGAAAAUAUUCUGACUAGAAUGACAUUUCCCAUAUUUAUUAAACAAAUGAAGCUUCUGAUGCGGGGGCAUGUCCUGGACGUGAAUGCGCGCGGUCGCAUGUGUAGUUAGCUCCACAGAAAAUUUGACCUCCUGCAGCUUUGAGACCUGCUAACACACGACAAAAGCUACCCCAAACUUGUCCCAUCCAAAGAGCAAGAGGGUCGACCGAAAAGCAAGACAAACUGAACUUUUUUGAAAACAGGGACACUCGAAAUGCCUUCAACAAUGUGAAGACUCCCAAGAUGGUGCCAACACGGACUUGGAGCUGGCCUCAAACCCGGAAUCACCAGGCCUAAUACUUACCCCAGAACACCUACAGGCCGUGUUUAAUGAUAUGGCAUCUAAACUACAGACGACACUGCAGCAAUCAUUCACGGAAACAAAAUGGAGGAACACGCAGUGGGCUACAAUAGUCUUGCCACAAAGGUGGAAGAUUUAUUGGAACGGAUGGACAAGUAUGAAGCGAAAUUGGUGGAAAUGGAGGAUAGAGCACGCUGCAGCAACUUACGCUUGAGAAAGGUGCCAGAAUCAAUAAGCCCUCUAGAUUAGCCAGUGUACGCCAAUGCUCUCUUCCAUCUGCUGAUGCCAGGUCUACCCCGAGAUAUGCUACUGGUGGACAGCACAGAAACAUAGAAACAUAGAAUGUGACGGCAGAUAAGAACCAUUCGGCCCAUCUAGUCUGCCCAAUUUUCUAAAUACUUUCAUUAGUCCCUAGUCUUAUAGUUAGGAUAGCCUUAUGCCUAUCCCACGCAUGCUUGAACUCCUUUACUGUGUUAACCUCUACCACUUCAGCUGGAGAUCCCUGAGGUACCCCACUGGUGACAAGUCCAAGCUUCGAAUAUAUUCCAUUAACUACAACCCUCUGUUGCCUGUCACUCAGCCACUGCCUUACCCAUUCAACAAUAUUUGAAUCCAAACUUAAAGAUUGCAGUUUAUUGAUAAGCCUUCUAUGUGCAACAGUGUCAAAAGCCUUACUGAAAUCUAGGUAAGCAAUGUCUACUGCACCACCCUGAUCUAUAAUUUUAGUUACCCAAUCAAAAAAAUCAAUAAGAUUAGUUUGGCAUGAUCUCCCUGAAGUAAACCCAUGUUGUCUCUGAUCUUGAAAUCCAUGUGUUUUUAGAUGUUCAUCAAUCCUAUCCUUUAACAUGGUUUCCAUCACUUUCCCCACUACUGAAGUAAGGCUUACUGGCCUAUAGUUGCCCGACUCCUCCCUAUUACCUUUCUUGUAAAUGGGCACAACAUUCGCUAACUUCCAAUCUUCUGGGACUACUCCUGUUAACAAUGAUUGGUUAAAUAAAUCUGUUAAUGGUUUUGCUAGUACACCACUAAGUUCUUUUAAUAGCUUUGGGUGUAUUCCAUCAGGUCCCAUUGACUUAUUUGUCUUUACUUUUGACAGUUGAAAUAGAACCUCUUCCUCUGUAAACUCACGUGUAAUAAAUGACUCAUUUAUCCUUUUUCUCAACUGGGGUCCCUUUCCUUCAUUUUCAUCUGUAAAUACAGAACAAAAAUAUUCAUUGAGGCAGUCAGCUAGACCUUUAUCCUCUUCUACAUACCUUCCUUCUUUUGGUUUUAAUCUAAAUAAUCCUUGUUUUACUUUUCUUUUCUCAUCUAUGUAUCUAAAAAAUGUUUUAUCCCCCUUUUUUACUGACUGUGCUAUUUUCUCUUCUGUGUGUGAUUUGGAAGCUCUUAUAACUUGCUUAGCCUCUUUCUGCCUAAUCUUAUAGAUCAUUUUGUCUUCCUCACUCUGGAUUUUUUUAUAAUUCCUAAAUGCUAACUUUUUGUUUUUAACUAUUUUGGCCACAUCUGCGGAGUACCACGGUGGUUUCUUGAAUUUUUUGCUUUUACUGACAAGCCUAAUGCAAUUUUCUGUUGCCUUCAAUAGUGCAACUUUUAAAUAAUCCCAUUUCUCUUGGACUCCAUUUAAAUUGCUCCAGUCUGAUAAUGACUCCUCUACCCAUAUUCUAAUUUUAGAAAAGUCUGUUUUUCUAAAGUCUAAAACUUUUGUUUUUGUGUGGUGUGACUCAGUCACUGUUCUUAUAUUAAACCACACUGACUGAUGAUCACUGGAUCCUAAACUUUCACCUACAGUAAUAUCUGAUACCAAAUCUCCAUUUGUUAACACUAAAUCUAGUAUGGCCUCUUUACGAGUUGGCUCCUCAACAACUUGUUUUAGAGACAAUCCCAGUAGGGAGUUUAGAAUAUGUGUGCCCUUCCUUCCUCUCCCCAGAGCCCGGCAGGACGGGGUCCCUGAGGGUGGGGGCACCUUCAGGGCCCUAUAGUGCCAGGAAAACAAGUAUGUUUUCCUGGCACUAUAGUGAUCCUUUAACUAGGAGCAUGAAAGGAAUAAACAAUCUAGCCUAUUGCAAGACCACUGGGUAUUGUGACGAAGUGCCCUUCGCCACUUGUGCCUGGAGAGGACUGCUUGCCCGCCUCUUGCCCUGUGACUAUGGCCCCUGGGAUGUAUUGCCCUUUAAAGACAUGAUUUGGGCAUAAUGGAUUUGUGUUGUGCUGCUGCUGGCCCUUUAAGAACCAUCUGGGGACAUACUGUGGAGUUACUGGGUGGCCACCAUUUCCUGUAUCAGAAGCACAUGGUGAGAACAAUGGAUGGCGGCCAUUUUAACUCACAGACACUGUUUGGACUUUUCAACACGGUGCCAUCUCGCCAGUAUUUGGUGCACAGAGACAUCGUGCAGUGGUUUUGGACUAUACAGCAGGGGACACAUUAUACAGUGAUUGUUUUUCAUUUAGCCUGUAUAUGUUCUGCAGAAUCUGCAUUAAACUGUAUUUUCCAAAGUACUGAACGGAUCUGGGUGAAUUUUGGAUAUGUGGUUCACCCAGAUCCCCCAGUUCCCAAGGAUAUACUUUUUAUGGGGUUAUUGCAUGUUUUGGGGUCCCUGUUUGUUUUAUGAAACUGUAUAAUAUCUGGCCAGCAGAUAAUUGAGCUUUGUGUAUUGAAGAAACUCAAUUAUCUAGCCUGGCCCAGAGGAGGAGUUUUGUGUUGCAUAAAUUGUGAGUUCUGUGUGCCAGUAAAUUAGUCUUGUUCCAGCAUUAAGCCUUGGCUCAUGUUUGGGGGAAGGGAUACCUACACUCUGGGGAUUGCUAUAAUCACUUACUCCCCAGAGGAAGCUCUUGCAAUAGCUUGAUUUGUUCCUGUUCCUGCUCUCUGGGGAAAGAGAGGUUCACCCACUGGAAGCUGGAUCCUGGCCUUGGGUCCAGGGUGGGUGGAAACAGCAGAGACCCCGGCGCAGUUGCAUCGCUGGAAGUGGGGUCUGCAGUGCUGAUGGUGUCGGUUGGAGUGCUUGGAGUCCUCAGCGAGCACUAGGAGCAUCGAUUGGCGGAGGUACUCAGUCGGAGUGCCAGCGUUCCGUCACAUUUGGUGGCAGCGGUGGGAUGGCGUCCUAGUGCGAGGACCAGCAGCUCGGAGACACCGGUAACGUGUGGAGUUACAGAUUAUAAUUGAGGGCAACGCUAGCCUCUGCGCAGCAUCCCUACCUACAGCAACAUGGAGCUAGCAAGACCCUGGACAGCAGCCAGUGAAUUGCAAAUCCACCUGUCACAGUGCUAUGAGGGUGCUGAUUUCAUGAAGGAAGUAAAGGCGCGGCUGGUCUGGUUUGGCCCAAACCCUUCAGAUGAGGUGGUCCAUCAAGUGAUGCGCCUGUUGAGUGCUGAGAACCAAGACGCACGGAACUACGAGUACCAACUGUGGAGUUUGGGGGUAUUGACACCCCGUCUCCAGCGACAGAGUGAGUUACAGGGAGAGGAGAGCAGCGACCUCCCUUCCCAGCGGCAGUGCACCAUACAGAGGGAAGAGACAACCGGUCUCUCUCCCCAGCGGCGGCCUGAGUUCCAGGAGGAGGUGAUGGUAGAUCCCUCCCCCGUACAGCAACCAGCGUCCUGGGGAGGGGAGGCAACCGGCCUCCCUCUCCAACAGCAGCCGGAGGUGGGCGACCUCAUAGACUUGUCCUGGGGACACAGAGAGAUGGCAAGCGGAGAUGGGACCGAAGUCUCUCUGCCAGCCCUACAGGGAUGCUGGGCAGUCAGCCCAGGUCCCCAGCGGCAGUAUAAUAUACAGGGAGAGGAGACAACUGGUCUCUCUCCCCAGCGGCGGCCUGAGUUACAGGAGGAGGUGAUGGUCGAUCCCUCCACCUUACAGCAACCAGCGUCCUGGGGUGUGGGGGCAACCAGCCUCCCCCUCCAACAGCAGCAAGAGAUACCGGGAGAGGGGGAAGACAAACCUAACCACACUGGCGCAGAUGGGACCGCGGUCUCUGUGCCAGUCCUACAGGGAGGCUGGACGGGCGGUCCAGAUCCCAACCAACCCCGCAGGGAUGCCAGGAGGAGGAGGUAAGCGAAACUUCCCCUCCCCAGCUACAUCCCAACUGGGUCCUGGGGGCAGUGGAUGAGCCUGCGAUACCCACUGACCCCCUCCCAGCAGAAGAGCUGGCAUCUGGGCAGAGCUCUGUUAGCCUCUGCCCCCCCUUUUCCCCUGUAUCAGAGCCUGACUUACCACGGGUUACCCCAGUGGAAGAGCUGGCAGCAGGGCAGAGCGCCGCUGGCCUCUGCCCCCCAAGCAACACCAGCAGUUUGCCUAGCUGCACCAGGGAGACCGAGAGUGCUGCGCUGUCCCACUACAAACUUGAACCUACAGGCCAGUACCAUUUAUUGUGGGGGGGUUACUCUGCGUAUUUUUCUUUGUGGGUGGGCUGCCCGACUAAUCUAGGUACUGACCGGCAGAAGGUCAGGUACCUGUUUAGUCUUCCCCCCAAAGGGAAGAUGUGUGACGAAGUGCCCUUCGCCACUUGUGCCUGGAGAGGACUGCUUGCCCGCCUCUUGCCCUGUGACUAUGGCCCCUGGGAUGUAUUGCCCUUUAAAGACAUGAUUUGGGCAUAAUGGAUUUGUGUUGUGCUGCUGCUGGCCCUUUAAGAACCAUCUGGGGACAUACUGUGGAGUUACUGGGUGGCCACCAUUUCCUGUAUCAGAAGCACAUGGUGAGAACAAUGGAUGGCGGCCAUUUUAACUCACAGACACUGUUUGGACUUUUCAACACGGUGCCAUCUCGCCAGUAUUUGGUGCACAGAGACAUCGUGCAGUGGUUUUGGACUAUACAGCAGGGGACACAUUAUACAGUGAUUGUUUUUCAUUUAGCCUGUAUAUGUUCUGCAGAAUCUGCAUUAAACUGUAUUUUCCAAAGUACUGAACGGAUCUGGGUGAAUUUUGGAUAUGUGGUUCACCCAGAUCCCCCAGUUCCCAAGGAUAUACUUUUUAUGGGGUUAUUGCAUGUUUUGGGGUCCCUGUUUGUUUUAUGAAACUGUAUAAUAUCUGGCCAGCAGAUAAUUGAGCUUUGUGUAUUGUAGAAACUCAAUUAUCUAGCCUGGCCCAGAGGAGGAGUUUUGUGUUGCAUAAAUUGUGAGUUCUGUGUGCCAGUAAAUUAGUCUUGUUCCAGCAUUAAGCCUUGGCUCAUGUUUGGGGGAAGGGAUACCUACACUCUGGGGAUUGCUAUAAUCACUUACUCCCCAGAGGAAGCUCUUGCAAUAGCUUGAUUUGUUCCUGUUCCUGCUCUCUGGGGAAAGAGAGGUUCACCCACUGGAAGCUGGAUCCUGGCCUUGGGUCCAGGGUGGGUAGAAACAGCAGAGAUCCCGGCGCAGUUGCAUCUCUGGAAGUGGGGUCUGCAGUGCUGAUGGUGUCGGUUGGAGUGCUUGGAGUCCUCAGCGAGCACUAGGAGCAUCGAUUGGCGGAGGUACUCAGUCGGAGUGCCAGCGUUCCGUCACAGGUAUAGAGGCAUAAAGUCAGUUAUUAAGGAGACCCACUUUCAAGAGGAUUUGCUCCUCCUGAAUGGUGUUUUUUCAGAUCAUACAUCAGUACUACUUAUAAAAAAAUUGGAAAUGGUGUCAGGAAUAAUUGUGACUAAAAACCCAGAACGCAGUACUAACUAAGAUUAAAUUGAAAAUGUAAUAAUGUCCAAGGCAAACAAUCUAGGAAGGGUCAGGCAAAACCAAGGUCAAGACAGUCUGAAGGUUUGGAAUCCAGGCAGAAAGGUUCUAGAGCUAUAAGACCAGCCAAGAGUCGGGUAUCGAGGUAAACAUGUGGAAGCCUAGUGUUCACUGAAGACAGCAUAGAACUGAGCAAUGAUAGAGUGCAAAGAUAGUGCCUACUACAGGCCUCACCCCAUCUGACAUGCUUCCUUACUGCCCCUUUAAUGUGGAGGUUGUUAGGGAGUUUGGGGUUGCCAGAGAAACUGGGCUGUGUGCUCUGUCUUAACACACACCCACUGGGCUGUUUUAUGGCAUAAUCCAACCGUGCACGUUUCCCUGACAUCUUAUUACUCAGCAGAGAUGUGACUCGUAUCGUGGCAUGCCCCUUGUCAUAGCAUGGGGACAUGCUCAUGCAGUCACAGCUUGGAGGUGCCAAAAGAGAAAUGAGGGAGCAGAGGUCAGUAAUGACAAUUGAGAAUUUUAUGGGCGCACAGGUUUCUUAGUGCAUACAUUGGUCACAAGGCCAACUGAGAAUGUGGAUUUGUUAAAGGCCAGAUAGUAGUACAAUAGUUUGAAAUCAGUAGUUGGGAGGUAUGCAAUUGUACAGUGCAGAAACUGCCCUUAUUUAUUAAAUACGUCAUACUUCAAUUUAAAAAGAACAUAGUACAGUGUUCCUCUCGAGAUUGGACUACAGAUGCAACUCUGUUACAUUUAUGCUAAUUACUGUUUAACAUAACCCAUUCUAUCUACUUCUCUUCUGUACAUGUUUUGUAUAUAUGUUAACAAAUUUGGAAAAAUUUUAAAAUAUUAUUUCACCAAGUUGUUUCCAUCUUUCAUGUCAUUUAGUAUUUGUGUCCUUCAUGGUUGGAGUUAUUGUUGCUGCAUCAAGAGAUUAUGUUACCUACAUAUUUACAUCAGACAAGUAAGUGAAUGAUUUUUCUAAAGUUGAGUUGUUUGCAUGACAAAGCAAAAUAUUGUCUUAAAAUAGUGAUAAAACAAAGUAAAAACCUUGCAGCACAUUACCGCCACAUAAUAUAUAUCUGUAAAUAACUUCCUGUAUUCUGAAAUUACAAAGAUAUACUCCGAGAUGUGUAAACUAACAUUCUAAGUAAAAAAAAAAAAGAAAAGAAAUACAAAAAAAAUAGACACAAGCGGGGGCGUGGCCAACCACAGAGUUAAAUGGACGCACAUUAACUUUGCUCCGACAAGCCUGGGACAUAAUCUACUGCAAUCGGAGACCACCAUACAACAUGGGUAACCCCAAAAAGCCCCAUCAGCAGCAGCGACAAGGAGGGAAAACAUCUACCUCUAAAUCGGGCUCGCAAACCCGAUACUUUAAAGAUAAUGCGUACCGUGAGGAAGAGGCCGAUGCUGCGACUAACAAAACGGCGGGGACUGAGGGGUUCCUGAGCUCUCAGCCUCACAGCCCAACCAUGUCGGAAGGCUCACACAUCACAACAGAAUCGACUACCGAACCGGAUCUAAGAGAACUAAUUAAAAACUUACCGUCUAAAAACAACCUCCAGGUGUUACUGGGAAAACUCGAGGCCACGUUCCUAUCCAAGAUGGACGCCAUGGGCUCAGACGUUCACCAACUGAACUUGAGAGUCACGGAUCUGGAAGAAGAGAGAGAGGUAUUACAAGCGCAAAUAACAAAUAUAUCAAUGACAGUAGACUCUCACCUCUUUCACUAUGCAUCAACACAAAGACACAUUGACAAUUUAGACAACAGGGGACGCAGGAACAACCUGCGCAUAUGGGGAUUACCAGAGGCCCAAGAUGAAAAUCUAACCUCACUUCUAGCUGAUCUCUUAAAUUUAAUACUAGGGGAGCCUAGUGAUAAUACUAUAAUACUUGACAGAGCACACCGUUCCCUUCGCCCUAGGGGCCUCUAAUCCGAUGCCCCAGGGGACAUAAUAUGCCGCCUACAUUAUUUCUCUAUUAAAGACAACAUCCUCAAACUUUUGCGAGAAACGACACAACCUUACUAUUUCACAAUCACCCUAUACAAAUAUACCCGGACCUGUCGUGGUAUACACUGCAGGCCAGAAGAGCACUAAAACCUGUUACUGAACUAUUGAGAAAUCAUAACAUUAAAUAUCGUUGGGGAUUCCCGUUUGCCUUAAUAGUGUCUAACAAAGGGAACAUCUUCUCAAUCACCACUCCAGCAGACGUCCCCAUCUUCUUACAAGCACUGGAAUUACCAUCCACCCAUGUCUUGGACUGGAAUUCACCCCCCAAACCAAGAGGCUAUGAGCCUUCCACAACGUCAACGAUGGCUUGCACCAGCAAAAAAGAGAUGGAAUGAACAACAUUUUCUGUCACCCCACCAGAGAUCCAUAGGUAUUCGAGACGACACACAGGGCUCACGACCAGACCACCAAGCGCACUAACCUUACCUUUUUUCUACAAGUGCUUCUUCUCUCCCUACUCUGGAAUUUGAAGAUCUGGGUCCCUCUCCUUCCUUUCUUUCUUUACUCACUCUCCACCCUCCUAUUCUCACUUCUCUUCUGCUACCCUCUAUGAACCCAAUACCAGAAAUUGACUAACACCCCACGAAAUUUUAAACUCACUGCUCCUCUUCUUCAACUUCCCUGAGGAAUCAGAGGACCGGUGGCCAAACGAGUAUCAACAUUUACCUUUAUACCGAAUACCCAUCAUCUCACACCGUAUGGCAGAACUUUUGAGGACCAGCGCAGCGGUAGCUUUUCAACUAUCAGACUUUGGACACUACAUCCUACCUACUCAAUCAGUAAAAGUAUACUCUGAAAGCUCUGCCCACCCUCACCCAAGAUUUCCACAUGUCAGGUUGUAUAAAUUCACAAAUUGUUAUCAUUGUAUGUACAUAUCGCUACUCAUGUGAUUAGACUUUUGUAAAAACCUUCUGUUAGAUAAUCAGCUCUGCUGAACUAUAUUAAUCUGCAUAGAAAAUUCACCCUUUUAAAGUCACAGGACAAGACAUACAAAUACUUAACUGCUUAUGCUAAUGCAAACAGGUAUGCAACACUUUGCAACACUCUGAAUAUUACCUCUGUUUAUAUAAAUAAGAGAUAACAGAAAAUUAUCACACAACGCUAUAGAUACUACCCAGACGUAACCUAAACGAACACCCACAUAUAUCAUACAAAACUAAAACAGCCACAUCACACACACAGCACCAUAAAGCGACUUAAUCCACUAGAAACUAUCACUUACAAAGGGCCCCCGGCUAGAAAAACACUACUUGGAUUACCAGACCUCCUCCGAAGGCCUACAUAAUCCCAGACCAACUAAUCUAUCCAACACAAAUUAUAACAUGUCCACCCUCACUAUACUCACACAAAACGCCAGAGGACUGAACACUCCGGAAAAACUAAACAUUGCUCUCACAGAUUUUCGUAGACAUAAGGCGGACGUAGUGUUCGUCCAAGAAACCCACUUACACAAAGAUAUAGCCCCUAGUCUACAGAACAAAGAUUACCCAAGGAACUAUUUCAGGCAUUACACAGGCUCUAAAUCUAGAGGGGUGGCGAUACUGGUAGGAACCAAAGCCCACUUCACAUACCACGAGCAACAAUCAGAUGAUUAUUCGAUUUAUUUUAGUCAAGGGUAAAUUUGGUAACACACAGAUAACCAUGGCAAACAUUUACUUACCCAACAGAAAGCAAAACUCUACACUGAGGAAAAUAUUACAUAAACUCUCCUCCUUCCAAGACGGCAUAUUAAUAGUGGGUGGCGAUAUAAAUAUUUCCCUAGAUGUAGAUCUUGACUCCACGUCAAAACUACAACAACACAUGAUACAAACUUGAAAACAGAUAAAUUUGAGGCUCAGUUGUUUGAUUUCUGGAAAGCACUACACCCAACACGCAAGGACUACUCAUUCUACUCAUUCUACUCUCCCGCCACAGGGCCACAGGGACAUACUCCCGCAUCGACACAAUUUUCCUACAACACAGAUACCUCCCCCUAGCCACUUCAGCAACAUACGGUGCCAUAACUUGGUCAGAUCACGCACCUAUGUCAUUGACCCUAACGAUACUGACCAUACCUAACUCCAACUUCCAGUGGAAACUUAAUGAACAGCUACUUAACAACAUAGAGAAUAUAGACAGUAUCCAAGAAACAGCUAAUAAUUACUUCAAAGAGAACUCAUCAUCAGGCACCUCUCCCACCCUAGUCUGGGAGGCCCAUAAUGAAAUUAGCCUCAUCCCUUAAACGCAACAAAAAAUUAAUCAGCUAACCUGACUUAGAAAAUUCACACCACCACACUAAACACUCACUAGAAGAAUAUAAACUGCUCACAUCUAAAAGAUCAGGGCUAACCACACAACUACAACUCCAAGCCAAACGCAGAAUAUCGCUAACAAAACACUUAUACUAUACCAAAGGAGGGAAGGCAGGUAAAUUCCUAGCACAGGCCCUAAAACCAAACAAACAAACCACCUUCAUAUCGAAAAUUAAACAAGACAAUGGAACAGUAACACGACACAUGCCUGACAUUAUAAAAGCAUUCCAUCAAUUCUUGAACCGACCUCUACAACUUAAACCAAGCCCACCCUACCAGAGAUGAAAUUCAGCAAUUUCUUAGACCUAGGGUUAAAACACUCUCCCGCCGAAUGAAAUUCACUUUCUGGACUAACCCAUUACAUUAGAUGAAUUUAGAAACACAGUCAAAGCACUCCCACUAGGCAAAUGUCCUGGUCCAGAUGGCUACACAGGCAAAUACUACAAAAUCUUAUCCCAUACAAUAGCACAACCCUUCAUAGACACAUUUAAUGUUUGAAAUCUCUCUUCCUCCAUACCAAACACAGCCCUCGAAGCAACAAUUACCCUCAUCCCCAAACCAGGCAAGGACACCUCGCUAUGUGGGAAUUAUAGACCAAUAUCACUCAUAAGCAUCGACAUGAAAAUCCUCACAAAAAUUAUGGCAAACAGACUAAAGCAUCCCCCUUCCUCCCAAAACCUAAUUCACCAGGACCAAUCAGGAUUUGUCCCAGGUAGGGAAGCAAAACACAACACGACUAAAGUUAUUAACUUAAUACAUUGGGCCCAGAAGCACAAAAUCCAUAGCACUUUACUAGCAAUAGACGCCGAAAAGGCAUUUGAUAGAGUUAACUGGUCUUUAAUUACUCAAACAAUGCAACACCUGGGUUUCGGGCUGCGUUGGCUAGAAUGGCUGGUAGCCAUCUACUUGCGCCCCACGGCCAAACUGCGCAUCAACGGUCAACUCUCCCAUAUAGUAGUAAUCAACAACGGAACCAGACAGAGUUGCCCUUUAUCACCACUCCUUUUUAUCCUGGUCCUUGAACCUUUCAAGGAAUCAGAGAUAACAAACUUAUCCAAGGACUAACCAUCAACGGACAAACCUAUAAAGUCGCUGCCUUUGUCGAUGACCUCAUAUUCACUAUAUCUCACCCCCUACGCACACUUCCACAUAUCAUAGCAGAAAUGGACCUAUAUAGCACAGUCUCCAACUAUCAAGCCAAUUUAGCAAAAUGCGAAAUUCUACCCAUCCACACCAAAAACAAUCUAAACACAAAAAUACGAGAGAAAUUCAACUUCACGUGGGUGAAGAACUCCCUUAAAUAUCUAGGAAUACAAAUCCCAACCAACCUUAAUCAACUAUACAACCUAAACUUCCCUCCACUAAUUAGCACUAUCAUCAGGGACCUUAUAACCUGGAACCGUCCCUGCUUUGGAUGGUUCUGCAGGAUCAGUAUAUUGAAAAUGAAUAUACUCCCUCUUUUAUUAUAUCUCUUACAAACACUCCCCAUCUCGAUACCAAAUAAAUUAUUUUUAACAAUUAAAUCCAUCCUCAUUAAUUUUAUAUGGUCCAACUCACACCCAAGGAUCGCAUACAAAACCCUAAUCCAAAAUAGGGACAAAGGAGGACUAAACUUACCUGACAUCGAAAAAUAUCACUUGGCAACUCAUCUCACGAGAAUCUAUGAGUGGACACACACCACCUCAACCAAACAAUGGGUACAGUUAGAAAACAUAUUCUCAGAAAUCCCACUGGAAGUAUACCCUUGGCUCCCCCCGAAACAAACGCAGUUCUACCCCCAACAUGUCUCACAGCCCACAAUUAAACCUACACUCCAGGUCUGGUAUAAACUUUUAAAAACUACAGAGAUCUCCACAUAUCCUUCCCCUUUUUACCCUCUCACACACAAUCCCCACUUCCAAAGAGGUCACACCUACACUGCAUACCAUUGAGGUAAAAGUUACGUCUGAAAGAUAUGAUUGAAAACGGCAAACUAAAAACCCUAUCACAAAUCAUGCCUAAUACCAUACCGACAGGCAAUCAAAGACUCCAGUAUAACCAAUUAACACACUUUAUCAAAACCCAAGAUCUCAUAACAAGGGGAACAUGAGACCUGUCUAAAUUUGAACAACUAUGCAACACACAUCCUCUCACCCAAAAAUUACUUUCCACCAUGUACAAAUUAACUAGAGAAGAGCUCGACCCGAACCCACCUAAGUGCAUCAUACAAUGGGCAGAAGAACUACAAGUAGACCUCUCACAACAAGAUUGGAACACUAUUUUCUGAGUAGCCCACAAAUCAGCCACUUCUACCAUAGCUCAGGAACAGUGGCGUACAUACCAGGGUCGCAGACGUCAUCUUCCGGCGCCGGCAUCCCUACGCGGUGCGCGAGGGAGCUGAAGAGGAAGCACUGAGUGCUCACUCGCGCGCCCGCCUGCCCGACCGGCCACCCGCCCAGGAGCCCAGCAGCCCCACUGGACCCCAGGGAAUCCCUCCAGCACUCCAAAAGGUAAGGAGGCUUGGGGGAUUAAAUUUAAAAAAAAAAAAAAAAACACAACAUGUGUGAGUGUUAGUGUGUGUGUGAGUGUUAGAGUGAGUGUUAGUGUGUUAGAGUGUGUGAGUCAGUACAAAAUAUGCAGUUAUGAGUGUGUGUGAGUGUUAGAGUGUGAGUGUUGGUGUUAGAGUGUGUGUGAGUGUUAGAGUGUUAGUGUUAGAGUGAGUGUUAGAGUGUGUUAGUGUGAGUGUUAGUGUGAGUGUUAGAGUGUGUGUGAGUGUUAGAGUGAGUGUUAGUGUGUGUGUCUGCUAGUGUGUGUGAGUGUUAGUGUGUGUGAGUGUUAGAGUGAGUGUGAGUGUUAGAGUGAGUGUUAGUGUGUAUGUCUGCUAGUGAGUGUCAGUGAGUGUGUUACUGUGUGUGUCUUACUGAGUGUGUGUGUGUUAGUGAGUCUGUUUGAUGUCUGUUAGUGAGUUUGUGUUUGUAAGUGAGUGUGUAUGUAUGUCUGUCGCUGAGUGUGUCUCUGUCAGUAAAUGUGUGUGUCUGUUAGCUAGUGUGUAUGCGUCUGUAAGUGAGAGUGUGUGUGUCUUCAGCACUUACCUUUCUCCAGCGCCGGACUCCCUUGGCGCUGGGGAUCCCUCAGCUCCGAAUGCGACCGCGCACGCAUUCAAACCGCCCAUAGGAAAGCAUUACUCAAUGCUUUCCUAUGGACGUUCAGUGUGCUCCUCUAGCGGCUGUCAGUGAGACAGCCACUAGAGGCUGGAUUAACCCUCAGUGAAACAUAGCAGUUUCUCUGAAACUGCUAUGUUUUCAGCUGCAGGGUUAAAACUAGAGGGACCAGACACCCAGACAACUUCAUUGAGCUGAUGUGAUCUGGGUGUCUGUAGUGGUCAUUUAAGUGUGUGUGCAUCUGCAUGCACUGGCGUACAUACCGCGGUCGCAGGUGUCGCAGCCCUGUAACCACUGCGACCAGGUGUCCACCGCCAUGUGUUGCGGCCCGACCCGCGCGUGCGGGGGGGGGGGGGCCACGGAUCAGUUUUCGCACCGGGGCCCCAUGGGUCAUGUGUACGCCACUGCUCAGGAAAGUAACUAUAAGCGGAUCACGCGCUGGCACUACACACCAAUGAAAAUACACAAAAUAUAUAGUACAUCCUCAGAAACAUGCUGGAGAUGUCAACACGAGGUAGCUAAUCACUCGCACAUCUGGUGGCAAUGCCCUAUAAUAGAGAAAUUCUGGAAUAGAAUACAUACCCUUAACCAAACAGUCAUUGGAAGUAAAAUCCCCUUCAAUCCACAACACUACAUCUUCCUUCUUCCACCAGGAGGCCUACGUAAGGAACAGGUGGCUUUCUUCAACUUUUUAACUAUGGCGGCCUCACAACUGAUCCCCAAAUACUGGAAACAUCCACAAUCACCCUCUAUUAAAGAAUGGAUAGGGAGAGUAGAAGGAAUUAGACAGAUGGAAGAGAUAACACACGCUAAAUCUAAAAACUUCCAAACAUAUUCCAAAAUCUGGGAACCUUGGAUCUCAUUCCUUAACUCCUAAACAACCUAAUACCACAAUACUCCCCGAUAAGUUCUUAGCGCACUUAGACAUAGGGGCUAUCCCAAUCUCAAACAUACAACUCACCGCCUCAAAACCGAACAAAUUAUGUCACAACUGUUGCAACACUACCAACACACUACUACUCACUCUUCCUGCCUCCGAACAAUUCCUGUGUUCCUUAAUGGGAUUAUCGAUUAUUGUUUAUUACCACAAUUUCUCAAAUCUGUAUGUAAUCACUAGAAUCUAGCAAUACCUCGAAAAUAUGACUAAACUGUGGAGAUCUAAGGAGACCUAAAUUCCUGUCAUAUUCCAAACAACACAACACGCUGCUGUGGCGUUUGUUGUUAUAUUGUGACCAUAUGCACAACAAAAAUAAAGAAUUAAAAAAAAUAAAAAUAAAAAAUAGACACAAGCAGGUCAUUAUCUAAACAGUGUAUAUAGCCAUGCUGCUGUAUUCAGUUACACUUGGAAGUCAGUUUGAAGUUCUGUGAUAUUUACUAUCGCUCAUGGCAGCAUCUGAGUGCAAUUGGGAUUAUAGAAAAAAAAAUGCUAAAAAAGAUUUACUCCAUGAAAAUAACAGGUGUGACCCUGUCGGUUAUAGCUGCAGACAAUGACACUUUCAAAAAAGGCAUGCACAUCAUCCUUCACAUCCUUUGGGGCAGACUGAAGGGUAAUUAAACUGGGCCAGGGAGAAGCUCUGAUUCUUGAGGCUUUAUACUUACCCCAAAUAAGUUCUUAGAGAUAAAGAGAGAGUCAGUGCUCAGCAUAGAGAGAGGAUAAGGAAAUGUUGUUUUUCCUUUUUAAAACAAUAUUACUGGCUUUCAAAUUACUAAACAGGAUUGUGAUGACAGUUGCUGAAUCUUUAAUAUAUCUAAGAUCUAUUUAAAAUAGGUAUCACAUAGAGAUGAUACACAAGUUGAAGUUUUAAUGUUUUUAGUGAUUGAAAAUGUCCAAGGCAAACAAUCUAGAAAGGGCCAGGCAAAAGCAAGCUUAAGACAGUCUGAAGGUUUGAAAUCCAGGCAGAAAGGUUCUAGAGCUAUAAGACAAGCCAAGAGCUGGGUAUUGAGGUAAAUAAACAGGUGGUAGCCUAGUGUUCACUGAAGAUAGCAUAGAACUGAGCAAUGAUAGAGUGCCUACCACGGGCCUCACCCCAUCUGACAUGCCUCCUUACUGCCUUACUGACAUCUGGGGUUAUUCACUAAAGUAUGCACAGCUUCAUAUUGAAUGGGGCAAAACCACCUGGCUGCAUACAGCAACAUUCACAAUGAAAAAUCCGGCCACUGUUCAUUCAGUUUACCAAUGUCUGGAUUUUAACAUUCAGGCCCAAUUUUCUGGAUUUCAUCCCCCAUAUGUGCCUGAAUUUUGUCUGGAUUUCAGCCAGACUAAAUGCAGCUGGACGAUUGAAAUCCAGAGCUGAAGAAAAAUCCAACAAAUUGUUUGCUGGCAGCGCUACUGGCCAGUGUUCAUGUAGUUAGAAACACUAAGUGGUACAGGGAUUAAUUAUGUGGCACUUGGCCACCGUUUGAUAGCCAGGCACCACAUAAAAAAAAGUAAACAUAAAUAAAAAGCCUAUUGGGGUCAAUAAGCCCCCCAAAUUACAGUAGUGGAGAUUCCUAUACCACAUCUGCCAUGCAGCAAGUGAGCCACGGCUACAAACUGGUUAAACCAAGCAACUGGGCAGGCAUUGCUUUACACCCACUAGAAAAAGCUCCAUCUAUGUGAGUCAUCUGUCCAAGCUCUCUGACUGGUUGGCUUACAAGCUUGCCAACCGAUCAGAGUGCUUUUAUUCGUGUCACAUAGAAUGGAAAAUUUUCCCAAACUUUGCAAUGGCUGGGAAUGCCUUUAUAAAGGCUUUCCCUGCUUUUAGAGAACACUCCAUAGGUGAAGAUGGAAUCAUUUUAUUAUGUCAUGUUUUUAAAAAUGUCCUGAACUUAUUCAUUAUUAUUUUUUUGCAAAUCUGAAUUGGAAGUUAUAUAUUUUUAUUGCCCUUUUUUGGGGGCUGAUGAACAGAAGAAUUAGAAGAAAAAAAAACUGAUUCAUUUUUCGCCCCCUCACUAUAAUUAGGGUGUCGGAAGGUAGGUAGUAACAUUGAUUUUUUUUUUUUAAAUUGUAUUUAGUUUUUUAAGGAGGGGUGCUUAAGAUAUUGGACCCUGGCCACCCAGAAGGGUAGAGGGAAAUGGACAUUCCAUUAUUUGCAGAGAUGGACAAUAGCAUGUCUUUUUGAUGGCUUUCUGUUGCUGCUAGUGAGAGUAAAACAAGCAUCACCAGAGUUUUGGUAAUUUUUGAAAAAGAAAAAAAAAAAAACUGGUUAGAAAUGUUUACAUCACCAUGACUGGCUGUCUGGCAGCCACUUGAUGACACAGUAUUGUCCCAACGUGGUAAUUAUGCAUACUCUGAAAGACUAGCCUGAAUACUGGCCUAUCUUUUAGGGCUAUCAUGGGCUGCUGGCACAGAUCACAGACCUUCACUUACCCUGAUGCAGUUUCCAUUUUUGCUGUGUUCCCCAGCAUUUCCAUCCCUCUGUGAACAGGCUUGCAAGUCACUCCAAUAUACCGCAUUCCUACACCUAUAUUCCCAAGCCUAACUGUUUCCUCCAUUUUACAUCUUCUUCACUUUUCUCCUGUUCUCAGACCUAAACUUCCCCUCCUUGAAGUAAGUGCUACAUAGAGCCUUUUUAAUUCAUUCAUAAAACCGAUCACACUCAGUCACAUUUUUUCUGGGCUGCAGGUUGUUGUAGGGAGAUCCUCCAGGGUCCCCAGAUGAUUUCUUUGCAAGCUACCCAACACCAAUCUCGGUGUAAUUAGCUAGGAAACAGAGCUCCCAUCUACAUUGCACUAAAAAUAUACACCAAUAUCUACAAACAAACAAAAGGAAGGAAAUAUAGGGUAAUGUUGUUGACAGAUCUAUAGAAUUUAUGGAAUAAAACCUAAAUCGCUUCCAAACACCGGCACAAAAACUCAGUCUUCUCUACACUUUAAAUCCCUCUUGGCAUCUCCCUCAGACAGCCAUCAGGCAAUCUGCUCACUACCAUGUCCAUGUGAGUCUUUUUCAUCAAUAAGUGCACCUCAAGCCUCACUAUCAGUCAGAAUUCAGGUUCCGCCAUACAACGUUUUCACCGGCUUGUGUACCACACGUUCCAAAUCAAGCUUCCAAACAGCAAUAUCAUAUCAGACAUAAAAAAAAAAAAAGAAAAGGAGAGUUAGUUUUUUUGGAUACUUAAACACAGAUGGUACAGAAUAGCUCUUACAAUAAUUUGGCUCAAAAAUAAAAAUAAAAUAAAAAUACCUGUAAUAACAAUAAAAAAAGAAAAAGAAGCAAAAUAUCUAAUAAAAAAUGUGAAAAUAAAAUAACAGAAUAAAAUGAAUUACAAUAGAAGUAGAAAUAAAAUUAAUGUAAAAAUAAAAAAAAGUAUAUAAAUAAAAUUAAAAAUUAAAAAUAAAAGUAAAAAGAUAAAUAAAUAGGAAAAAAUGUGAAAGCGUAACUGUUAUUUUAAUGUAUUUACAAAAAAAUAAACCAUGUCAAAGUCAACCUUAAACCCAUUGGAUUGCCUGGUUUGAAGUCUAUGAAUCCAAAAGGCCUUUCUGCUCAACUUCAUCAUCAGAUCCCCACCACUUUCAUCUAAUUCAACCUUCUCAUUAGCAAUACGAAUUAAUUCUUACAGAGUAAGAUGUAUAACUUUUCUUUAUAUUAUUCAAAUGUUCUAUAAAUCUUUCUUUAACUGUCCUUCCUACAUACUGUGCACCACAGAAUUUAGAUCCUAAACAUAUUAGUCAUUUAAUAAUUUAAAUGUUGUUUAUUUUUUUUAAUCUUUAUUUUUGGAGUGCAGUGGGUACAAACAUUGCAUAACAGUGACAUAGAAUUAAGUUGUUUAUGAAUGGUUACAGUAUGUCAAGAGUACCUGCACACUUUUUGGUUGAAAAUGUAAAACAAAAGUUAGUUGCGUAUACAAACAUGCUUUUUAUACCAUGUCCAAGAUUAGGUCUGAGACAUGGUUUGCUAGGAACUUGCUUUGUUACAGGCUAUAAUAAUAGGCUAGUGAAAUCGUAGUUAAAUACAGGCUGUUAUUGCCACUGGGAGACCAGGCCCUGCUGCAGAAAUUAUUGGGGCACUUUCAUAGAUUUUAACAAGGUAACACAAUUUAUAACGGAGUGACUAACAGAGGCCCAGCAGAGGCUUACCGGCUGAGCUGAGAUAUACUGAUGGCACAACAUUCUGCAUGUGUCUAACAUUUUGCAGCCCGACCAUUUUAUAAUACUAAUGACAUCAAGCCACAGUUCUAUCCUGUCAUAUGGCAGGUGUGAGUAAAAGAUUUAAGGACAGAGCUGCUGCUUCGCAGUGGGAGAUUAAGUAGUCACCUUGCGGGCCCCUGCGGCCAAGCUCUGGCUCAGUUGGCGAGGACAGUUUAUCAUGGGUGCUGGAUGUCGCCUGUGUAGUCCCCAUAUUAUGCGGGUUUAGUUCAGCAGGAUGCUUAGGCAGAACAUCAAUGUGAGUCUCCACCUAGCCUGUGUCCUCCGCGAGCCUCUGAGGCUACUGCUGCAUGCCGGCUGUCAUGUUCGCAUCGCGGCUCUUUCAUGGCAGGCUGGGGAAAGUUGUCUGGCUUUAUGGCAGAGGUGUGCGGCUCUUUACGGUGGAGACCAGUUACCAGUCUCGGCUGAAUGGUCGGAUUUCUUGGAGUGUCGCCUGCUUGUUCCGCGUGGUGAAUUUAGGAUCUUUACUGUCAGGCUUGAGCUUAAGGGAAGGGUAACCUUUUUCUCCGUCCUCAACGCACGUGGCAUCCGCAUCCGCCGAGGUCGCCGAUCAAGGUGGUUUCGUUGUUGGGCCUUAAUUGCAUGGCAGUGACCAGGGUCCCAGGGCAAGGACCGGGAUCACCUCCCCGGUCCAGAGGAGGGGGGAACAGGGCCAGCUCCACUCAGCUGGGCAGCGGCCGUCCGCCCCACUCCUCGCUGGAGCAGGCCACAUCUGGUGUUUUGAAGAUUCCUCCUCCAUGGGACUGAAGCUCAUGGAGCCAGCCUCUCCCUGGAUCCAGUACCUCCUUUGGGCCACGGAUCAGUGCUGUCGGUCGGCUUUUAGGUUGAGAUUCAUAGGUUUAGAGGCUUAAAGUUUAGAAAUUUGCAGGAGCUCAUCCUUCUUGUGACCAUCCAGCUUGGCAGUCAGGCCCCGCCCCCUCUUUUUAAAUGUUUUUAAUUAGUUGCACUGGAUGUGUAAAAAUUAAUAAGCAGAAAUGUGAAAUGCAUUUUUGUUUUUUUAAAUUUUUCCCAUUUAAAAAAAAAACCUUUUUAUUCUCACGUAAUAUUGUUAGGCAUAGGCAUGAAACAAAGAGAAGGAUGUUGUUUUAGGUAUACACAUAUUAAAUGAAAGUUCUUUCUGUCCUUACAAAACAAUAUACAAUAUGUAUGGGCCACUUGAAGAGAAACCCUUCAAUUAUGGUGAAAGAAAUUUAAUACUCAAAUUCAAGGUUUUGUUUUGGUUCAGAACAUGCACAAUCUCCUCUAUCAUUAAGCCCUUAACGCCGUUACGGCGUUCUAUGCCGUCCCGGCUUUAAAGGGCUUUAAAGCUGUUGUGGCGGCAUAGAAUGCCGUAACGGCUUAAGCCGCCGCGAUCCUCUUCUGGAGGGCUGCCUGACAGCCGAGGCAGCCCUCCCGGCAAAUGAGGCACCCAGGGGCCAUGUGAUCACAUGGCCCCCUAUAGCUGGCUGUGGAUCUGCCAGCAGGGGGACUGUCUAAAAUAUCAGACAGUCCCCCUGCUGGUAGGUAGUGUAAAAAAAAAAAAUUAGACAUGUUUAAAAUUAAAUUAAAAGUAUGAUAUAUAUAAUAUAUGUAUAUAUAUAUAUAAUAUAUGUAUAUAUAUAUAUAUAUAUAUAUAUAUAUAUUUUAUAUAUAUAUAUAUAUAUAAUAUAUACAUAUUAUAUAUUUGUAACGUCAUACAUAGUGUAUUUUAAUAUUAAUAUAAGUAUAUAUAUUAAUAUUAAAAUACACUUAGAUUGACGUUACAUAUAUAUAAUAUGUAUAUAUAUUAUAUAUAUAUAAUAGAUAUAUACACAUAUAUUAUAUAUAUAUACGUAUAAUUACAAUAAUAAAUAAAUAAAAUAAUAAAAUAAAUGAAUAAAAUAUUGAAACAAAAUUUAAUAUAAAUUAUAUAUUUAUAUGUAAUUUCAUUUUAACUGUAUUUUGUUAUUAAUAUAUAUAUAUAUAUUGGUGACAAAAUACACUAAGAAUGACAUUCUAUAUAUAUCUAUCUAUAUAUAAAAUACAAAUAACCGCAAAUAUAUAUAUAUAUAUAUAUAUAUAUAUAUAUAUAUAUAUAUAUAUAGAUAAAUACAUAUAAUUACAUAAAAGAUUACUUUAGUAUACACGUAGAAUUUAAAUACCUAUAAAUGCAUAUAUAUUAAAAUUCUACGUGUAUAUUUAAAUAAUCUUUUAACAUAAUUAUGUGAUUUUAUUAAUUCAAAUUUGAUUGACAUGCCUGACAACACAGGGAGACAGUGCAGAGAAUUUAAUUCGCAAGCACUAUAUUUGACCCUGUAACUCUCCAAAACACCAUAAAACCUGUACAUAGGGGGUACUGUUUUAAUUGGGAGACUUCACUGAACUCAAAUAUUAGUGUUUCAAACUGGUAAAUUGUAUUACAACGAUGAUAUUUUAAGUAAACUGACGUUUUUUGCAUUUUUUCUAAACGAACGGCACUUUAAUGGACUAUAUUAUUGUUGUAAUAUAUUUUACUGUUUUAAAACACUAAUAUUUGUGUUUAGAAGUCUCCCGAGAAUAACAGUAUCCCCCAUGUACAGGUUUUAUGGUGUUUUGGAAAGUUAGAGAGUCACAUAUAAGGCUUGCAUUUCAUUUUUUUGACAUUGAAAUUUGCCAGAUUGGUUAUGUUGCCUUUGAGAGCGUAUGGUAGCCCAGGAAUGAGAAUUACCCCCAUGAUGGCAUACCAUUUGCAAAAGUAGACAAUUUGAGGUAUUGCAAGUGGGGUAUGUCCAGUCUUUCUUAGUAGCUACUUAGUCAAAUAUUAGUGUUUUGCUUUUUUCACACAAAAACAAAUAUGAAAGCUAACUUUGGCCAGUGUUUGUGACUAAGUGGCUACUAAAAAAGACUAAACAUACCCCACUUUCAAUACCUUGGCUUAUCUACUUUUUCAAAUGGUAUGCCAUUAUGGGGGUAAUUCUCAUUCCUGGGCUACCACACCGUCUCAAAGGUUUCAUUACUAAUCUGGCAAAUUUCAAUUUGAAAAUGGAACGUUCUAUAUUUGACCCUGUAACUUUCCAAAACACCAUAAAACCUGUUAAUGGGGGGGUACUGUUGUACUCGUGAGACAUCGCUGAUUACAAAUAUGUGCAUUUAUUUGCAAUAAAACCUAACAGUAUUAUGACAUUUACAGCUAAAAUGUGAGGCGGAACUACAAAUUUUUUAAACAUUUUAAAAUUUCUCACAGUUUUUUAAAUUUUAUUCAUAAUAAAUUAUUUUUCAUAUAUAAAUAUUUGAUAUGAAAUGAAAGCCCUGUUUCUCCUGAACACAAUGAUAUAUAAUAAGUGUGGGUGCAUUUAAUAUGAAAGAGGUGAAUUACGGUUGAACAGACAUUUAGCACAAAUUCCAAUUUUUGUUUACGUUUUGUUUUGAUCAGAACGUGUACUAUUGACUCCGUCCUGAAGGGGUUAAGAGGUUAAAGCGGCACUGUCAUGCUGAACUUACCUUUUCCCAAUCGAUUCCUCUUCUCUCUCUCCCUCUCUCAGGAUCUUCCUAUCUGAUCUAGUUUUCUUUCAAACAUGAGACAAAGUAGAGACUACUUUGUCUUAUGUAUUUUUCAUAUGCUUGACCUGCUCUGACCCACUUCAUGUGGGUCAAAGAAACUUUCCCACAACACUCACCCUUUCCUCCAUUAUCUUGCAAUGCCUGCUUUCACUAUUCCCAAACGUCCGGUCAUUUAGACAAAACGCCGGCGAAACUACAGAAUUUCGUUCUAACAGAAUGAGAACAGUUUGUUCAUUAAUGUUAGGACGACAUUCAGUAGUUUUAGGUUAGUUCAAAAUUUCAUUAAAAUGCAUCAUGCAACCGCUUACUAGAUAGCUCCCUAAUUCCCACAGUUUUGGGGAGCUAUCUACUGAAAGACUGAAAGACCAACAUUGGUCAUUCAGUCAACUUUACUACUAUGAAGUAAAAAUUACUUAGUAUUUAGUAAUUAAUCUGCUAUUCACUUAACUCCAAACUGCCGUGGACUGAAUUCCAUACUGCAAAAUGUAAGCAAACGUAAUUGAUUUUCGUCAUUAACCUUCAAAUUUGGUACAAUUUGUAGUUUAGCUAAUAAACCCAUAUGUCAUAUAUCCGCUUAGAGCAGUGGUUUAGGAAAAAAAACACUUUAGACACAACAGGAUUAUCCCUAAAUCCUGGACUGUUGGGGGUGCAUGAAGACUGGGUUGGGAACCCCUGACUUAGAUGGUGGAGUCAAUUUCCGUUGGUGGAGUCUAGUGCCUCACCAUCUUAACAUGUCACCAAUCCCCACUGAUCAUUAAGUACAAAGGCCUCUGAGUGCCGUUUUGUUCUUAAAUAUGAUGACAAUGAUAAGAUUAAUGAUUAAUUCCUAAAAAAAAAUCACUUCUUUUGAAAAGCCUAUACGUUUUCUCCUUAUUCCUCUUCCUUUGCCAUCUCUCACCUACUGUGUUCCCUUCUCAACCCAAUCCCUCACAUACUCCGGUACAUUUAAAUCACUAGAUGAAAGCUCAUUUGGCAGGGCCUUCUUCCCCUACUAUUCCUGUAUAUAAAACUUGUUUUGUUACAAUAAAAUGUUUGACUUGGGUCUAGUCAAAUAUUUUUAUUUAUUUAAUUUUUAACAGAAUAUAAACAAUCAAAAGGAAAAAAAAGGAGCAAAAUCCAACCAGCAAACUGUAUCAAACAAUAUAAAUAUGACAAACAGAAAAUAAUGCACUUAUAAAACAUGACAUUUAUUCUACAUACUUAACAUAAAACAGUGAUGCACACAAUAUGUGUUUCAAGACUUAUCUUGUUUCUUAGUGUACAUUGCUGCAGAAUAUGUUGCAACUAUAUAAAUAAUUGUAAUUAGUUUUCCAUUUAUCUUUCCAUAUAACUUUAAACAAAAGUCAAAAACAAAAAGUUAGCAUUUAGUAAAUAUAAAAACAACCUAUAGUGUGGAAGAUUGACAGAUCUAUAAGAUUAGGCAGAAAGAGGCUAAGCAAGUUUUAAAAGCUUCCAAAUCCCACACAGAAGACAAAAUAGCACAGACAGUAAAAAUAAAAAAGGGGAGGGGGGGCAAAACAUUUUUUAGAUACAUAAAUGAAAAAAGGAAAGUAAAACAAGGAUUAGUUAGAUCAAAAACAAAAGGAAGGUAUGUAGAAGUGGAUAACGGUGUAGCUGACUGCCUCAAUUAAUAUUUAUGUUCAGUAUUUACAGAUGAAAAUGAAGGAAAGGGACCUAAGUUAGAAAAAAGGACAAAUUAGUAAUUUGUUACAUGUGAGUUUACAGAGGAAGAGGUUCUAUUUUAACUGUCAAAAGCAAAGACACGUCAAUGGGGCCUGAUGGAAUACACCCACAUUUAUUAAAAUAGUUUAGUGGUGUUCUUGCAAAACCAUUAGCUGAUUUAUUUAACCAAUCAUAGUUAACAGGAGUAGCCCCAGAAGAUUGGAAGUUAGCGAAUGUUGUGCCCAUUCACAAGAAAGGUAGUAGGGAGCAGUCGAGUAACUAUAGGCCAGUAAGCCUUUCUUCACUAGUGGGGAAAGUAAUGGAAACCAUGUUACAGGAUAGGAUUGUUGAACAUCUAAAAUCACGUGGAUUUCAAGAUCAAAGACAACAUGGGUUUACUUCAGGGAUAUCAUGCCAAACUAAUCUAAUUCAUUUUUUUGAUUGGGUAACUAAAAUAAUAGAUCAGGGUGGUGCAGUAGACCUCGCUUACCUAGAUUUCAGUAAGGCUGUUGACACUGUUGCACAUAGAAGGCUUAUCAAUAAACUGCAAUCUUUAAGUUUGGAUUCCAAUAUUGUUGAAUGGGUAAGUCAGUGGCUAAGUGACAGGCCACCGAGAGUUAAAGUCAAUGGAGUAUAUAUUUAAAGCAUGGUCUUGUCACCAGUGGGGUACCUCAGGGAUCUUUAUUUGGACCCAUUAUCUUUAUUAUUUUUAUUAGUGAUAUUGCAGAAGGUCUUGAGGGUAAUGUAUGUCUUUUUGCUGAUGAUACUAAGAUAUGUAACAGGGUUGAUGUUCCAGCAGGGAUACGCCAAAUGGCAAAUGAUUUAGGUAAACUAGAAACAUGGUCAGAGUUGUGGGUUAUGGGGCAAUUAUUUCAGGUGACUUAAAGGUAGGCAGACAAUGUAAUAUAGCAACAGGAAAUGCUAGCAGAAUACUUGGUUGUAUAGGGAGAGGUAUUAGCAGUAGAAAGAGGGAAGUGCUCAUGCCAUUGUACAGAACAUUGGUGAAACCUCACUUGGAGUAUUGUACACAGUACUGGAAACCGUAUCUCCAGAAGGAUAUUGAUAUUUUAGAGAGAGUUCAGAGAAGGGCUACUAAACUGGUUCAUGGAUUGCAGGAUAAAACUUACAAGGAAAGGUUAAAGACGAGACAGGGGGGAUAUGAUAGAAACAUUUAAAUACAUAAAGGGAAUCAACACAGUAAAGGAGGAGACUAUAUUUAAAAAAGAGAAACUACCACAACAAGAGGACAUAGUCUUAAAUUAGAGGGGCAAAGGUUUAAAAAUAAUAUCAGGACGUAUUACUUUACUGAGAGGGAAGUGGAUGCAUGGAAUAGGCUUCCAGCUGAAGUGGUAGAGGUUAACACAGUAAAGGAGUUUAAGCAUGCAUGGGAUAGGCACAUAGGCGUGCGCAGCCUAUUGCAUUAGUUUGUGCACCCUAAAGCACAAACACACGCUGCGUGUAUAUAUAUGUAUAUAUAUAUAUAUAUAUAUAUAUAUAUAUAUAUAUAUACACAAAAAUAUAAGGUACAAAAGGCAAGCACUCACGGUCUUUUCUGGUCUCUUUAAAAGGUUGUUCUUUAUUUCAUAGGUUAAAACUUGAUGUGAUCGACGUUUCAGCCAAACUUCAUGGCUUUCAUCAGGAUCUUAACAGCUCUAUAUAUAUAUAUAUAUAUAUAUAUAUAUAUAUGUAGAAAAUUGUGAAAAGCACUCCAGGGACUUCAUAUAAGGUGAAAAAACAAUAACUUAGCUUUAUUCGGCAACUGCCAGAAGUGAUCAACGUUUCAGCUCACACAUGGGUAUCCUGACGAAAGCUCCAUGUGUGAGCUGAAACGUUGAUCACUUCUGGCAGUUGCCGAAUAAAGCUAAGUUAUUGUUUUUUCACCUUAUAUGAAGUCCCUGGAGUGCUUUUCACAAUUUUCUACCUAUUAUUUAUGCCGACAAGCACCGGGCUAUAUACAUUACUAUACAGGAGUGCAAGCAUUGGACAAUAUUAUAUAUAUAUAUAUAUAUAUAUAUAUAUAUAUACACACACACACACACACAUACAUACACUGCUGUGUGUGUGUGUGCUGUGUGAGGGUGCUGUUAGUGUGAUGUGUGUGUGAGGGUGCUGGUAGUGUGCUAUGUGGGUGAGGGUGUUUAUGUGUGUGUGUUUGUGAGGGUGCUGUUAGUGUUCUGUGUGUGAGGGUGCUGUUUGUGUGCUGUGUGUGAGGGUACUGGUAGUGUGCUGUGUGUGUGUUUGUUAUGGUUCUUUUAGUGUUCAGUGUGAGGGUGCUGUGUGUGCGUGAGGGUGUGUUUGUGAGGGUGCUGUGUGUUUGUGAGGGUGCUGUUAGUGUGCAGUGUGUGUGAGGGUGCUGUGUGUGUGAGGGUGCUGUAUGUGUGAGGGUGCUGUAUGUGUGCGGUUGCUGUAUGUGUGCUGUAUGUGUGUGGGUUCUGUGUGUGACAGGGUGCUGUGUGUGUGUGUGUGCUGUAUGUGUGUGGGUGUGCUGUGUGUGAGGGUGCUGUAUGUGUGUGAGGGUGCUGUAUGUGUGUGGGUGUGCUGUAUGUGUGUGGGUGCUGUGUGUGUGAGGGUGCUGUGUGUGUGAGGGUGCUGUGUGUGUGAGGGUGCUGUGUGUUUGUGAGGGUGCAGUUAGUGUACUGUGUGUGUGAGGGUGCUGUGUGUGAGGGUGCUGUAUGUGUCUGGUGCUGUAUGUGUGUGGGUGCUGUGUGUGAGAGGGUGCUGUGUGUGUGUGUGGGUGCUGUGUGUGUGGGUGCUGUGUGUGGGGUGCUGUAUGUGUGUGGGUGCUGUGUGUGUGUGGGUGCUGUCUGUGUGCUGUAUGUGUGUGAGAGGGUGCUGUGUGUGGGGGCGGGGGUGCUGUGUGUGAGGGUGCUGUAUGUGUGAGGGUGCUGUAUGUGUGUGGGUGCUGUGUAUGUGUGGGUGCUGUGUAUGUGUGGGUGCUGUGUGUGAGGUUUCUGUGUGUGUGUGGGUGCUUUGUGAGUGUGGGUGCUGUGUGUGUGUGGGUGUGCUGUGUGUGUGGGGGUGCUGUGUGUGUGGGUGUGCUGUGUGUAAGGGUGCUGUAUGUGUGUGUGCUGUAUGUGUGAGGGUGCUCUAUGUGUGAGGGUGCUGUGUGUGGGGGUGGUGUGUGUGUGAGGGUGCUGUGUGUGUUUGUCCUGUGUGUGCUGUGUGUGUGUGGGUGCUGUGUGUGGGUGCUGUAUGUUUGGGUGAUUUGUGGUUGUGGAGGUGGGGGCAGAUUAGUUAAUAAAUAUCCCCCUUCCCUUGUUACCUUUUGUAGGGAGGGGAAUCCUUGUUGCUGCUGCCUUCCCUGGUGGUCCAGUGGAGGUGGGGGCAGAUCAGUUAAUAUCCCCCCUUCCUUGUUACCUUAUGUAGGGAGGGGGGACCAUGCUGCUGCCUUCCCUGGUGGUCCAGUGGUGAGUGAACUCUAGCCCCGCAGCGGAGCUGCUGGCAAUACCUCCCCGGGUCCUCUCCUGCCUCCCUCCCUACAUGUGAGCCGGUGGCGAGGGAGGCUGAGAGCAGAGCCGGCGAUCGGAUAGCACCGGCUCUGCAUGAGCCGACAGGAGGGAUCCUGAGAUCUCCCCUGCCGGUCUCACUCCAUAGGCGUGCUGCGGGUUUAGGGUGUGCCCAGGCACACCCGGCACACCCCGUGCGCACGCCGAUGGAUAGGCAUAAGGCUAUUCUAGCUAUAAGAUAAGGCCAGGGACUCAUGAAAGUAUUUAGAAAAUUGGGCAGACUAUAUGGGCCAAAUGGUUCUUGCCUGCCAUCACAUUUUAUGUUUCUAUGUAAAAUUGUGUUUUUUCUUUUUUCUUUUUCAGAGAAAUUGUUCUCCUAGUGUCCCAAAUGUUGCUAAUCUUUGCUCCAUAUCAUAUAUUUGAUUCCCUCACUGUAAGUAACUCGUCGAACUUCUAGCUUAAUUAAUAUUAUCGACAGGUUGCAUAAUAGGUUAUUUAAUGCUUGUGGUUGAUUUGUAGUCCACAGGUGCUGCAGUGUUACGAGGAGUGGGAAAGCAAAAGUUUGGUGCAGUUAUAAUCACAGUUGGAUUUAAUGGCAUUGGUUUGCCAGUUGGAAUCGUAUUAAUGUUUUAUGGAAAGCUUGGUGUAAUAGGUAAAAACUGAACAUUAUACACAAUAAACGUAACUUUUGGGAUUCAAGGGAAAAGUUGAUUUUACACUGCAAUAUAAAUUAACGGUGUAUUACUAGCAUGAGAAAAAAAUGUUUUUAGUACACAUUUCUCAGGAAUUGGCUGACAAUGUUGCCCUUCUACAUGUAUAAAUCACUAAUGAGGAUGCUAAUAAAUGUAGCUUACGUGCAGGGCUCUCUCUACCUCGUAUUUGUCUGUGUAUAUUGUAAGUUCUUCUUUAGUUGUACAACGCUGCAGAAUCUGUUGGCAUUUUAUAAAUACCAGUAAUAAAUAAAUAAACAAACAAACACAUAUGUUUAGAAAAGGAAAGGAAAAAAACACCUUGGGCACAACUGUAUAAUCCCUAAAUCCUGGACUGUAGGGGUGCCUUGAGGACUGGCUUGGGAACCAACCUUACAGAAAAUAUGUUGUUGUUUUUUAAAUUGAAAAGCAGCCUUUUCUAUCAAAAAAAUUAGUGAGGAGCUUAAAGAUUAUUUCAGCAUUUAAAUGUUUAACAGAUUUUACUAGAUUUCAGUGAUUUUUGUUUUUACUUGGUGUUUUAAACAAAUAAAUAAUUUAGCCACCUAAAACGUAAAGUAUAGUAUAUCUAGUAUACCACUAGAUACAAGACAUAAAUUAUAGCAUAUCUAGUAUACCACUAGAUACAAGACAUAAGGAAUAAAUAAGUCCUUACUCCGAUCAUUAUACAAAUUCAGCUUUUUACUGAAGAAUAUAUUAUUAUUUAUUGGUAUAAGGCUAUCUUAGACUUAAGAUAAAGCCAAGGACUAAUGAGAGUAUUUAGAAAAUUGGGCAGACUAGAUGGGCCAAACGGUUCUUAAAUGUCAUCACAUUACAUGUUUCUAUGUUUCUAUUAUUCAUAUCUUUUCUUUUUCAAGGAUUGUGGUCUGGAAUUGCUGCAGGUCUCAUUGUGCAAGCCAUCGCUUUUUUAGUAUUUAUUUUACAUUUGAAUUGGGACAAAGCACUUGAUGAGGUAAUUCUUCAUUCUUCUUUGCAUUUUUUAGAAUAAGUCGUUGGUCAUUAAUUUAGUACUUUUGUGCUGUUUUUGCAAAAGGAUGUUUAUUAGAAUUUAAAAGGAAAACAAUUGUAAAAAUAGGAACAGUGGAAAAUAUAACAACUGAUAAAAGACAAUCUGGGAAUAUGGCUUCAAAUCUAAAUGAAAUCAAGAAGUAUAUAUAACCAGGGCAUAAUUUACAUGGCAGAUGUCUGUAGGUAAAUUACUCCAAUGCAGUCAUUCUCCCCCAAACAUAAAGAUAAAGUGAGCUUAAUGAAUGUAUCAACUGGACAUUGCAAGCAUAAAAAAUAUCUCCAAACAUAUAUUCCUAUAGGAUGACUACAAAGUGUAUGCAUAUAGGCACAUGGUUAUUCUUGUGAUGUAUUGUGUUUGAAUCUGUAGGUAUAGUGAGUGCAUACAGUUGUGUCCAAGUAAAGGGAAACUAACAUUAGAUAUGCUAACACCUACUUCUUCCUAAUGUUGUAGAUAUAAACCUCUGAAUGAUAAAAAUAAAUAAGAUUGACAUACUAAUAAUCCAAGCCAUUCAAAGGCUUUGGAGAACAUCUUCAUGCUGAGUGUGGCAUGUAGAGUUCAGAGGGUUAUUUGGAAGUACUCACACUACUGUGAUUGAUAAUAGAGUUGCAGGAGCUGUAUAACCCUGCAUUUCUUAGUGAACAGCCACUUCCUGCCCUAUCCCUUGUGAUCUGAUAGCUGGAUAAGAGCAUUGGCUGAUCACUCUUCUCUGAUUACUUAAAUCCUGCUAUGCUAGGCUUAGCUCAGGCAGAAAGCUUCUGGCUCUCUGAGAAGCAGGGAGCGGUGCCAAUGAACCCCAGGAAAGAAGUCAUACCUAAAAGUUUGACUAUUUACAUUGCGGUGAUCCAGGGCACCCCUGCCACGCUAUAGUGGUUUUGGUGCUUGGAAUGUUCCUUUGAAAAUAUAUGAUCUAAGCUACACAAUCACUAUUUCAUUUUUUGGUCGUGGAGUCAAAUUCAGUCAUAUGAAAAUAUCAAUUUUGAGCCUGUUCUGACAGCUGACCUGGUCUUUUUUAUACUUUCCAUUGCCACAAUUGAUUUAGUUCUGACAACUAACGUGGUCUUUUUCUAUACUUUCACUCAAUUUAUAUGAGUUGAAAAAGCAAAAAAAAAAAAAAAUACAAUGAUCAGUAUUAGCACAUAGCUCUUCAACCAAUUUGAGUCUGUAGAUGCUAUCUUCCACAAUAUAAGAUGUCACCUAUAAAACUUCUGGAGCGUGAUAUAUCACUUGACCACUCCAUAGCCAAACCCUUUGAACAGCGUUACCGGGUUACUUAUUGCUGUAACACAAGUUCACAAUGACAAUAUGGCUUCCUCCACCAAGGAAGAUAAAUGAACUCAAAUCAAAAUUCAAAUCAAAGAUCCAAACUAAAUUUGGAGACCUAUAGCAACAAAUGAGAGAUUUAACCCAGUGUAACACACCCUGGAAGCAGACAAAAUAGCAGAUGAAGGGGUUUGAUGGGGUAAUUAGGAAAGUUUUAGAGAGGCUGUAGGAUUUGGAGCUCACAGUGGAGGCCCUCUUAAUCUUAAAGAAAGAAAGUAUUUUUUGUCUGUCACUAAUUGACUGAUAGUGGCAAUAAGAUGAAUGGGUUUGGCCCUUAGAUAAAUUUAAAUAGAAGAUAGUGGUGAAACAUAAGUAAAAAGUUACUUUUUUAUUUCAAAAAUUUAAAAAAAUGCCCUAGUGUUGGGAUGCUGAGGCAAUAGUUCACAAUAAUUUUUAUUUUUUUUAAAUAGUAGUAUUAAUAGUAAUAAUGAUAUUUAAAUAGAAAAUAUAACUUAAAAUACUUUGGCUACCCUUUAGGGGUAUGCUGUAUAUAUAGGAGAAAAGAGCAUUCAGAAACACAAGCUCUCCAAAAAUAACACGCUAACAAUAUAUGAAUAACAAUGAGCCAUGUGUAUUCAAUGAGCCACUAGAUGUCACUAGAUAAGAGUGGAAAAAAAUACUAUCUAGUUGCUUAAGUUCUGCAAGAGAAAUCAAAUGUUUAAGGUGUAAUUCCUUGAGGUCCAUUGAGUAUCCAGAGAGCUAAUGGAAAUAUAAAUAUAAAUCAAUGAAUCUUGGGCAGCAGGGAGGGUGCAUGUGCCGGUUGCUCCCUAUUAUAAUCUGAAAGCUAAUCCACAAACUCGUCCCUACAUAUUUUUUAGCCGGCACAUGAUCCCUCUAUGUUAUAAGCCCGAAACUGCAGUAGUAAACAAUUGAUUUAAUAAAUAGAUAAAUGGAUCCCCCUAUAUACCCCACCAUAAACAGGGUCUGUAUGAAAGUCUCAAAGGAGAUAGUCAAAGAAAAAUUGUUCUGGUAUCCCCUAAGCCAGAGGCUGAAAUUCGUAGAAGUUUAGCAAGAGGGUUUAAGUCAAGUCUAGGAGCCUUCUGAUCUAGGAGACACCGAUCUGCACUUGACGCGUGUUUCACUCGGCAGCCAUUGCUGGGAUCAUCAGGAGUACCUCUUACUCUUAUCUCAUAUUAGCAUAAUUUAAGAUUACCUAAAAGCAUAAACCUUAAAAAGUUGUUUCAUUUUAUAAAGGGUCAGUUGAAUUCCACUGGAGUUGUUUGUGUGGCUUUAUGGUGAGCUUACCAAAUAUAUAUGACACUGGCAUCCAUCUUGUACUCCAUCUGGGACAUGUUCAUCCAGUAGCCAACAGUAUUAAAUAAAAUAGAACUGAAAAUGGCAACACAUGUUAGUCAUGAUAAUCUUCUCAAUGCAAUUAAUGUACAAAGGUCAGCAAUAUUACUUUCCAACUUCUGCUGCUCCCAACUAAAUAUAAUAAAUAUAAUAAUGAGUUUGAGCAGCUGAAUGGCACCCCCCGAGCGAGUGGCAUCCGGGCUGGACCGCCCCCCUCCCGGUUAGUACUGAGUUAAACUCUAAUGAUGAUCAACAACCUUAGACCGGUAUUAUUAAUUAUAGAUAAUAUUAUAGAGACUGUCUGAAUCAACCAUUUGUCUCAGAGGUAAAUAAAUGGAUAGUUGUAGAAUGAAUUGUAAUUUUGUUUUAAUAUGUGUACAAGAAAUAAAAAAAAAAAUAUAUGUAGAAUUAAAACCUACAAUAAAAUUUGAUUAUCUGACAAAUGCAAUCCAAAAUUACAUUAUCUUUGUAUAGGUUCUCUUGGUUAAAAUACAUGAGCAAUAAGUUAUAUUUGAGACCUUCUGAGUGGUCAUUUAGGAUUUGUUUUACAGUUCUCAUCCUUUCCAUAACUGAGCUCCUGUGUAUAUCUCCCCCCUCAUUAGGAGACAUACUCCAGCGUGGCCUCUUCACUGUGCCGACAACCUGUUACUGUUUCGUUCUUGUACCCAUACCCUUGCCUCUAAGACAUUUCCAUGGCUGUCUCCUCCUUAUGGAAUGCCCUCCCAUGCCACAUUAAAUUAUCCCAGUCUCUGCAGUCCUUAAGAAGAAUACUUAAAAAUUUGUUUGGGCAUAACCGUUAAAAUUCAUAUGAGAAAAAAAAAAAAAAAAGCAGGUAUGUGGGGAGGCAAUAUUCAGUGAUUCCUUAAUAAAUAAAAAAAAAAAAGAAUAAUGAUGAGCCAAAUAUUCUAGGGAACACUUAUAAAUGGAGGGGUAACCCUUAAAAACUUAACAGAACUGAAAUGUAACCAUGAAGUGUAACCCAGAUGGGAACUAAUCGGUAGCUGUUAAUUAAUACCUAUAUUAGAUUGUAUAAUUAGACUACCAGGUAAGUAUUCUAAGAUAAAAACAAAACAACUUGAAUCAAUAUAAAUGACACCAAAUAGUUAAAAUUUGAUACAAAACUCCAUAUUAAGAGUUAGUGCCUAAGUGGUGAUAGUGUACAAAUACACAACUAGAGUGGCUCUUGUAAAUAGCUGUAAUAAGACCCAUUUAGAUUGUCAAUAAAGAGUUCUCAUCUAUGUGGAUGAUAAUUUUUGUAUCUCCACAGGGCCGUCUUUAAUAUUGAUUGGUCCCUGGGCAAGCAUUUUCUUGGGCCCCAUGGACCUUGCCCUCUCCCCCAUUUCCAAGCCCCCAGCUCCCUGGCAUGCAAUUAAAGCCUCCACCCUAACCUCGUGAUUGAACUAAUGUAGAGAGGGUCUGGUGCAAGAAUUUUUUUGGGUCUCCCCUCUAGCGCAAUAGUGGAGAAAAGAUAGAUACUUAUCUAUCGUACAACUUACACAAUGCUAUGCCAGCUGGGGAUCUACCAUUUGAUCAUUCUUGUAGGGUUGUAUUUGUAAGCAGUGUUUGUGCAUUUGAAUGUACGCAUGUUUUUGUAUAGAGUAUGUGUGUGCAUGUAGAGGUGUAUUUGUAUGUACAGUUACCAUUGGAAUGCAGUGGUGUGCUUGUGUGUAUUGUUUGCGUUUGAAUGCAGGGGUGUGUGUUUGUAUAUAGUGUUGGCUUUUAAAUGCAGGUGUGCUUUUGUGUGUAGAGUUGGUGUUUGUAUAUAAUUUUAGCGUUUUAAUAAAUGGGUGUGUUUGAAUGCAACGUUUGUAAUUGCAUGCAGGCGCGUGUUUGGAUUUAGUGUUGUCUUUUAAAUGCAGAUGUACACUUGUGUGUAGUAUUGGUGUAAAUGAAGGGUGUGUUUGUAUAAAAUUUUGGAGUUAGAAUUCAGGGGUGUGUUUUUAUAUAAUGAUUUGUGGGUAUAUUUGAUUGCCGGAAUGAAUGCACAUACAUACUAACACAGAUAACAUAGAUAUACAUACACCCUGACACACACAUAAACACACUGAUACAUGCACACACCUGGACACAUGCACACACCUUGACAUACAGACACACACAAACACACUGGCAUAUACGCACACACACUAGAGCACAUACACACUCAGAUACACACUUUGAUAUACAGAUACACACACUUUGAUACAGACACUGGUGCAUACACACAGCUACACACUGGUACAUCCACACACAGAGAUACACACUAACACAGAUGUACGCACACAGACACACAGGUACACAUGCAGGGGUGUAUUUGUGUGCAGUGUUGGCGUUUGAAUGCUGAGAUGUAUGCAUUGCCACAUACACACAGAUACACACAAAGGAACACAGACACACAUGCAGUGGUGUAUUUGUGUGCAAUGUUGUUGGAACACAGGAAUGUAUUUGGGUGCAGUGUUAGCGGAUGUGUGUGCAGUGUUGGCAUUGGAAUGCUGGGAUGAAUGCAUUGCCACAUGCAUAUAUACACACUUGCACAUACUGAAAGGAAUACACUGCCCAUAAAAAUAAAGGGAACACUUAAACAACACAAUGUAACUCAAAAUCAAUCACACUUCUGUGAAAUCUCACUGUCCACUUAGGAAGCAACACUGAGUGACAAUCAAUUUCACAUGCUGUUGUGCAAAUGGGAUAGAAAACAGGUGGAAAUUAUAGGCAAUUAGCAAGACACCCCCAAUAAAGGAGUGGUUCUGCAGGUGGUGACCACAGACCACUUCUCAGUUGCUAUGUGUCCUGGCUGAUGUUAUGGUCACUUUGAAUGCUGGCAGUGCUUUCACUCUAGUGGCUCAGGUAGUACAGCUCAUCCAGGAUGGCACAUCAAUGCGAGCUGUGGCAAGAAGGUUUGCUGUGUCUGUCAGCGUAGUGUCCAGAGCAUGGAGGCUCUACCAGGAGACAUGCCAGUACAUCAGGAGACGUGGAGGAGGCCGUAGGAGGGCAACAACCCAUCAGCAGGACUGAUACCUGCACCUUUGUGCAGGCAACAACCCUCCAGCAGGCCACAAAUGUGCAUGUGUCUGCUCAAACUGUCAGAAACAGACUCCAUGAGGGUGGUAUGAGGGCCAAACGUCCACAGGUGGGGGUUGUGCUUACAGCCCAAUGCCGUGCAGGACGUUUGGCCUUUGCCAGAGAACACCAAGAUUUGGCAAAUUCGCCACUGGUGCCCUGUGCUCUUCACAGAUGAAAGCAGGUUCACACUGAGUACAUGUGACAGACAUGACAGAGUCUGGAGACGCCGUGGAGAAUGUUCUGCUGCCUGCAACAUCCUCCAGCAUGACCGGUUUGGCAGGGGGUCAGUAAUGGUGUGGGGUGGCAUUUCUUUGGGGGGGCCGCACAGCCCUCAAUGUGCUCGCCAGAGGUAGCCUGACUGCCAUCAGGUACUGAGAUGAGAUCCUCAGACCCCUUGUGAGACCAUAUGCUGGUACGGUUGGCCCUGGAUUCCUCCUAAUGCAAGACAAUGCUAGACCUCAUGUGGCUGGAGUGUGUCAGCAGUUCCUGCAAGACAAAGGCAUUGAUUCUAUGGACUGGGGACAUCUGGGACAUAAUGUCUCGCUCCAUCCACCAACGUCACGUUGCACCACAGACUGUCCAGGAGUUGGCAGAUGCUUUAGUCCAGGUUUGGGAGGAGAUCCCUAAGGGGACCAUCUGCCACCUCAUCAGGAGCAUGCACAGGCAUUGUAGGGAAGUCAUACAGGCACGUGGAGGCCACACACACUACUGAGCCUCAUUUUGACUUGUUUUAAGGACAUUACAUCAAAGUUGGAUCAGCCUGUAGUGUGUUUUUCCAUUUUAAGGGUUCUGCGCAGUAUCUUAUCAGUUCCUAGAACUGCACUUUUCUGGACAGCGAUCUCAGAUGUCCCACCUGGAAUCUGUUGAAGCCAGUCCCCCAACUGGGAGUCACAGCCCCGAGUGCUCCUAUCACAACUGGGACUACUACUGUCUUCACUUUCCAUAUCCUUUCUAGUUUUUUUUUCAGUCCUUUGUAUUUGUCCACCUUCUCAUGUUCCUUCUUCCUUAUGUUAUAAUCACUGGGUAUUGCCACAUCAACCAUGACUGCAGUCUUUCGUUCCUUGUCUACCACCACGAUGUCUGGUUGGUUGGUCAGAACUUGCUUGUCUGUCUGGAUCUUGAAGUCCCACAGGAUCUUAGCCCUGUCAUUCUUUGUGAUAUCUCCCACCUGGACUUAGGAAGGUCCAAUCCAUAUUCUGUGCAGAUGUUUCGGUACACAAUCCCAGCAACUUGGUAGUGUCUCUCCGUGUAUGCUGUUCCUGCUUACAACUUGCAUUCGGCUACUAGGUGCUGGACUGUCUCAGAGUCCUUACAAGGACUUUCCCCAUUUAAUCCUGAACACUGUAACAGUGAUUAGCCCCUUCCCCUCCCAGUAACCAGACGACACAUAGUUCUGGGUGUACAAGUUGGAAUGUUUUAAUCUGGCCAGAUGGCCUGCUUUUAUACAAUUUCAGAUACAGUUAAGCAUGCCCCUGACACUCCCACACAAACAAGAUAAUCCCUCUCCUGGACCUGAGAGGGGACUAGUUACAAACUCCUCCUCUGUGCCUGAGAGAUAAUUGAUUCAGGAACUGAACUAACUCAAUUAUCUCCAGGCACAGAAAACCAUACAAUAUUACAAAACCUCAAAAAUACCUUAAAAACACAUAAAGAACCAACAAAAGCCCUGAUCUGGGUGACCAACAUAUCCAAAAAUCACCCAGAUCAGUUCAGGGGUUUGAGAUUUUUCUGGAAGUCAUAAUUUGACUGACCUUUCACAUGGUCCUAUGCCCAAAACAAUUUCAUAAAAUCAUGGCUAGUAGUCGGUCUAGUUCGGUAGUUUAAAAAUGAACAAACUACCGAACAUAGCCAAUAGUGUUACCCUGGAGCUUUUUCACCUUGUUCGUGGGAAGGUUUAAUCAAACAGUGCCCUUCUAAGUGGUGUAGAACCGAAUGCAGGCGAUCAUGGAAGUGCAUCGGUGUUUGGGAAUUUCAGUAUGCGUUUUUAGUUCCACAAACUCAAUGACCAAACACCGCUGCCUGCCACCACCUCGAGGUCAUUCAUGCAAACAGUGGCCACCCAGACGAACAAUUAGAACACUGCGGUGGAACGUAUUACAAACUGUCAAUUAGGCUUAACAAGCUCCCGGGUAAUCCAUGGUUUGUGCGCCUGUUCGGUUCCUGAACAGAAUAGAGAAAGGGCAUGAACCAAGCCAAUAUACUAGUCUUUUACAGGUUUCCCUGCAGGGUGCAUAGUAUAUGGGCAGGAGGUUGGCAAACAAGCUCCUCCAGGAGCUCGUGGCAACCUCGCGUGGGAAGGGGAGUUUGUCACACAUGGCCCUGUUUCUCCAUGGUUAUCGUCCAAAAUUCUACAGUAUAGUUCUGAAAGCACUUAGUAGCACUGCUGGGUCUGUAAUGAUAAAAGGACACUAUUAUUUGCUACACAGUACGUAGUUCAAAUCAGCAUUAUAACAUCAAAUUAGACAGGGUUAGCAGUUACCUUGUAUCUGAAAUAAAUGGCUAACUCCACUUGUUACACAAUAAGUAUAUCAGAUUGGGGGAGAGGCGGUGUAAAGUUAAGUGCCCUUGAAGGCAUACUGGGAUCCCUGUGAUAUAUAUAUAUAUAUAUAUAUAUAUAUAUAUAUAUAUAAUAGCAGAACAGGGCAUUGUAACCAAACAGCUAAGAGCUAGGUUUAGCAGUUUUUUACAACCAUCAUAGAAUUUCCAUCGGAAUUAACCAGGGACUACUAAGAAACCAUUUCUCUCUAUAUACUACUAUCAUGUUAGCUAACCCUCCUGCGAUUUACUCUGCUAUCUCUCUCUCCCUCUUUCUCCCUCCCCUUCUCUGGUCGGACAAAUGAUCAUACCAGUUAUUGGAGAUAUUAUAGGUGUGCCUAUCUGAGUGGCAGCUUUUCACCUAUAGUGUGUAUCUAUAGUACCUAUUAUCUGGAUCUAUCUCUAUUUGUAUUGUAUUGGAGAUAUUAUACUUGCAGAUAGUCAUUAUAUUAGUAAGGCUAUUCUGAUCGUGUCUUAACAUAGCCGCAUUUGCAACAUUGUUAUUCCUAUGGCUGACCAUUUUAGAUGCUAGGCAACUGCUAACCCUGUCUAAUUUGAUACUAUAAUGCUGUUUUCAACUACGUACUGUGUAGAAAAUGGAAGUGGUCUUUUAUCAUUACAGCCCCAGCAUCGCUACUAAGUGCUUUCAGAACUAUACUAUAGAAAUUUGGACGAUAACUUUUGAGAUACCAAAAUUUUUGUCCACAUAGAUGAGAACUCUUUAUUGACAAUCUAAAGGGGUCUUAUUACAGCUAUUUACAAAAGCCACUCUAGUUGUGUAUUUGUACACUAUCACCACUUAGGCACUAACUCCUAAUAUGGAGUUGUUUAUCUAAUUUUAACUAUUUGAUGCCAUUUAAUUGAUAUUGAUUAAAGGUUUUUUUGUUUUUAUCUUAGAAUAUUUACCUGGUAGUUGAUUUAUACAAUCUAAUAUAGGUAUUAAUUAACAGCUAUCGACCAGUUCCCUUCUGGGAUACACUUCAUGGUUACAAUUCAAUCACUUUAUUAAAUAUGUCCCAAUUAAAUACCCAGCACAAGGUAUGGAGUCUCUUUAGUGAACUCAUUAGUUUGUAGUCCUGGUAACUCACUUAAUGUUACUACAGAGAAAAUAGAUGGGAGAGAAAAUUAUAUUGGACAUAAGUUACAAAGAUACAAAGAAAUCUUUGUAGACGUAUGGAAAGUCCAUUCAAUUAUAAAAUGGCAGUAUAAUAUCCGCUUAAUGGAGAGUUACACAUCAUUGUUCAUAACGUAUACUCCAAUAAUGAUUUAUGUUGGGGCACUUUACUUGGGUAAAAUACAUUGUGCUAAUAAUUUAUCCCAUCUACUGUCUGAUUAAGCAGUUUUCAUUUAUAAGUUACUUUAUUUUAGACAUGUGCAAUUCAUUUCGUCCUGAAUAUGAAUUUGGACAAAUUUCGGAUAAUUCGGACAUUCGGGUACUUCCAAAUGUCCGAAUCGCUGAAGUGCCGAAUUGCUGAGGUUCCGAAGUUCUGAAAUUACCGAAUUUCCGAAGUGUCGAACUGCCGAAGUUCCGAAGUGUCAAAGUGCCAAAGUUACGAAGCACAGUAUUGCCUAAGUACUAAUAUACUUACCCAGUGAAAGAAUGUUACAUUGUAUACAAUUUUAAAUAAAAAGUAUACAAACAUAGGCAGGAUUCAGCUGUAAGCAUUUGCAACACUUACAACAAUCAAGUAACACGUAUUCAGAUAACAUGUAAGUUACUUAGCCAGUCAAUGUAAUGACAGGAAUGAAUAAGUAGAUAACUCCCUAAUUCCCACGAUAUUAGGGAGCUAUUUACUAAAAGGCUGAAAGACCUAAAUUGGUCUUUCAGACAAAUUUACUAAUACUAAGUAAAGAUUACUUAGUAUUAGUAAAUUAUGCCCCUACUCGCUAUACCGCGAGUAGGGGCAUGUCUAUUAAACAGUGAGCAGCCUGUGGCUGCUCACUGUUAAAAAAAAAGCAUCGGGUGGGGGCCCUAAAUAAAAAUGUUACGCCCCCACCCAGAUGACUAGGGGUCCCCAAACCCCUAGUCACCCCCUCCCCCCAAAAAAAGAAUUAACCCCCUACCCUCCCCCCUCACCCUAAAAAUAAUGAGGGGGGGACCUUUAACUAAGUACCUGUAAAAAAAAAAAAAAUUACAAUUCAAUGUUUUCUUUCUUCUAAAAUCUUCUUUUUUCAGCCCCAAAAAAAGCCAAACAAAAAUCAAUAAUAACCGACGCAAUUAAAUAAAAAAUAAAAAAAAGAGCGCCAAAAAAAAAUCCAUCUUCACCCGGCGAGGGCUCCACGCAGACUGAGCUCUGCAGGUUGGGGAAAGGCCAUUUUGUAGCGUUGAAUUGGAAAUGAGGAGAAAAAACAUAAAACAAAAAGAAAAAAAAUUGCAAGCAAAGUAUGUACAGUAUGCUUUAUCUCCUUCAAAUUUCAAUGCCUAAAGCAGUCUAAAGAUGUACUCCUUCUUCCACCUCUUAACUUCUUUUGUUAAUUUGUUAAUUUCCUAUUGGUAUUCUUCCCCCCCUCCUUUUUUUUUUUCCUUUUUUCUUUAUAUAUAUAUAUAUAUAUAAAUUUGAAUCUCUUACACUCCUACUAUAAAUAUCAGAUACCUGGUGCCAAGUCACAAUAAUAUAGAAAUUCCAAAAAAUUACCUUCACUCUUUGGUUUUGUUCAUUCGGUUUAUUGUUGGUGCAUCCAAAAUAGUCAACGUUUCAGCUCCUGAUAGGAGCUUUCAUCAGGACACAUUAGACAAUGUGUGGGACUCCAAUUGUGUGUGUCGCUGUAGCUGUGCCGUUGUGUGUGCCUGUGCCUUUAUGUGUGACUAUAUACCUUUAACUGAGUAUGUGUGUGCCUAUCAGCGUGCGUGAGUGUCUGCAUGCCUGUAACCAAGUGUGUAUGACUGUCUGCUUGUAAUGAAGUAUGUGUGACUGUCUGCUUUUGACUGUGUGCCUGUAACUGUGUGUGUGACUGUGUGCCUGUAACUGUUCGUGAUUGUGUGCCUGUAACUGUGUGACUGUCUGCCUGUAACUGUGUUUGUGUGUCUGACUGUCUGCCUGUAACUGAGCGUGUCUGACUGUCUGCUUGUAACUGUUUGUGUGACUGUCUGCCUAUGCCUGUGUGUGUGACUGUAUACAGGCAACUUGGUGGGUGGGGGGGGGGUGCCAUGAAGACUUUUUCGCACAGGGCGACUAAUGGCCUAAGGCUGUCCCUGCUCACACGGAGCACAUUUACAGCUGGAUGAAUGGUGAGAAGAGGAUCCUGGGCUCACCAAUGCUGCUUGAGGAGAUGGAGGGAGGAAAAACGUCAGGCUGUAUAGGUAAGCAGGCUAGGGGUGAAAGGAGCACAUGUGGGAUGAAGGGGUGAGAUAGGGCAGGAGCACACAGGGAAUUUUGGUAGAGACGUGGGGUAGAUGGGGAGACACAAAUGAAUGAGUGGGUUAAAGAAUUGAGUGAGAUGGAAUGUGAAGGACAGCUAAGACACAAGUGGGGUAUUGGAAAGCAGAAGUGUGAAGUGAAGCAAUGAAACAGUUGAGUGGGAGGUGAGGGGGACAGAAGCUGGUCAGAUGGGUGGCAAGUAGUGUUAGAGAAAGGGGAGACAAUGGGUGACAGAUAAAAGAGGGAAAUAAUUGGAAGACACACAUAUUGAAAGAGACAGAAAGUCAUAAGGAGGUUGGGCAGUAAAAAAACGAAAACCAAAAAAAAAAACAUUUGCAGAAUAUAAAUAUACCUCAUGCACACACGUGCUGACACUGAUUUCAAACGCACUCCUCAUUCACACACUUACAGAUUUCAUAUACACCUCUUGUUCACACACACAGUCUUCAAAUACAAAUCUCAUUUACACACUGACACAGAUUUUAGAUACACCCCUCUUUCACACAUACACACACUGACAGAUGUGAUACACCCCUUAUUCACACAUGCUUACACAGUGCACACAUACAUACACAUUCCUGCAUUCACAUAUACACUGCUUAAACAUACCUCAUUCACCCACAGAUAAUCCAUACAAAUCUAUCCCUGCAUUCAUACACAUGCUUUCCACACGAAUACAUACACCAAUACUCCCCUGUGUUCAUACACAUAAGUCCUUCACUAAAAUACACCACUGCAUUAACAUUCAACAUGAAUACACCCUUACAUUUACACAUUAACAUUCCAUAAUUAUUCACUCCUGCUUUUACAAACAUCUACUACUCACUCAUAGACCAUUGCACUUACACAUUUACACUGCGUGCCUUCUUUUUUCUGCCUUUUAUACUCUGUGGCACUACACAAAUUGUACGAUAGUAUUUACACACAUCAACAUUACAUAGACAUACACUUGUACUUUGACACAAUGAAUGAUAACAAUGAUGGAACUACCAUUGUCGCAGGGUCAUAGCUGCGACUGGGCCCAUCACUCCAGGGAGCUAGGCUUCUCUGUCGACCCCUGCUGAUGCAUCUUCUACAGUGGCGGAACUACCAGGAUUGUAACUGUCGCUAUUGCAACUGGGCCCUGGAGUUCCACUUAUUAAGACCUCAUUACUGUUAUUUUGUACAUUGCUGAUUCAGCAAUCUACUAAAGAAUUAUUAAGUUACUGACAGUUGGGGUGGAGGGGGUAGUACCAUGAAAACUGAGAGCACACUAGCCGCACACUAACACAUGGAAACUCUUUUCUAUCUCCUCACUUUGUAUUAGACACUGAGGGAGAGGUUUGCAGGCAGCUGCUGGCGCUGCUUUCAGGUAGGGAAAAUUUUAAAAUAUUUUUUUAUCGUGAGCCAUUUUUGUAUAUCUGUACCUGUUUGUGUGUGUGUCUAGGUGUAAGUCUGUGCCUGAAUCUGUAGUCUUGUCUAUUCCUGUUUAUGUAUGCUUGUCUGUUGAUGGCUGUGUCUGUGUCUAUACCUGCAUCUGUGUGUGCCUGUCAUUUAAUGCCAGUGUCUGUGUAUCCUCUGUGUGCCUGCACACGCAUGCGUCUCUGUAUGCAUGUGUCUGUGUUUAAGCCUUAUUCAGUGUAUGCUUGUCUGUUAAUGGCUGUGUUUGAGUCUAUGCCUGCAUCUGUGUAUACUUUUCAAUGACUGUGUAUCCAGUCGGUGUGCCUGUGUUUGCCUGUAUGUGCCUGCCUGUGUAUGUGUCUGUCACUGUGUGUACCUACCUUUUCUUUGUGUGUAGCGGAGAGCUGGUAUUCCACAGGUUAUCUCCACUCAAGAUCCCAGUGAGGCUCAGGAACAAGUAUUAAAAAUCCAUAAGGCAAUAAUUACAGCAGGCAAGUCAAUCCAAAAAUAUCCCAAUAUAAAUCCCAAUGACUGGACGACACACAGCAUCAGGAGCAGAACUGAACUUUCAUUCACUCAACCUUCUUUUAAAGCUUUCUCCCAUGCAAGGGAGGGAUUUUCAGUAAUUAUACAGUACACCAAUCAUACAUGAGUUGCCACCCACACAUCCCCUCCCCUUAGUAUGACUCAUAAUCCCAUUAUGCAGGACACAGUUCCCCUGGUUUUCUGCAUGUACCCCUAAAAAUAGGGGUACCCCUUUAAAUAUUACAUCCCCUGGUAGCCCUGAUCUGGAUGAGAGACAUAUUCAAAAAUCACCCAGAUCGGACCAGGGGUUUGGGAAAUUUCUGGAGGUAGUAAAAAGACCGACCGCGCUGGGGUUAACAGCCGAAAUGGGUUCCAUACAUUUUGGCCCUGCGGUUGGUCACAGAAAAAGGGAACAAAAUGCAUGAAUGGCUUGGGUUAUGGAGACUGGGGAGGAUUUGGAUAAACCUCCUUGUUCGUGGGGUUCUUUCUACCGAACAGGGAGCCGUUCGGUAGUUUCUACACAAAGUGAUGGCAGCAUGGAGGUCUCAGCGGUGUUUGCCUAACCGAGUGUCUGAUUUGGGUUCCAGACACUCGACGGCAAAACACCGAUGUUCAGGAGUUUAAGAAGGCUGCCGCCACGUGUUCGUCUCCCGAAUGGCGGCGACCCAGAGGACAAAGCACACACUGCACUGAUUGCCAAUUACCCGUUUGCAACAUUGUUGCAAACGGUAAUUGGAGGCCCACUUAUUCCUGGAGUUUCACUCGCGUAAUAACUGGAGUGAUUUUACCGAACAAUCAGUCGAAUGCUGCAUACACUUUACAUACAUAUGGCAAAAAUUAACCCAAAGCAUUCGAAUACACAUAAUUUUGAGGACAGCCCAAUGACAUCCGCUACAUUGUGCACUUGUGUCUGUUUUUGUAGAUAUAAUUUAUUAUUAUUACACACACAACCCCCACACAAGCACACUCAGCCAACUGCAACACGCACUCACAUUCAGCCUAGUCCCACGCAUCAUACUCUGCCAACCCUUGCACAAUCACACAGUGACCACAGGUAACCCACUUACAUCUGUUGCUUAGAGACGAGCAAGGAGGGGCAAAGAGAGGGUCUUCUUUGAAUCUUGCACUGGGGCCCAGCUCAUCCUAGUUAAGCCCCUGAAUGAUAAUAUGAAAUUAUCAAUUAAAUGUACACAGGGUUACUCAUUAAAGAAAAAAUUGCGAGACGUUCGAAGUAAAGAUCAAAUGAAAUGCCUAAAUAAUCAAAAUGAAGAACAAAAUUGACUUGGAGAUUUUUUCUAAUACAGCUAUUUAAGCCUGUAUUUUAAAAUUCACUUUUCCCAGCAAUUCUCACUUCAGGGAAUAACCCAGAAUGUGUUUAACAUAUAGUAUAUGUUAAUACUUAAUACUAAAUAUUUUGUCUUCGAAAGGGCCCCGGAUCUAAAUUUGUACAGGCCCCAGAAGGCUGUCAGUUCGUCCCUGUAUACAAGAAUCAAAAUGUCGUUCCUUUGCCCGGGGGAAUUUCCUCUAUGAUACCUGGCAUAUAUUUCUUACCAAUGAACAAGAUUAUACAUGUUUUUUCCAAAACAUACCUUGCUUAUUCGAGAAUUGACUACAUUUUGACAGAUAUGAACUCCAUUCAAAGAGUCAAGAAAAUCAAAAUUGAUGGGAUUACAUGGUCAGAUCACAACAUAGUCAUUUUGGAACUAAAAGAUACAUUUAUCAAAAAAAUGACCAGAAUGGAAACUCAAAGAAUUUUUAUUAGAAGCUCCAGAAAAUAGAGAAUAAAUUAUAUAGAUAGAUCAUCAAUAAAUUAUAUAGAUAGAUCAUUAGAAAAAGUUUUCUUGAAAAUAAAGAUAUAUAUAUAUAUAUAUAUAUAUAUAUAUAUAUAUAUCUUUAUUUUCAAGAAAACUUUUUCUAAUGAUCUAUCUCCAGUCACAAUAUGGACUGCUUUACAUUUGUGAUUCGGGGUCAUUUUAUAAAACUAGCCUCUCAAAAUAAAGAAAUUAGAGAGAAAAAUCUUUCCGAACUAUAUAUUAUUUGGAAAAUUUAACUUGAAGCAAUAAAAUCAAUCCUUCAAAAAAAUAUCUCAAAUCAGAUUGGUGACUGUAAAAAUACUAUUAUGGGAACAUCUAAGAAAUGUAUAUAGAUUGAAAUCUUUCCAAUAUUAUAAGACCAACAAAGCAGAUAAGAUGUUAACUAACAAAUUGAAAAACAUCCAAAAAGCUAAAUUUGUAUCUAAAAUAAUUUAUACUAAUGAGACAGACUCUCUUAGUCUCUGACAAAAUAACUAAAGCUUUUGAAAAAUAUUAUUACUAGUUUAUAUAGCAUUAAUCCUAAGGAUCCCUUACAAAAUGCUGAAUAGUAUUUUCAAGAGAAGGAAUUUAAAAUACUAACUACUUCACAAUUAGAAAAAACUUAAUGAACCCUUCACAUUGAAAUAGAUUAUAGAUAUUAUUGAUUAUUCAAAAUCUAAUAAAGCAACAGGACCUGACAGCUAUGUUUUAUAAAUCAUUUAAAAAAGAAAUGGCGCCUUACCUACAGAUUACCUUUAAUGAGUUUGCAAAAAAAGGAAGUCUUCCGGAAGAUCUCUUAAGAGGAAACAUAGUCACUAUCUUAAAGCAAUAAAACAAUCCUUAUGAUGCUAAGCGCUACAGACAUAUUUCUCUUUUAAAUGAAGAUCUAAAAUUGUACGCUAGUAUUAUGGCACAUAGACUUAAAUCUGUUAUAACUAAAUUAAUAGAUUUAGACCAGGUGGGAUGUAUCCCAGGACAAUCAUCAACAAGCCACAUACGAACAUUGUCAAAUAUCUUUAAGAUCACUAAGCGUAAAAGGGUCCCGAUGCUGGCCCUAUCAUUGGAUGCUGAAAAAGGAUUUGACAGGGUUAGCUGGGAUUUCCACCAAGCCAUAAUGCCUCUAUAUUCGAACUCUACAGGAAAAGUAAUAGGCUAGGGUAUUUCUUCCAACUCAUUUAAAUUGAAUAAUGGUACUGGUCAAGGCUGUCCACUUUUUGCUCUUCUUUAUGUUAUGACCAUUGAGGUAUUGCCAUCUGAGAUAAGAAAUAACAACAAAAUAAAAGGUUUUAAAGAUCAAGUGGAAAUUAAAAUAAAAUUGUAUGCUGACGAUGUACUCAUUGUCAGGGACAUAUCUUCUGUGAGGCAAACAAGGCAUCUGCCUUGGGCGGCACUUUGCAGGGGGCGGCAAAAAAAGACGCCCGCAAAUGCCCAGUCAGAUCCCUUGGUUGCCUCGCGUCCUGGGGGGCUCAAGAACUGGGCAGCGAGGGAGGAUACUCACCUAAACUCUUCCUGCUCAGCUCCCUUCGCGCAGCUUAAUGAAGCUGGGAGUCAGAAUAUGACGUCAGACCGGCUCCCAGCAUCACUAAGCGGUGCGCGAGGGAGCUGAGCAGGCCCUCACCGCCUACUCACCUUGUCUACCUCUGCCUGCCCGUACAGCAGCCCCACUGGACUUCAGGUAAGCAAUCCACUCCAGCUCUCUCAGGGAGGCUGGGAGGAUUUAAAAAAAAAAAAAAUUGUGAUUGUUGGGGGAAAUGUCUGUGAGUAAAUUUGUGUGUGGGUCUGUGAGUGAAUGUGUGUGUGUAUGUAUGUGUGUAUGUCUGUAAGUGAAUGAGUGGGUGUCUGUGAGUGAGUGAAUGUGUGUGUGUGUGUGUGUGUGUGUGUGUGUGUGUGUCUGUGAGUGAGUGAAUGUGUGUAUGUGUCAAUGAGUGUGUGUAUGCAUGUGUGUGUGUCUGUAAGUGUGUGUGUCUAAUCGAAUGUGUGCGUGUGUCUGUAAGUGUGUGUGUCUAAGGGAAUGUGUGUGUGUGUGUGUGUGUGUGUCGGUCAGUGAGUGUGUAUGUGUCUGUCAGUGCGUGCAUCUGUCAGUGAGAGUGUGCGUCUGUCAGUGUGUCCCCGAGUAAUAGUGUGUGUGUGUCUGUCUAUCAAUGUGUCAAAUCAGUGAGUGUGUGUGUUUGUCAUUGUUUGUCAGUGUAUGUGAGAGUGUGUGUCUGUCAAUAAGUGUAUGCAUCUAUCAGUGUGUGUGCGUCUGUCAGUCAAAGUGCGGCCUUGACUGGAAGGGGUGGGGAAAAUUUAAAUUAAGGGGUGGUGCCCGAGCACUGUCCUGCCUAGGGCAACACAAAUCCUAAAUACACUACUGCUCAUUGUGCUGGAAGAUCCAUUAAAUUCAAUCAAUGAACUAAUGGAAGUGAUACAAAGAUAGUCGAUUUUCGAAUUACAAACUAAACACUUCUAAUACAACUGCACUCUCGUUCUUUUUAACAGCUCAGAUGAAAGUAGGGAUUGUGGAUAUGUUUGAUUUCCUCUGGGCAAGGGAGCAUUUUUCUUAUUUAGGGUUAAAAAUGUCAGCAAACCCACAAAAAUGGAUGGAGAUAAACUUGCUACCCAUGUUAAGGGAAAUUAAUAUUAAGUUAAAUACCUUAGCAAAAAAUAAGUAUCAUAGUGGGGCAAGAUUAAUACUAUAAAAUUAUACUUCUUGCCUAAAUGAACAUAUAUCUUGAGCUUAAUCCCAAGCAAUAUUCCUUUAAGCUGGAUAAACUUCUUAUUUACUAAAUUUAUAUGGUCAAAAUAAAUACCUAGAAUUAGUGCUAAAUUACUGUCAAAGAAACUAGAAGAUGGAGGAUUAGGGAUUCCAUCCCUGACAAGGCUGGUUCAGGCUACUCUUAACCCAUGCUAUACAAACCUUUCAGGAGCCAUCUCAAGAGGAAAGCUGGCACAAACUUGAAGAUAAGAGAAUUGGCCCUUCUUAAAAUAUUUCUUAAAUUUCCUGGUUAUCUAAUGAAGAAAUUAGAAAAUUUUACUUUUUUGGGGAAAGUUUAGCUUUGAAUCCUAUAUUAAAAAAUUGGUUUGAAAUAAAACGGAAAUUAAACAUAGGAGAAACAUUUUUUCCAUCUGGAAAAGGUAUUAAUGAUGUAAUUAUAUCGGAAAAGUUAUAUCAGGAAAAUUUUGAACUUUCAGUGACCUGAAAAUGACUUUUAUGAACAAAGAUGUUUUUGAUUAUAUGAAAGUAAGAUCAUAUAUAAUGAAAAGACUAAAACUACCAUACGAAUAAACUUUCAAUUAUUUUGAGCAAAUUAAUUCAACGGACACUAAAACAUUUAUUUCUAAAACCAAUCUUUUGCUAUUUAAAAUGGAAAAGGAAUACUUUCCAACAGCAAUAUCGAAAUGGAGUAAAAAUCUGGGUUAGCAAAUCUCCCAUAAAGAGUUAUCUAAUGAAGAAAUUAGAAAAUUUUACUUUUUUGGGGAAAGUUUAGCUUUGAAUCCUAUAUUGAAAAAUUGGUUUGAAAUAAAACGGAAAUUAAACAUUGGAGAACAUUUUUUUCCGUCUGAAAAAGGUAUUAAUGAUGUAAUUAUAUCGGGAAAGUUAUAUCAGGAAAAUUUUGAACUUUCAGUAACCUGAAAAUGACUUUUAUGAACAAAGAUGUUUUUGAUUAUAUGAAAGUAAGAUCAUAUAUAAUGAAAAGACUAAAACUACCAUACGAAGAAACUUUCAAUUAUUUUGAGCAAAUUAAUUCAACGGACACUAAAACAUUUCUUUCUAAAACCAAUCUUUUGCUAUUUAAAAUGGAAAAGGAAUACUUUCCAACAGCAAUAUCGAAAUGGAGUAAAAAUCUGGGUUAGCAAAUCUCCCAUAAAGAGUGGUGUAGCCCAAGCCAGUUUUUAAAUAAAAAUCUUCAUUGUUUAAAUCUGAAUGAGCUAUACUUUAAGAUGUUAAACAGAUGGCAUUUAGUUCCUAAAAAGAUCAAUAAAAUAUUUCCUAAUCAAUCUUCAGAAUGUUGGAGAUGUGAGAUAAAGGAGACAGAUUUUUUACAAAUAUGAUGCGAGUGUUCAAUUAUUGAAGAACUAUGGCAGGAUGUCGGAAGAAAGAUAAACAAAAUAUUAAACAAUGUGAUAUCCCUAAAACCAGAUCUGAUGCUUCUACAUAUCAAUAUACCCAAUAUGGAAAAAAAAGAUUUGAUCUUAUUAAUCCACAUGUUGACAGCAGCUAAACUAAUUAACUGUCUAAUUAAAUAUAAAUUAUGUCAUCAAUUAAAUAUGGAAAAAUAUGUUCCGACCCCUAAUAAUAAAAUACUUCGAUAUACUGUUUUUUUGUGAUAAAUCAAUAAGAACAAUUAAUAUGCUAUAAUGAAACACCCUUAUAAAUCUAAGGGAAGUCUAGUAAAAAGCACAAAGAACCAUCCCCUCUCCUCCUAGGUUUAGGUUUGAGAUGGGUUGAGUUGGACCACACCACGGAACAAUGUGCCUGAGCAUAUUUUGUAUAAGUGUAGCACUAUUUUCCUCUAUACAUCUCUUUAAAUAGUUUACAAUUGCAACUGCAUUGUUAUUGCUGGUUAAAAUGUGUAUUUUAUAAUGAUCAGGCUCAGGACCGAGCAGGACUGAAACCAACUUCCAAGAAAAUGCUCUUUGGUUCGACCACUCGAAAAAUAGAAAGCAGAUUUACUGACCCAGAAAAAAAUGGUAAGUGGACAGGGAAGAUAUUUUUUCUAUAUAAUUCAUCAUAUAUCACAUAACCUGUUGUAAAUGUAAACCGAAAGUCAUAUUUCAGAUGACUAAAAGGUAGGAAGACAAUGUAAUAGAGCAGCAGGAAAUGCUAGCAGAAUGCUUGAGCGAGUGGUAUUAGCAGUAGAAAGAGAGAAGAGCUCAUGCCAUUGUACAUAACACUGGUGAGACCUCACUUUAAGUAUUGUACACAGUACUGGAGACCGUAUCUCCAGAAGGAUAUUGAUACUUUAGAAAGAGUUCAGAGAAGGGCUACUAAACUGGUUCAUGGAUUGUGGGAUAAAACUUACAAAGAAAGGUUAAAGGAACUUAAUAUGUAUAGCUUGGAGAAAAGAUGAGACAGGGGUGAUACGAUAGAAACAUUUAAAUACAUAAAGGGAAUUAACACAGUAAAGGAGGAGAUUAUAUUUAAAAGAAGAAAAACUACCACAACAAGAGGACAUAGUCUUAAAUUAGAGGGGCAAAGGUUUAAAAAUAAUAUCCGGAAGUAUUCCUGUACUGAAAGGGUAGUGGAUGCAUGGAAUAGCCUUCCAGCUGAAGUGGUAGAGGUUAACACAGUGAGGGAGUUUAAGCAUGUGUUGGGUAGGCAUAAGGCUAUCCUAGACUUAAGAUAAGGCCAGGGACUAAUUAAAAGUAUUCGAAAAUAUUGGGCAGACUAGAUGGGCCGAAUGGUUCUUAUCUGCCUUUACAUUCUAUGAAACCCACAAGUGAAAUUUGUUUGUGUAAAUCCCUAGCAGUCAUAAUGAUUUGUUAUUUUAUUUGGACAGAAAGAUUUACUCCUUUACUCCAUUGGCCAUUAUUCGUUUUUAUUUUUGAAAAUAUUGUCGUCUAAUUUUUUUUAAUGAGUUCACUGAAGAAGCAGUAGUUCAGAUUUUUUUCAGAGAUAUUAAACUUGCAUUUUUUAAAAUGAAAAAUGACUUAUAUUACCAAAUUUAUGAAGUAAAUUAAUCCUGCAAAUAGAAAACAAUUCUGUAACUGUGCGGUUCGUUUCAUCAUAGUUUACUUUUAUUAAAUACAUGAUAUUUGUUAAUCUAAAAUUAUCAACUACGAUUUUAGCACAUUCCUAUAAAUGUUGUCACAUUCGAUUGUCCCAGUAUGACGUUAAGUUUUCAUGUUGUUCCAGGCGGGUAUUGUAUAGUACCAGAUGAGGACUAUGUUGAAAUGUAUACCCAUAUGUCAGAGUGGGAAGAAGAUUCCAUAAAGGAUACUCAAAACACUUUAGCACAGGAGAAAGAUUCCAUUACUGGGGCAAGAAAUGUUGUUGGAGAAGUUCUUUCUACGAAGCAAUUGAUUGUUUGGCGUGGGAUCGCUAUGGUUUUAGCUGUGAUUACACUGAUUAUCGGUAUAAUGGUAAAACUUCUGUGUGGAAGUGGAUAA